AGAUAAUGUGUAAACGUGUGUUGCCUUUUAUCGGAAGGGAUCAGUUCCCAAAAGGCGCUGGAAUGACAUAGAUAUCGCCGGUGUAGUUGUUACUUUUCACCAUGACAUCAUAGAUUUAAAAAUAAACCCCGAGGCACAAAUCCCCAGCACUACAUCAAGGGGAACACACCACCGUGGGAAUGAGAAGCAAGAAACAUGGGACACCGUGCCAUAAUCGGAUCAGUUUUGUAAAAUACUGAACUGUUUCCAGGUAUUUAAGUGGCAGCUGUCAGGAGUUAUCCUCUUUCCCCUUUUGGGGAGCCUUUUAAUACCAUCCAAGUGGCUCAUCCUUGUUUGUACGCCUUCGCCCUGCCAAUCUCCUGUUCCAUCUCUCUCUCCACCCCCAUUGGACACCUGUUGAUAGGUGACACAAGCUAUUAUUAUUGUGGCGAUUAACGGAAAGCGAUCGGAGCAUGAAAGAGAACCCAAUCCCUCUCAGGAAGGGUCAGCACUUUCAUUUCAAGUUGUUUUUGAGGAAGUGCUAAAGGCGUUCAGUUGGCUGGACUGGACAGGGUAUUUUUCCUUCAGUUUUGAAUUUUGUCUUUUCCACCUGGCCACUUCACACGCGUUGCUUUCUUGACCGGAUUGCCAUGCUGCAGCAAAUUUUGCGGGAUAUGUACAUCGAUCCGGAGCUACUGGCCGAACUGAAUGAAGAACAGAAGCAUGUCCUCUUCUACAAGAUGAGGGAAGAGCAGGUCAGGCGAUGGAGGGAGAGAGAGGAAGACACGCAGGAGGGAGAGGCGGCUGUGCUGCAAAGGACAGCGAGACUCAAGCAGAGUAAGAUUUGACAGCUUUUCUGAUCACCAGUCAUUUCUGUGGGGAGUUGAAUGUCUCAAUGUCUGUGUAUUCCUCAUAUUGUCUGCUCUGGCAGUUGCCCUGUGAAGGAAAUCUCAAGAAGAUGGAAACUGAGACCUCACCCAGGCAACUGCCAGGUGUAUUGGUCUUGAACCUAAGCAUUCCAAGUUCAGGCCUAGAACUCUGCCCAAUGAGUCACAAUGGCUCCAGUGCAGAAUACGGUAGUUGCAGUUCAGUCGCAUUGAAAUGAAGGGGGAUUAAGUCAGCUCUGAAUUUUUUCUCCUCUAUGGAUUAAGCACGACUCUUUGUUUCUCUUUAUGCGUGGGGAUUUGUGCCUUUCGACUUGCACACCUAAUCCAUAGACUCAUUGUUUCUGUAUAAUGCUUAACAGUGUGUAAAACUAGCAGACCAGAAAUGUAGGGCCUACUGGCACCACCAGUCCCCCUACUGGGGUGUGAAUGGGCUAGAGUGGGGUGGUGAGCAAUACCCUCCCUCUCUAAAUUGUCCUCUGAAUGCCUCAUGAGGACAUGAUUAUACAUUAAUUCAGGCAUAGCCAAACUCGGCCCUUCAGAUGUUUUAGGACUACCAUCAUCCCUAGCUAACAGGACCAGUGGUCAGAGAUGAUGGGAAUUGUAGUCUCAAAACAUCUUGAGGGCCAAGUUUGCCUAUGCCUGCAUUAUUUCACGACACACCCUCCAAGUGUCCCUAUUUUCCAGGGACAGUCCUGGAUUUACAGAAGCUGUCCCAGUUUCUGAUUUGAUGCUGAAUGUCCCACUUUUCCUUAGGGCAUCCCUAUUUUCCUUGGAGAAAUGUUGUGCAAUAUGGAGUUAUUCGGCCCCUGAGUCAAGGAGAUACAAGCUUUUGAAGACAUCUGAGGGCAGCCCUGUAUGGGGAAGUUUUUUUUUUUUUAAAAUAUAUAUAUAUAUAAAAUGUUUAAUGCUUCUAUAUAAGUUGGAAGCCUCCCAGAGUAGCUGGGGCAACCCAGUCAGAUGAGUGGCGUAUAAAUAAAAAAAAUAUUAUUAUGGAAUAGGAUGUCCCUGUUGUCAUUGGAGAAAUGUUGUAGGGUAUGUCACGGUGGCUGUGGAAACCCACCCAGAUGGGCGGGGCAUUACUAAUAAUAAUAAUUGCAAAUGGAACCCAUCCCAGAAAAGCCAGUACCUCAGCAGAGAAAUGGCACCCUGGGAUGUCUUUCUUAGCUAUUUACUUUACUGUUUAUAUUCUUUGAAUGUGUUCCAUUUUCAUUUCGUAUUUAUUUUUGUACCUGUUUUGUUUUUGUUUGUAUGUAGGUAUGUGUGUGUUUUUCUUUUCUUUUUCUUUUAUUGUCUUUAUUUUUGCCAGAUGUAUGUACCUUUGUUUUGUAUUUGCAUAAUAAAUCAAUAACAACAACUAUAUAGUUUUUCCUGUAAACAAAGCAAAGACUAUGAGAUAAUUGUGUGCUAUAGUCAUCUAGGGUCAGAAGCAUAGACACACGUCAGUCAGAGGUGUUUUGCGGGCACAGCAUAUGAAGUGCCCAAAAUGGCCCAUUCACACUGGGACUGAAAGACUUUAUAAUCUCUGAUUCGCUUGUCUAAGUCCCACUGUUUUUAAAUAUAGUGUGAAGGGUAUCUCUUCGGGAGACCUUCAAGAGCAUUCUUGCAUUCUUGCAGUUCCCUCCCAUGUGCAAAUAAAAGCCUGUUCAGUUUGAUUGAUCUGUCAUUUGUUGGGAGUAGGGGGUUCAGAAUGCAGCUCAGCUCUGUGCGCCAAAACAACAUUAAGAGGAUGAAGAUUGUCUUGUGCAGAAGAUGAACAUAAUGCACACUAACACCGAAAAAUGUAACUGCAACAUUUUUAUAUAGUAAUUUGUCACAGUGUUGACAGCUGCAUUUCCAUAUAUAAAUUAUACAUUAAACCUAUUCUGCUUUUUAGUGCACAGAAUUGUUUUCCGGGUAAUUAAUUUUCUGGUUUACAAAGAAUGAUGAAAAAGAGGAGAAAACGAUCACAGGAAACUUUAUACUGUCUUUCUAUCUCUGCAUGCAUGCGUCUCACCUAUGCUCAAUGUUUUAUGACACUUUGCUCCUUCCAAAUGACUUGCCCAUGUCUUUAGCUGCAGUUUUUGUGUGUGUGUGGUGGAAUUGGGGCAGAGUGACUGGCGAAAGUUGUUUCCAUCCUUCAUAAAAGAGAAGGACAAUGUUUUUCACCUUAAAUGGGAACAAAGGCAGCCUGAUCAAUUCUGAACUGAGUUGGAGUACAAUGGAGACCAAGGUUAUGCCAGUAGGCUAAGCUGAAAAACUUACAUGGGUGACUUUGAACUGGCACUGCAGCUUGCAUGGUGAGAAGGAGUCUCACAGCCCUGUGUUCCACAGAAAGCCCUAUGCCAGCCAGUGUGCUGUAGUGGUUAGAGUGUUGGGAUUCAGAGUGGGGAGACAGAGACCCUGGCUCAAGCUGUGUAACUCUCACUUGGUGACUAACUUACCUUUGUUGUGAGGGUGAAAAGGGGGCUGGAGAGAACUUUGUACACCCCUCAAGGAUGAGCUGUGGAAAUAUAAAGAUAAUUAAAAAUACCUCAAAUUAUCUAGAGUUUUAGGAAUGUCACAGGGCUGGUGCACGUUUUUCAAUGUUUUCUGGCCGCAGCUUGAGCUAUUGUAGCUUAAACACCCCAGACACAACUUUCGGCUCAUGCACACUCCUGUUUGCCCCAUGCCUAGAAAGCAUGGGUUUAAAUGGCUUUGCCGAUUCCCUCCGGAAAACCCGCUCCUUGGCACUAAAUCAGAACAAGCGUCAAGCUGCAGAGAACCUGAUUGCCAUUUGUUCCGAUUCAGCGCUAAAGAUCCGGUUUCCACGAGCGAAAGCAGCAGGGCAAACGGAGGUGUCGCUAAGCCCUUUGAUUCUCACUUGCCUCCUAGGGCUUCUCUAUGUCUAGAGUCAUACAAUCCUAGAAUUGUAGAGUUGGAAGGGACCACAAGGGACCACCCCUUGCAAUGCACAAAUCUUUUGGCCCAAUGUGGGGCUCGAACCCACAACCCUGAGAUUAAGUAUCAGGCUCUACCGAUGGAGCUAUCCAGCACCUGGCAUCCAGAUUUCAACCCAUUUCAGAUACACGUAUUUGCCUUGCUCCCGGUCUUGGAACCCUGUGAUUGUGCUAGAGAUCUCUAAUAAGGCUGAGAAUGAGUUUUUGUCCCAGGUGAGUCUUGAACCAGGAGCUUCCAUAGCUUGCUUUCUUAAAGCAUCAUUCGAUGCUUCUUUAGCGAGAAGUAGGACCCACAAUGCUUAGGUGGAUAUAUAUUUCCAACUGAGUGUGCUAGGGAUUGCAACCCUAGCCUGUACAUUAUACCAUGUGAAUCUGAAAUUUUUAACCACAUACAUUAUCUCGCCCUCUGAAAGGAGGAUUCUUACUUCAAAUGGAGAAGCAUUACUUUACUUCAAAAUUUCAAUAGAAAGGUCUUUCCAUAGGAGGCAGGUCUCUCUAUGCCCUAUGAUAUUGUGGUGUUUCUUCAGCACAUACCUCUCAUCUCAGAUCAUAAGUUUGGGAAAUACAUGUUUAGCCAUUUUCCAUUUUAAGCCUUCAUUAAUACGCAUACAUUUGCAUUUCAGUGUGAAUUAAAUCAACUAUACUUAGCCCCACACCUGAAAUUACAUGAUGUCAAGUUGUGGGUCAGGUGAACAUGGCUUGGCAAAAAUGGCCUCACAGGGCAAAUUAGGAUCAAUUUGUCUGGUGGCCAGAGGUUCAUACAGUACCUACCCUAGGUUAAUCCAGAGGCUUAAUCUGGCCUGUCAAUCACAGGGGCUGAAGCUCACACACGAUUCCCUUCUGUGUCUGUAGAAGGGUCUGAGACCUGCACACCCUCAGUCCCAGCCUUGAACCCGGAGGUUCUCCAUUCAAGCCCCAAAGUCUUUCAUAACAGGUUACCUUAGUAGGGCUGUUAGUUAGGCACUUGUGUAGAAACAGGAUUAUUUUUUCUGCCUAAUGCUGGGCUCCCUUGUUGCGCAUAAAUCUUGCUUCUUUUACUUAAGAGCUAAACGAUUAAACAAGACUUGUAGUAACAGAUGUGCCUUAGCUUGGGCUCCUACCUCCAUCAGCUCUUUGCAUAGCUUUCAGGAUAGUUUUAGAUGUUAUGAAUGGGAGCUUGGUUUCGUUCAUAACAGCAAAACCAACUUCCACAGAUUCUAAGUAAACCGGAAAACCAUCCCUGCCCUUUGGAUAUACUUAAAAAGUGUGCGUUAAUGUCUGCAGACUGGUUAAACCAUACAGAAAUGGAGUAGGAAAUCUCUUUCACGAGUGAGUACUUUGGGCUCAAGAGAGCUUAAAAUUCUUUUCUUUUCUUUUCUCUUUCUCCCAGCUCACAGUUAAGUGUAUCUUGGAGCACAAUAUGGGAGUUACUCUUCAACAUGAUCUCGCAAAGCUGUAUUACUUUUCCAUUUACUCAGAGUAGGAGGCUAGAAUAGAUCUCUGCUUCCAAGGACCUCCACAUUAGGGCACCCACAAAGGGGAAUUGACCAUUACCCCUCCCUGGGGCCUCCCUGACAAAAAUGAGAAGAACCAGUUCGGCAGGUGUCUAUACCCUGUGAUCAAAGGUUGCUGAGAGAAAAAGUAGGAUCAAUAGGGCCAUAUCAUUUUCCCUUAGUGAUUUCUAAGUGAAGAUCAUUGAUCAAAGCCACAGGUGCAUCCUCUGUGCUGUUCCCAGCAUGCAGGCUGAACUAGCAGCACCCGCUUCUCAGCCACAUACCUACCAUACAUAGAAUCAUAGAGUUGGAAGGGACCCUGAGGAUCAUCUAGUCCAGCCCCCUGCAAUGCAGGAAUAUGCAGCUGUCCCAUACGGGAAUCAAACCUGCAACCUUGGUGUUAUCAGCACCACGCUCUGACCAACUGAGCUAUCUGGGACACGAAACAACUACUCUGAAAUCACUGAGCGUGAGCCUUUCACUAAGGUUCCUUAUAUGCCAUUUGAUUGCUACUGACUUGGGGGCUUGUCCUAAAAUAGCAAAAUCCAGAUAAUAGCCUGAAUAUGCCAUUUAUUAACCACCCACGUCUUUUGUCAACAAAGCAUUUGUGUUAAUCAAUUAUGGAUAAUGCCUUCCUUCAUCAAUUAUAGAAUGACAAAUCUGCAGGGUUUUUUUUCUUCUUCUUUUAAAAAAAUCUGACCCUGAAUGGUGAGAAGACUGCCUUCCAGGAUGAUCAAAGCACCUUUACUGAUGAGGGAAAAAACCUGCUGUUCUGGAAAAUUCAACAGCAUCUGGCUCUGUCCCUUUUGAUUAUGCAGAAGGUGGAGCCUGUUUAAGAGACCAUCUUUCAACCGUACAACUUUUCCACUAUGGUCACGGUGGCACCAUUUUCAAACAAUGUUUCCAUUGUUCCAAAAGUAUUUUGCCUUAGGAGCCACUUAUAAUUCGGGAAUAAGUUGUGGCGUUUGUCUCUUCUGCCUAUCAGCUUAUAAGUGACAAUCUGCACAGAGAAUUGAUCACUACUGAAAAGCGAAGAAAUAUUUAAUGAAAUAAAUAAAUAGAAAGCUCCACGGCUAAGUGAAUAUGUCAUGUCUCUCCAGGCAAAGUUCAAUGUCCAGUUUAGUAUAGUAUAUAAGGCAGAAAUACUAAUUUUAGUGGGAAGCAAUGGUGGAUUUUUUUUGCUUGUCUGAUUUUUUUGUGUUGCUGUUUGUAGUAUGUCAGGAGAAGCCAAUUAGAAAAAAUUAUCAUGUACUUUUAAAGCAGCCUAAUUAGUAUUAGAAGGAAAUGGGUCAUUUCACCCUCAUUUCAAAUCUGCUGUGACGCUAAUAUUCUAUUUGACAGUGCUAUCUUUUCCCAAGCCUCUUAUCUGUUUUUAUAUAUAAAGCUUGUUGGCCUCUUCUCCACAAAAUGCCCAAACUGUUGUACAAUAAAACAAAUAAUUAAAAUAGCGUAUCUGUUAAAGACAAGCAUAACUUAAAACUAGCAAGAGUUUAUAACCUGCAGCAAUAAAAAACACCUAUAUAAAACCAUCCUCAAUUCAGCCUUCCAGCAAUUUUAUUUUACAAGGCUGUCCAAUAAUGAUAACAAUAAAAAUAAACAAAAUACAACAACUUGCUGGAGAAGUUAGCACGUGGAUAAAGAGGCAUAGUUCAUGUGGCUGGCUGUCCCACAAGACCCCUGAAAAGUGCUUUUUAAAAAACACAGUGCCCCCAAAUGCACACUUUGGAGCACCGCACAAGAUCUCUGCCCUGAAAAAAAGCUUUUUUGGGGGGGGCACAAGCUCGUGUGAGUCACAUGAUUCACACGCAGCCCUGAAAAAUGGUAUCCUGGUUUUGGGCCACUUCGUAUUGGAAAUUUUGGGAGUGGAAGCAGUGCAGCACUGUGACCACUAGGUCCAACCCAUGGAGAUGAUCCAGUCUCGAUGGUAUCAAAAGCCAAAUAGAAGGAGGAAAAUGCCACUGGACCAUACGCCCUGAAAAUCUCUUAGGGCAACCAAGGCUGCUUCUGUCCCUGAACCAGGCCUGAAUCCAGUCUGAAUUAGGCCCAUGUGAUUUGUUUCAUCCAAUAACUCCUGCAGCAGAGCAGCUUUGCAUAUCCCCUCGCAAAAUCUUGGCUCCUUUUCCUCACCCUUCUCGCUUGGAGAGCUGCCCACUUGAAGAGGCAGUGAGAGCUCUUGUUCACCUGGGACUCCUGAUAAAGGCUGUUUCACUUCCCUUCCUUCCAGGGGCUGUGACUCUUGCACCUUGUCCAGAGGGCAUGUCUUUGGGGGAGACCACAAGGGCUGAAGUCCUCAGCCCAGGAGGAGCAGAUGGCAGGAGAUAGGAACGGUAGUUGCAGCAUGAACACACAGCAGUAAAUAGAAGGCUUACAAGGCAUGAAACUUGGGGUUAUUUUUAUAGUUUAGGCCACAAUCCUGGGCACACUUACUCAAGAGUGACAAGAGCGAGUACCACUGCAAUUGAUGCUACAGAACAUUUGCCGUGACCUUGUUAACAUCCUUAAACUGGGUGUCAAAUGUAUGAGAGGGUGUUUGGGGGACGUUGCUAACCUGCCUACCUGCUACACAUUGAGCUUUACUGAACCCAACAUUCAGCAUCCCCUGGCAGCAAAAGCCACUAGAUAGGGUGCUGAACCUGACUUCCUGCCAUGGAGCUUUGGUUGUGUGUCGGCUGAAAAUGCGUGGUACUGUUUCAUCAUAAGAGUGUGACACAGUUGUGUAAGGGGUUAGGUAUUCUCUUUGCCAUUGCCUUUUUUCUUUAGUGAGUAGCAUUUGGUUUCUUGCCUCCAUCUGGUGUGGGUAUUAGUUUUCUUAGCACCAUUUGCGUCCCCCUAUGUCUUCUGUAUAUCUAUAGGUAGCUCUUUCAAUAGUGUUUAGUCCCCCAACCAUUCAUUUAGUGUAAGUUAGCUUUCCCCCUGUCACUCCACUUGCCUGUUUCAUUGUUGUUCCCAAUUGCCUCCCUAGUUCUUUAUCCCAACUGCCAUAUUGUUGCCUCCUCUCCUUAUGUUUGCCUUUUAAACUCACAAAACACCCCUCUCUGUUUCUUUCCUGUUGCUUCCCAUUGGCCAAUGAAAUCCAAGGCAAUGCUUACAAAAUCAGCUCAUUUAAACACAAUGGCUUUUUUUCGGAUGGAGUGGUCAACUACACUAAAUAGCAGUCUAAAGCAGGGAUGACUAUCCCACGGCUUGACUUCUGUAAGAACUGCAUACCCUCCAACAUUUCUCCAAUGAAAAUAUCAUCCCAUCCCAUUCCAUAAACUGUUAGAAUUCCUGCUCCGUGACUGCAGUCAUGGGAUUGUUGUCUAUCACAUGACGGUAUGUGUUUUGACUCCACAAAGUGGGAAGUGACAGAGACAGGAUGUUUGUGUUACUGUGUUCCGUGAAGUGGAACUAUUGUCCUUUGUUUUUUCUCUUUGCUGUCUGAUGCUAGAGAGGGAGCCAUGUUGCAGUGCUCCGUGUGUGUUUAUAUGUAAAUAAAGUAGAUUAGCCAAAAUGCUGAGUUGCUGAGGUCUGUUACGCAAGCUGCGAAGACUCUGUGGAUCCCUAAGUGUGCCGAUGUCUGUUGGCAUCGGUCGCUGUGAUGUUCAGGCUGAAGAAAGCUUUUGAAGCUCUGAAUCAUCGACCAGGAGGGAGGGAACAUGCCAGUCGGGCAUGUGUCUCUGCCAGGGUCCUACUCGAGUGUAGGACGAGCUCCUGACAUGAACACCAUUUAUACCCCGCCCAUCUGGCUGGCUUGCCCCAGCCACUCUGGGUGACUUCUAACAUACAUAAAAACAUAAUAAAACAUUAAACAUUAAAAAACCCUAUCCUUUACAUGGCUGCCUUCAGAUGUCUUCCAAAAGUUGUGUACAGUGGACCCUCUGGAUAUAAACUUAAUUCGUUCUGGGGGUCCUUAUGUACCCCGAAAAGUCUGCAACAUGAGGCGCUGCUUCUGCAAAUGCACGUGGCGCGAUAGAGUGUUUCUGCAUGCGGCACACAGAGCGCUUCUGUGCAUGCAUGCGCGGCGAAACCCGGAAGUAUACACUUCCAAGUUUGCCACGUUCACAGUCCGAAAGUUACUUUACCCAAAGGUAACGUAACCCAACAGUCCUCUGUAGUUACUUAUCUCCUUGGCUCAGGGGGUCACAUAACUCCAUACUCGUCAACGUUUUUUCAGUAAAAACAAGAAAAUCCUAAGGAAAAGCAGGACAUUCAAAGAUCAAAUCAGAAACCAGGACAGCUCCUGUAAAUCCAGGACUGUCCCUGGAAAAUAGGGACACUUGGAGGAUCUGCAACUGUUGUUGUUGUUUUAAAUGCUUGGAGCAAGUUUUUGAGUCUUUGGCAUUGAGUGGUGGUGGGAGAAAGCAAUAUUACAUUAUUAGGCUGGGUAUUUUCUUAAUGUUUCGGUGCUAUCUAUUCAAACAGAGGACCAAGAAGUUAAUGCAGGCAUAUGGCUAUCAUUCUGUGCCUGCAUUAAUUUGGAGUUAAUGACAUUGAUUAGACUCUGUAGAUCAGUGAGGCGAACACACUGUAGUGCCAUUUCAUACAUUAUUUUGGAACCUAUUGCCAAACAUGCUGAUGGCAUGCAUGUCUAUUAUCUGCAAUAUUUGCUGGGAAAUGCUUGUAAGCAGGACCCAGGCCCUUAAUGCUUGCAGGGAUUUUGCCAGAAAAGGCCAUGAUUUAUACAUGUGUGAGCUGAACCAUUCAUCAAUAAUGCUGUGUGUACUUUGUACUCAGAAAUAGGUUCCCCAACAGGGAAAAUAAAAUGAAUUGGCCCUAAGAUAUGCCUUUUAAAAUACAAGUCACCUAGCAACCCUAACUCCCAAAGUUCCAGAGGCUCUAAUUGGGUGAUUUUGCAAGUAUUCAUAAAUGAUUCCUAUUGAAAGAAUUUUUUUACAGGCUUUAAUGAACUAGAGGCUAGGCAAGAGUUAUCAGCCAGUUUUAUAAGAAUAGGAAAGGCAUUUUGAAUCAUGAGUGAAAACUGACUGAAUUUUCAGCAAGGAUGAAUGAGAAAACCAUAUAUGAUUUCUCACUAGUGUAACUGGGAUAGUACAACCUGAACAAGGUGCAAAAUUGGCAAUAAAUAUUACAUUAUCAACACUGAAGUAAAAUAAUGGUCAGUUGUGCAAUGUUUACAGGAUGGAAAGACAGGUAUCAGUAUGGUUGGUGAGGGUAGCAGACCAGAUGGAAUGGCACCAUGGCAACUUCUGAUUGACUCUAUACCUGGACCUUAAAACCAUAAAGUGUGUCCUGCUACUGAAAUAAGAAACUAUAGGUGGUGAUGAGAACAUCAGACGUUCAGCACUGGAAGCAUUAACUAACAGAUUUUGUUCCUUCACAGAGGAAAUACCUCAUCUGUAACAGUGGAUGGUAUGGUGGAGCUAACCUGCUCACCUGAUCUCUGUGUCUGGCUGAGUCGCUGCAGCAUACUGGGAUGGGGAGCGAUGCAGUGGUGAGGUUGGCAUGGUGCAAAUGCACCAGCAGAUCCAAUCGGGUGCUCCUGCCAGUGUGUUUGCACCACACUGACCUGCCUGCUAUGCUCCUUCCCCUCCCUUUCCCAGCAUGAUGCAGGAACUGAAGGAUUAUACCUGAAAGACCGUCUCCACCUCCAUCGUUCAGCCUGGACACUGAGGUCUAGUGCCAAGGGCCUUCUGGAGGUUCCCUCACUGCGAGAAGUGAAGUUACAGGGAACCAGGCGCCUGCCCUGUGGAAUGCCCUCCCAUCACAUGUCAAGGAAAUAAACAACUUUUAGAAGACAUCUGAAGGCAGCCCUGUUUAGGGAAGUUUUUAAUGUUUGAAGUUUUAUUCUGUUUUUAAUGUUCUGUUGAAAGCCGCCCAGAGUGGCUGGAGAAGCCCAGCCAGAUGGGCGGAGUAGAAAUAAAUUAUUAUUAUUAUUAUUAUUAUUAUUAUUAUUAAUUACUCAGCUGAUCAAAGGUCACGUGAGCAGCAUAGCCUUACCAUGCCAGUUGCAGCUGCUCAGCAGUGAGAAUGUGUCAUCUCAGCAGCAACACUCAUGAACUUGGUUUAUGGUAGAGGGCAUAUAAGUGGCUAGCAGGGGCACCGCUGCCUCUCAUAGCAGCAGGGAGGAUGAAGGCUUGUUUCACAGCACUCAGAUAAGGAGGGACUAUUUUUGCCUAUGGUGUCUUGGCUUGAGCUUAAUGGAGAGUGAGAGCUUUUAAAAUUCAAAGCUGCCCAUCAACUCUUUGCAUUUGUGGCAACUGAAAAUGGAGAACAGCACACACAGUUCUUAACAAUACUGUAUGCACAGAACCAGUGCAUGUAGGAAGCAUGGGGGAAGAUAAUAAAUAAGCUACAGUGAGAAAACAGAGGCAUGGAAACAAGGCAAAAAUGGGACAAAGCUAGUGUGGCUAUCAAUGGCCUAAGCAGGUAUCAUGAAUAUUACCUACAUCUAAGCCCAGAAAUGUGGAUGAAGAGUUCAAAUAUGCUCUUAUCAUGUGCUCCAAUGCAGCUUUUAUAAGGGCAUUAUUAGCCCAUUGAUUAUGAAACUGAAUAGUAUUUAUCCUGCAGAUCUGACAAAUCCAUAUCAGAACGUGUGACAAUUCAUCAACAGUGAGCGUUGAUAAAAAAUGUAAGUGGUAGUUAAUUUCAUUGCCCAUCCCCUGUGCUAAACCAUUCAGUACAUUAGGAUGCACUAGGCUUCAAAAUACGUGGUGGGAGAGAAGGAGGGAGGGAGGGAGGGAGGGAGAGAAAACAAGCCUUCAAAAGCUUGUCUCAAAAACUACAAAGAAGAAUGAUUAGGUCUAUGGUGGAUCACUGAAUGCUGAUGGAGCAUAUUUGAAAUGUGCAGAACAGCUGCAGCAGAAUAUAGCAGAAAGGAAACAAAUAAGUAUGAAAUCUUUUAAGCAGCAAGGAUGAGAACACAACUUUCUAAAUGUAAGGUCAGGUGAUUUGUUUGUUUCAAAUAACCUGUCCUGAGCCCUGGGGAUGCAUGACCUAAGGGUUCAAUAAACAAGCAGUUCAAAUAAACAUACAAUAGCCAAAUAACGCUUUGACUUAAGGAAAGUGAUGAAAUGUGUUAUUUUUAACAGAUGAUACGUGUCCCACAUCUCUGCAAUUGCGUGUCUCAAGCUUCCCUCCUGAAUUCUUUUGGUAGCUAAGGAGGAGAAGGAAAGUACUAAGCUUUAUUUGAGGAACUUACUAUAUUUCUCUUAGGAGGACCCCAACUGCUUCUUCUCUCAAGGGACUCUACACUGGGAGAGGACUGCUUCCUCUUGCUUUAGCAGGGGGUAGCUCAGGGUCUUUGUGACAUCAGCAGCUACUGCACAAAUCUCCACUGCCAGGUCAAAUCUAAAUUCCAGAGGAGAUUGGUUUAAUGGCAGCUGAUGUCACAAAGUCAGCUCUUUUCUUCCAGCAUGGCUACAGAGGUGGACUACAGCUGAACAGUAUGAGGAGGAGGCAAAGGCUGCAGGAAAUCUGAGCUUCAGCUGCAGAGGAAGCAGUGGACAGAGUCCAAAUGGACAGCGAGAGGCAAAGAAAGUUGGGUCAAAGCCAGCUGGAAAGGGAUGUAGCCAGGUAUAGCCAACCACUUGAUGGUCCUUCCAACCACCCAAUGGGCCUCCAGCUUGUUAAGAACCUUGGUUGCCAUGGCAGCCAAAACAGAAUCCUGUGCUUCUGAAUGAGAGUCUAGGAUUGAAAUUGAAACUGAAAUACUUUAUUGUCACUUGUACAACUUGUAUACAGUGAGAUUACAUGAGCACCCCCCACUCAGCUCUCUUAGUCUUAAUUCCCCUCGUUUACUGACGCACACCCACCAAACCCAAAAGUCAGUUGCCCUGUUGUUAUCUUUUCAUUCAACAGCCUAACAGCCCAUGGAUAGAAGCUGUUCUUUACCCUGUUGGUGUGACUAAUCAUGCUUCUAUAUCUUCUGCCUGAGGGCAGGAGAUCAAGAAAGUGCCGGCCAGGGUGUGAAUCAUCCCUGAGAAAUUUCCUCACUCUCCUGAGGCAACGUUCUUCUGCUAUUUCAUCCAGCGGAUUCACAGGACAGCCCAUAAUAUCUUGUGCUGUAUUCACCACCCUCUGUAGGCACUUCCUAUCAGAUGGUGUCAAACCAGCGUACCACACCGUGAUGCAGUAUGAAAGGACACUUUCUAUUGUUGACCGGUAGAAGGAGAUAAUCAAAUGUUGAUUGACAUCCUUCUUCCACAAUACUCGGAGGAGAUGGAGUCUCUGUUGGGCUUUCUUAACCACCUGGGUUGUAUUUAUUUUCCAAGUAAGGUCUUCACUGAGAUAAACUCCUAGUAAUUUAAAGGAAGAGACUCUCUCCACACAGCCCUCCCUGAUGUACAGCGGGGCUAGUUCUCCACUCUUCUUCCGAAAGUCCAACACCAUCUCCUUUGUCUUGCUGAUAUUAAAGUGCAAGUUGUUCCCUGUAGAUAUUUUUUGGACCUCCCCUCUAUACGCUGAUUCAUCCCCACCUGUUAUUAAACCCAUUAUGGUGGUGUCAUCUGCAAACUUAAUAAAACUUAAUAAACUUAAUAAUAAUAAUAAUAAUAAUAAUAAUAAUAAUAAUAAUAAUAAACUUAAUAAUAUGGGGAGAGCCAUAGCUGUGGAUGAACUGCCAAAUGCUAAAACACACACCACACAAAACAAAAUGGUAGAAAUCAGGACUGUGCCACAGCAGGUGUUUGUCUUAUAUUUUUAAAUUCUUCCGCAUAUUAACCAACCCUCCACAUGAAACAAACUAGGACCUUAGGAAGACAAGUUUAGUGCAGUCCAGUUUCUGUUAUACUAGUUUACUGCAUCUAGGGAGCUUUAGUUGUGAGGAACAUGUGAUAGAAACAAAGGGAUUAAACAGGAAAUUGUAGUCAGCAGCAAGCAGGAUUUGGAAGUACCUUAAUGUUACUAAGGUUCCAAGGCAAUGAUCCACUAAAACGAUAAUUUAAUUAGCAAUUAAUCUACCACACAAUAGAGUGACUGAAGUACCUGAAUAUUUCGUUUGGCUGAGUGUGCUGCAACCCUUGUCUAACUGAUGGUAUUUCUCUGAGAUUUGAUAUCCAAUUGGGUUUGCAAUGGACUUUCCACACAAAAAUGAAUCAAUUUCAAAAGGCUGUGGAGAUGGCAAACAAUGGGGAAUUGUCAAGGAUGCCAUAAUUGCUAAAAACAAUGAUAAAUGAGCCUGCAUGCAAUGAGCUGAUUCUAGCAAUAUCCCAUCAUCUGCAGCCCCAGUUAUUUUAAAUGGCUUUUAAUUAGCAGCAUGAAUGCAAAUGACUUGAGGCCUCAAAUGAGAGAUGCAGAUCUUUCUGUACCUGCCUGCUUUCUGCUGGGGCUGGAGACAGAUUUUCUUACAUAUGUUCUUAGGUUUGUUAAAAAUGGGUGAAUAUAAUAUUGGUAUGCGGCAUCUCAAUUCCAUUAUCGAUGGAUCCCCAAAACUGUAUUACAGGUUAUCACAGGGAAUCUUGGAGCCAGGUUCUUAGGUACCAAGGGACUCUGAAGGUUUAUCCAGACUUGCCAUUGCUCCAUUGAGGAAACCCACUCUUUACCAUUGAACUGGAGUAAAACAUUGAUUGGGUUUUCUCUGGAUUGAUGUUUGCUCCAAUUUAUAGUUAAAGAGUGGGUUUUCUGGGGUAAAGCAGCAAGGCAAGGUCAAAACUGCUCUUACCCAUGCUAGAAAGUGUGGGACAAGGGGGAAACUGCUCUGACACCUGCUUUUUUUCAAGGACAAGGGCAAUUAUGGAUGAGCCCUCAGAUUGCUGAUCAGACAAGCAGACCCGAUGGGGGUUUGGGUGUCCUGGAUUUGGGAUGGGAAAAGUUGGCAUGUACACUGAUCUUCCCUCACAAAAGGAAGAGGGAGAGCAACAUGUCAGUGGCUCAGAAGUGAAACUCUCAGAUCCCUUCCAUUCCAAAGCUCUCUUCCCUACCCCUUUUCUGUCACCGAUGGAUAGAAGUGAGUAGAUGGUGAUAAUGAAAAUUCUGAGAAAGUGUGAAAAGUACCUUCAGUUAAUCACAGGGGCCCAUAAAUGGGGAUGCUAACUUAGUUUUUUUUUGGGGGGGUAGCACUCCCCAUGAAUGAUGCUGCAGGCAAGCAUUAUUGCCACGAAAUUGUUUUUUAUUUAGUUCAUAGUUUUGCAGGUCAGAGGGUCUUCUUCAUAAAAUUCUUACUGCCUGGUGUAUUGUGGAAGGUUCUUCCUCUGCUUCCCCUCCCCUCUUAAUGUUCUGAAACUUCUUUUUUCUUUUAGUUUUGUUGGCCUUUUGCGAGCAUGAGGCUGGGAACAGCCACUCCAGACCAUGGCAUAUAUUAGACUGGCAGUGCAGUUCAUUGGAGACUAAUGAUUCUUAUAGGCCAGAGUCCUAAGCUCCGUAUUGCUCUCUAAGGCCUUGUUUCCUGAGUUCAUUGCUGUGAAGUUCAGCCAGAAGUGGUUUCUAUUUAUCUGUCAUAGAAGGCACUGGAAAAGGACAAGCAAAUAUUAUGGUUCUAGUGCUAGCGCUGCUUGUGUUUACGAGCAAUAGUGAGUAUACAUUUUCAAUGUUAUAUUAGUCACAGCCUCCUGCCUCCUGGAAGGCUGCCAUUGUAGUCACUGGCACUGCAAAAAGCGAAUGUGCUGUGUACUUACCACACGGAUGCAGCCUAGAAUGAUAUGUGUUGAGGAUGUAAUCCGAACAAUUCUUAGGGAUGCUGGUUUGCUUAGCACAGGUGAAGCCAAAGGGCCAGAGAUGAGUGAACUCUCCAAAAUAGCCUCAGAUGGACUUGUUACCUAUCUGUCCUGCCCCCCACUGCUUCAAAUAUCAGGGGAAAUAGGAUAUUUUUCAGCCAAUUGGAGGGUACCAGGCUGCCUCCAUAUGACCUAUUUAUUGAGAUUUAUCUUAACUUGUUUUUAGAGAGAUUCCUAGCCUGAAUUUCAUUAUUCAGGGAACAGUGACACCCUGGGUGGAAAAGAAAUGUUCCUGCUUAUAAAAGUGAUGCCUGUUCUUGGAUCUAAAGCAAAGGAAGAAAACUGUUUCUGUUCCAGCUCUUGAGUUUGUGUUUGCUGCAGUGCUACGUUCUCAGUUAGAAAGACCUCUAUUUAAGUCCCGAUGUGCAUGCUCUGUUCAGAAGAGUGCUCUGCAGAAGGCCAGCAGUCACAUGCAUACAAGUGGGCAAGGGCAGAUCUGCUAUGAAACUAAUGAAGCUCAGAUCCUCCACAUGUCCAUAUUUUCCAGGGACAGUCCUGGAUUUACAGAAAGCUGUCCCAAAGUUUGAGAGUCAGUAGCACAAAUGUUGUAUAGGUGUGGUGAUCUGUCUUUAACAGGCCCAUUGAAGAAGAUAACAGUGGUUACCCAGACUUUGUUGCUGGUUGCAAAGGGGCCACCAUGACAGUUCAAGCUUCAAGACCCCCAAAAUGUGGGUCCGCCCCUGCAUGUGGCUGAGAAACAUCCAACUCUGCCAGUCUAAACUUAUUUCUCAUGUAGGAAGCCAUCGAAAUUAAGGGUUUAUGGCACGUCAGAGGUUUUCAACCUUUUGGAGUCUACGGCUCCCUUGCCCAACUACAUCAUUUCUGCGGCACCCCUGUGGGGUUCAGGAGCCCAGUUAUGUCACCCCUUGCCUGCAGAGAUGGUAGUCCCUCACUACUUUUCAAAUACCCUCCCUUGUGGGGUGUUCCCUCAGCCUCCUCUCCCCUCUUCUUGGGAGUCCUCUGGGCAACCACUGCUGGCACCCCUGGUCUCUGACCUGCUCCCCUGCCCCAAAGAGAGGUGUCUUCACACACUGCUCCACAGGGGCUUAGAAAGGACCCCCUGGCUAGCCCCAGACAUAUCAUUCACCUGCUGAGCUUGUAGCCAGGGCUGCUGCAACAAACAGCUGUGCAAGCCUUUGGCAGGCAGAGAUGCAAGAGGGCAUCAGAGGAUGGAGGGAAGGAAAGAGGGACAGAGGCCAGUGUUGCCUUCAGCACCCCAGACAAUCAUUCAAGGCACCCCAGGGUGCCACAGCACACUGGUUGAAAACCACUGGUUUGUUGAUACAGUGGUACCUCAGUUUACAGACGCUUCAGGUUACAGACUCCGCUAACCCAGAAAUAGUACCUUUGGGUUAAGAACUUUGCUUCAGGAUGAGAACAGAAAUUGUGCGGUGGCAGUGGGAGGCCCCAUUAGCUAAAGUGGUAUCUCAGGUUAAGAACAGUUUCAGGUUAAGAAUGGACCUCCAGAACGAAUUAAGUUCUUAACCCAAGGUACCAUUGUAGUUGCUGUACAGUCAUCUGCUAUAGUAAUGGGGAGUAGGAGAGACUAAAGACCUUGCUUAGCCAUAAGCAAUGUUUUACAUAGUGUCCAUUAACACAAGAGAAUGAACUGCGAAUUGAAGUGUUGCCUCCUACCAUCCAUCAUUCACAUCACUGUAGUGAAUAAUGAGAAUAAAACGUCCACAAACUCUUAUUUGAUAGGAGCCUUGCUGUUGAUGUGUGCCGAUGCAAAACAGCCAUUUUCUAGAGGUACAUCAGGAUAAUUUUACCUCAGCAUUUGUUCAUAAAACAAGUCAAGUGCAGCUCACGACAGUCUGUUUUAUUUAUUAUUUUAAACAAUUUAUAUACUGCUUACCUACCAUCGCCUCGACUGUGUUGCUGAAUUCAGGAUCCUAGAGAACAUGACCAAACAUUAAAGUUCACCUUACUUUAAAUGUAAGUGUCCCAUGUUUCAGAUUCCUUCCACCUUUUAUUGGUGUGCAUGAUGCAGGGAUAUAUGAAAGUACCUCAAUUGGCUCUAUCAAAAAUUUUUAUUCUGAUUUUAAAUUAUUGGAAUCUAUUCCAACUGGGACCAAAGGGUGGGUUAUAAAUGUUUCUAUUUUUAAAAAGUACCACAUAACUUCAUUAGGCCCAAUAUAUAUCUAGCAUAAAUGUAUGCUGUUGAUUCAUCCUAGUGUUGGACACUGUCUUCCAAAUGUGCUAGAUUUGCACAAUCAUGUGCCUUGUACUUCUUCAAAAUUUUGUUUCAUAAAAAGCAGCAUUUGAACACACGCCAACGUUUAUGUGGGUGAAAAUGUAUUAGGUUGUAGGCAGUUCUAUUUUUUCCUAGAAAAAGAGGUGCCUGAAUGCACCAUAGACACCCCCUUGUUCUCUUUUAAUGGCACUAGCGCCCACCUGAGACAUGCCGGAACCGAGUUCCGGCAAGUUCUGGCUGAAAAAAAGCCCUAGUUGGAAGAAUGGCAGAUGAAGGUGAUGGACUAUAUGGAACUGGCAGAAAUGACUGGCAGAAUCCGAGACCAGGGAGAAGAGUCGGUGGAAGAAGAUUGGAAGAAAUUUAAAGACUAUCUACAGAAAUACUGUAAAAUUAAUGAAUGUUAGAAUGAUGUUGGAAUGAAGCUAAGGGGUUUUUAGUAGUAAUGCUACAAGGAGUAUGUAAAAAUGGACUGUUAACAGAUGAGAAUAUACAAUUAUCACAUAUUAAGACAAAGGUCUAAGAUAAAAACAAAGAGGGAAAGGAUUUGCUGAAUUAACUUACUGAACUGGAAUACAAAAAAGGGGAGGUGUGAGGAGGUCAGGGAAACAAGUGAGUGAAAGACAAGAUAUGGAAAGAUUGAUUUAUUUUUAAUUGUUUUUACUUUUUUUGUAUUUUGUAUUUUCUUCUUUCUUUUUUUCUUCUUUCUUAUUAUUACUAUUGUAACUUUUUUUAUUUUUGAAACUUUAAUAAAUAUCUUAUAAAAAAAGGGAAAAAAAACCCUAGUUGUUCUUCUCUAUUGCCUGUGUACAAGCAUACGCUUCAAAAACCUUUUCCAGUUUGAGGAGUGUUGUUAUGCCUCCUCUUUUCAUGGCUGAUGGAAUAUUCCUGGGAUUACUUUAAUUAUUCUAGGUCUAAAUGCAACAUUCUCACACAAAUAAAUACAUCUGAAUUCAUUCGUUUGAUGAGCAAGGUUAAAACAGUUCUUGAUUUUCUGCUCAUUGCAUUCUUAAAUCACUUGGUUCUAAUAUAUCUAAAACCGCUCACAAGCUAUUCUUCGGGAUACAGGUUUGUUGUUAUGACAUACUGUUUCCUGUAUAUGAAAACAUUAUGCUCCAUGUCCAUGUGGAGUUUUAAAAUUGGUUUCCACAAAAAAGUGCACUGUUAUCACUGUCUUUGCCCUAUUGUUCCUGCCUUUAGGGAGACACAUAAACAACUUUGUUUAUACUUUGCUGACUUGUGAAUUUCUCCCAUUUUUUUUGAUGUUAUAUUUAUACUGCUUCUUCUUCUUGUCACUUUACUGUAUGAACCCCUCUACUUGGUUCCUGGUAGGGGUGUGCGUGAACUUCAUUUACUUCCUGAAUUAUGAGGCAGAUAGGAGUGAUAUGGACGAGGUUUCCACAUGCCUGAGUUGGAGCGCGCUCUUUAACAAGAGUUUUUGAGUCAGAUAAGGGGCUCCCUAAAGCCCCAAGUUACUCUGUGAAGUCAGGUGCCCCCCCCCCAGCAUUUUCAAAGCUAUCACUGCGUUAAAAUAAAAUGAAAUACAGUAAAAGCAAAAUGAAGCUGAUAGCAAAACAUCCUGAACUUAAGUGGUGGAAAGAUGCAGGGAAUCUUUUGCCUAGGCUUUAAUCACAGUUAAUUAUCCCAUGGCACUCAAACCACAGCAAUUUGUGGGAGAGAUGUUGAGCAAAAUAUUAAAAAGUGUUUGUUUUUCACACUGAUCUAUUCUGUUUUUUCCUACCGUCACCCUUUCCCUUGUGAAGGCAGAUGUCUCUCUCCCUGGGAGAAGAGGCAAUAUCCCCCAAAAUUCCAGGGGGAGGGCAGAAGUCCAUCGUACCAACAAACUUUGUGGUAACAGGGUCUUUUCUGGGUGCCAGGUAGGUGGGUAAUAUUUUCCCCACUUCAGAAUUUCUUUGGGAUCUAUACUAAUUACUUCAGUAUCCUGGUCACCCUAUGAUUUCUAUUGUAAUCCCCCCCCCCCAAAAAAGUAUGUCCUUGAAGAAGAAUCACUGCACUUAUAAUUCUGAAAUUUGGCAGGCUUCAUCCUUUCAACAGGGCUGCUCAUGCAUCCAUUUCUGGCAGAAAACAAGAUACAAGUAUUAAAAAUAAUAACAAAGAUCAGACACAAGAUCUACCCACCAGGGAAGAAUGGCAGAUGAAACUGAUGGACUACAUGGAACUGGCGGAAAUGACUGGCAGAAUUCGAGACCAGGGAGAAGAGUCGGUGGAAGAAGACUGGAAAAAAUUUAAAGUAUAUCUACAGAAACAUUGUAAAAUUAAUGAGUGUUAGAAGGAUGCUGGAAUGAAGUUACAUGGUUUUAGUAGAAAUGUAACAAAGAAUUAAGUAAAAGCUGAUUGAUAAUGGGUUAAAAUGAAAAAAUUCAAGGUUAGAUCAUUAAGAUAAGUUAUAGAAUAAAAAUUGAGAAAGAUGGGAAGAACUUGUUGAAAUAGUGAAUUGAACUAGAAUACAAAAAAAGGGAGGUGUGAGGAGGUCGAUGAAACAAGUAAAGGAAAGGUAAAGCUAUGGAAUAUUGGAUGCUAGUUUUAGUUUCUUCUUUGUUUUUCUUUUUUGUUGUAUUAUUGUAUUGCUUUUAUAUGUUUUAUAUGUUUUGUUAUUGUUUUUUCUUUUUUAUUGUUUUUUUCCUUUUUUCUGUAAUUUUUAAACUCUUAAUAAAUAUCAUUAAAAAAAAAAAAUAACAAAGAUCAAACUUCAAAGGUUUCUUGCACAAAACUCAUGAAAUGUGUCUGCCUAUGAUUUGGCAGGAUUAAUCCACUCUGGAGGGGCUUGUAUGCCUGCGAUUUUCAUUCACUUCUGUGAAAAAGUCUGUGUGUGGGGAGUUUUAGUCGUUUUUUUGAUUCCCCAUUAUAAGUUAAUGUGGGCAGGGAGAGUUUUGUUUUAAACAGAUCUAAUUUGGUCCCAAACAGGAAGGCUCCAGACAGCUCUCAAAUGGUCUCAAGUACCCUGAUCUACAAAUACAAGCACAAAUCGAUUUUUGUGGCCAUUGCAUGCCCCUAGUUAUUGAUACGGUUUCAAACAGUUAUUAGACAAUAUUUUCCCAUGAUUCCCCUCCCUCUCACACACAUUUCUUUCCCCACACCUAAACAUUAUUUUCAGUCGAUCUGCUUUGGGCCUUAUAUCAUUUUUCUCUGGCUUGACUUAAAUUGAACAACUUUUUUCUUUCUCCUCACUGCCUUUUUUGUAUAUGUAUGGAAACAUCCCUUCAUGUUUUAUUUAUACAAUUAUAUUAACUUUUUGAUUUGGUAGCUGUUCUGUUUCUUCAAAGUAGGAGCUGCUAUCAACUACCCCCCACCCGCCGGCCACCCUGCUUUUUAUGAGAUUUCUGUUUAAUUUUCCCAGAGUCUGAUUUUUCUUUUUUUCAUUCAGUUCUGACCAUUCAGUGGUUGCUGGUGACAUUUUCACUGCAUAGGGCUGCAACUUUUAACCUUGCUGUUUCCCUCAAAAUAGAACUUGUGCCACACUUAUUUAGGAAACUGUGCCAUUACACAUGUGCAGUGCCAUUGUCUCAUGCUCUCUAAAUAAAAUAAAAUCAAUUAAUUUCUGCACAUAUCUGGACAAGGAAACAGUUUCCAUUUAAGAGACCUAAGUAUGUUUUUCAGACAAGAUUGACUCCGUGAUGUUAAUGACCAGAGCUGUGGGAACUUCUGGGAUCAUUUGAGGUUUAUAUUAUAUAUUCAUACCACAUGAUUCUUGCUCAGGAACUCAAAACAUAAUUUUAACUUCUAACACAAUUCUGUUUCAUAGGUAUGGUGUGUUUUGUUCUUCCUGGGUAGCCUGGGCAUACAUCUUGUUGUAACAGACUCGGGAAAAGGUUAUGUGUAGCCUCCUUCACACAGUUCUGCAUUUACAGAAAGAUUUCACACUUCAAAAGAUUGUAUUUUUGACCUCCUGUGAUGUAUUGCGAUGUCAUCUUGAGUGAUCAACAGCCAGCAUUAUGAAGUCAGCAGUAAACUACUUGUUGCACAAAACCAAAUGCAAUAGCAGGAAAAGGAAGUUUAUAUGGGAGCAGGGAAAGGCAAGGAAGUGAGUAAGACAAACUGGUGAAGCUGAUUGGAGUCUGCCGCUUUCUUUCUUUUCAUUUUUUUUUACCAAAAGAGAAGUGAUGGCUCAGAAAUUGAAGCCUGCAGCUUAGCUCCCAGGAGGUUAGUUGCUGGUCCUGAUGUUCACUCAGAGUGUUGCCACAAAUAAGCACAGGGUUGGUGUAACAUAUUAAGGUUGGCUUCACCUCUGUGAAACAGCUCAUGUGCUUAGGUCCAUGAUUUGUAUUUUGAUCCUUGUGCCGACUGUGUGUUAUUGACUCUUGAGAACAUCAUUCCCUUGUCACAAAGCCUUUAUGUUGUGUAUUUUGAUGGCUGUUGCAGAUAAUGACAAACGAGUGCAGUGGCUCUGUGGGACUGAUGGCGAGGUCUGGGUUUGGAUUAUGGGAGAAGCUCCUGGAGACAAGCCUUACGAGCAGCUUACAGAAGAACUUAUUGCGGAAAGAGCCAGACAACAAGCCCAGAAGGAAGCAGAAGAAUUAUGGUGAGCAUUUUGCAAAACCAAAGUUACUCAUGUCAGUGAUGUUGGAUAAGGAGGCUCACAUUUCUAGAACACUGUCUCAAAGUAUAGGACAAUGCUUUCAUUUCAAAACCGUUUUCAAUUUUUAAUCUAAAAUAUCAAGUAUAUCCAUCUUUGCUUUUGUUAUAAAUAACCCACUUUGGUUCGGUCAGCUAUGACAUUAGUGCUAAACAAAAACCAAAACCCAACCAACAAACAAAGCCAUAAAACCUAAUCAAUUUGCAUUUAAGUUUUUUAAAAAACUUAAGAAUAUUAUGUCUCUUGCUUUAAUCAGGAAUCUUUUCCAGUUUUUUCCAUGAUCUAUGAUACCCACAAAGACCUCUAUAUGGAUGAAGAGGUUGUAAAUAAUAAAUAAUAAUAAUAAAUUUUUAUUUAUAUCCCGCCCUCCCCAGCCGAAGCUGGGCUCAGGGCGGCUAACAACAAUCGAAAUAAUCCAACAUUCUAAAAACAUUCAUUCUAAAAUUAAUUAAAAUCAAAUUGAUGGCAACCAUUAAGCAAAAUUCUGUGCAGAUUGCCAGAGGAGGGGGUCAGGCUGCACCCUGACCAAAGGCCUGGUGGAACAGCUCUGUCUUGCAGGCCCUGCGGAAAGAUGUCAGGUCCCGCAGGGCCCUAGUCUCUUGUGAUAGAGCGUUCCACCAGAUUGGAGCCGCGGCCGAGAAAGCCCUGGCUCUAGUUGAGGCCAGCCUAACCUCUCUGUGGCCUGGGAUCUUCAGGAUGUUUUUAUUUGCAGACCGUAAAUUUCUCUGUGGGACAUACCAGGAGAGGCAGUCCCGUAGGUACGAGGGUCCUAGGCCGUAUAGGGCUUUAAAGGUUAAAACCAGCACCUUAAACCUGAUCCUGUACUCCACCGGGAGCCAGUGCAGCUGGUAUAGUACCGGAUGAAUAUGAUCUCGCAGCGAAGACCCCGUAAGGAGUCUCGCCGCGGCAUUCUGCACCCGCUGGAGUUUCUGGGUCAGUCUCAAGGGCAGCCCCACGUAUAGCGAGUUACAAUAAUCCAGUCUGGAGGUGACUGUCACGUGGAUCACAGUGGCUAGGUCAGGGCGAGAGAGAUAAGGAGCCAACUGCUUAGCUUGGCGGAGGUGAAAAAAUGCCGCCUUUGUUAUAGCUGUAAUCUGCGCCUCCAUAGAGAGGGAGGUAUUGAAGAUUACACCCAAGCUCUUAACGGACGAUGCUGGCACUAAUUGCACCCCUGCAAGAGAUGAGAGUUGCCCCCUCAAUCCCAUAUUGCCCUGUCCCAGCCAGAGGACCUCUGUCUUCGAAGGAUUUAACUUCAACCGGCUCCCACGUAACCAUCCAGCCACAGCUUCUAGACAUCUGGUCAGUGUGUCUGGGGCCGAGUCAGGGUGGCCAUCCAUCAACAGAAUUGGGUGUCAUCGGCAUACUGAUGGCAACCCAGCCCAAAACUCCAGACAAGCUGGGCGAGGGGGCGCAUAAAGAUGUUAAGAAGCAUCGGGAGAGAAUCGCACCCUGAGGCACUCCACACACCAAGGAGUGGCGUGAUGACAAUUCCCCCCCAAGCGCCACCCUCUGUCCCCGACCAGAGAGAAACGAGCGCAGCCAUUGAAGGACUGUGCCCUGGAUCCUCACGUCGGCAAGGCGGUGGUCCAGGAGUUCGUGAUCGACCAUGUCGAAGGCUGCUGACAGGUCUAGAAGAAUCAGCAGCCCCGACCCGCCUCGAUCCAGCUGCCUGUGGAGAUCAUCUGUUAGGGCGACCAGAGCUGUCUCGGUCCCAUGACCAGUGCGGAAGCCGGACUGGAAUGGAUCGAGAGCCGAUGUUUCAUCCAGAAACCUACCAAGCUGUUCAGCAACUGCUCUCUCAGUCACCUUACCCAGGAAUGGAAGAUUCGAAACCGGGCGGUAAUUGGAUAGAUCUAAGGGAUCUAAUGAUGUUUUCUUUAAGAGCGGGCGCACCACUGCCUCCUUCAGUUCCCCUGGGAAUAUCCCGGUGCCAAGGGACAAAUUGAUGAUAUCACCCAGAGGGGCCCGCACCUCGUCUGGACACGCUGUAAUCAGCCAAGACGGGCACGGGUCGAGAGGACAAGUGGUGGGCUUUCCAGCUCGGAGGAGUCUGUCCACAUCGGCUGGGGAUAUCCGGUCAAAGUGGUCCAAUACUGGACCCGAGGACAGUCGAGGGGCCUCCAGUUCCUUUAUUGUAUCCAAAUUGGCAGGGAGGUCAUGGCGGAGCAACAGGACCUUCUCCGCAAAAAAGCCCACAAAUGCCUCACAGCUGUGUGUCAAAUUGUUAUUUAAAUUUGGCUGUCCUUCAAGGGACGUUAAAGACCUAAUUAUACUAAAUAAUUGCGCUGGGCGAGAGCUAGCGGAGGCAAUGGAGGCCGAGAAGUAGGACUUCUUAGCGGCCUUCACUGCCAUCUCGUAGGUUUUCAUAAAAACCCUAUAAGAUGUUCUUGAGGCUCCGUCACGGGCACCCCGCCAUACUCGCUCUAGCCGUCUGAGGUCCCGCUUCAUUUUCCGAAGCUCCUUGGUAAACCAGGGAGCCCGGUUUCUGCGGGGUCGCAGAGGGCGCCUAGGUGCGAUCUCAUCGAUGGCUGCUAGGAGCUGGAUAUUCCAGCCCUCAACAAGCUCAGUCAAUGAAUCGCCAGGGGAGCAAGGUCCCGCAAGGCCUGACGGAAUCUAUCAGGGUCCAUCAGCCUCUGCGGGCGAGCCCAAAUUGGCUCGCCACCUAAGCAGGGUGGGGGUGGAAAAUCAAUCCUGGCUUUCAGAGCAUAGUGAUCAGACCAUGGCACCUUCAUCGAAGGAGACAUGAUCACAUCUAUACCGAUGCCAAAGAUCAAAUCCAGCGUGUGGCCUGCUUGAUGUGUGGGGCCCGAAACAAACUGGGAGAGCCCUAGUGUCGCCAUGGAAGACACCAGGUCCAGAGCCUGUGAGGAGGGAGUGGCAUCAGCAUGGAUGUUGAAGUCCCCCAAUACCAAUAGGUUAGGGAACUCCAAGGCCCAGCUGGCCACCGCCCCCAGCAGGCCUGACAGGGUGGCUGCUGGUGCGCUAGGUGGCCGGUACACCAGCCAGACAGCCAAGCUCACCUCGGAUCUCCACACUAGGCCAACACAUUCAAUGCCAGGGAUCGAUGGCGAUGGUAGAGCCCUGAAAGAACAAUCUUCCUGGAUUAAUGAUGCCACCCCUCCCCCCCGGCCCACAGUCCGUGACUGGUGGAGGACGGAAAAACCCGGGGGCGCCAUCUCUCGUAAGGUAACAGUUUCCCCUCCACGCACCCAGGUCUCCGUCACACAAGCCUCUGUGUUUCCAUUGUUGUUGGGAAUCAUCUGAAUCCAUGGAGCUUUAGUCUUCAGUUCUGAGGUUUUGUCUCUCAGACAGUAGGGUGGCUGCUUGAAAGAAUGCCAAUAAUUACCAGUCUCAGUGAGAUCUUGCUGUGAAUUACAGUCUGAGAUCCUGCCCCCACUCUCAUGACACUACAGGCAACCUAUUGGGAGUGAAAUGUUAUCCUUGGUUGGCAGGUAUAGAGGGGAGGAAGGAAAUAAUAAUAAUAAUAAUAAUAAUAAUAAUAAUAAUAAUAAUAAUUUAUUAUUUGUACCCCGCCCAUCUGGCUGGGUUUCCCCAGCAACUCUGGGCGGCUUCCACAAAGACAAAAAAUACACUAAGAUGACACACAUUAAAAACUUCCCUGAACAGGACUGCCUUAAGAUGUCUUCUGAAUGUCACGUAGUUGUUUAUCUCUUUGACAUCUGAUGGGAGGGCGUUCCACAGGGCGGGCGCCACUACCGAGAAGGCCCUCUGCCUGGUUCCCUGUAGCUUUGCUUCUCUCAAUGAGGUAACCGCCAGAAGGCCCUCGGCGCUGGACCUCAGCGUCCGGACAGAACGAUGGGGGUGGAGACGCUCCUUCAGGUAUACUGGGCCGAGGCCAUUUAGGGCUUUAAAGGUCAACACCAACACUUUGAAUUGUGCUCGGAAACGUACUGGGAGCCAAUGUAGGUCUCUCAAGACCAGUGUUAUGUGGUCUCGGCGGCCGCCCCCAGUCACCAGUCUAGCUGCCGCAUUCUGGAUUAGUUGUUGUUUCCGGGUCACCUUCAAAGGUAGCCCCAUGUCUCUACUCUGCAGGCCAAAUUUGGGCCACUAGAUCUUCCCAUUGGGCCCAUAGCAGAUGUCAUAUGUGGGGCAGGCAGAGAUGUGGCUGGAUCCUGCAGCUGGAAAGCAGGACUAAAUUCCCUGCACAUCAGUUCAUGAGUGUGUAAUUCAAUCUUGCUUGGUCUUUAUCUCUGUCCAUACUGGAGGCCAACUUUGAUUGGUGGGUGGGGAGGUAAAGAUCUGGCCCACCAAGUCUGUGUGUUUCCUAAUCCCUGGCAUACCUCAAAAUAAACAUGUGAGCUUUUAAGGAGUCACAAUCCUCUUUGCUGUUUUUACUUUUUUUUUUUUUUACUUGCAUACCUGCUCCCUUUUUUUAAAGGAAGCAAAAAGAAGCGGAAAUCACAAAGAAGUUUCGAGAUGCUAUGGCGAAGGAGAAGGCUCGAAUAGUGGCAGAGAAGUGGAAGAUAGAGACAGAAGAUCGCAAAGCAGCCAAAAUGAUGGAGGAGAAAAUCCAGGAGGAAUUAAAGGUUUGUUGACUCCCUUAACUUAUAUGUUGACAUUCUGCCAUCAAUCUUCCUGGGAUGGCAAGACUCCCUGGGAAUAUCACGGCAUUUUCACCUCAUAGUGAAGGCUCUCUUUGAGAUGAUAUGUACAAAUGGAGUUGGCUCUUAGGAUCUGUGGUAGCUGAAAGGAGCAGCCCUGUGUAAUAUUCUCCACCUUGUUUUUCCCCAGAUUUACCUGUGACACUUCCCAAAGUUUUUUUUGCCCCUGCCAGUAGCAGCCACCCAGUGAUGGUGACCAGAGGUGACCCAAUACAUUUUGCUGCUGUAGCUGAAGGACAAAUGUCUACCCUUCUCCAUUCCACAUAUAGAAGCUGACUGGACUGGCAGCUGAGGUUUUCAUCAUUACUGGACUGGUCAGUGUAUUCCAGUCAUUCAAGGGUAGCAGACUAGCUUAGGUGGACACAGACAGAUCAUGUGACAUGUUCUUCAACCUCUCACUGCCAUUCCUUAUCUGCUGCUUGAGGCAGCUGCCUCACUCUACCUAAUAGGACGUAUUGACUAAAUGUUCCAGGAAAUGGGAGACCUGCAUCAAGCAUCACAUCUAGUUUCAUGCACAGGAUAUAUCCGAAAUUGAAAGUUAGGGACUGAUGGCACAUGGCAAAAGUGCAGAUUUGAUAGGAGAACUGGCAGCGGGGAAGAGAGCACUUAAAUAUUUUCCUUUUGGUCAAUUUCUGAGCAAGACCACCUACACUGAGUUGUUUUUAUAUAUGUGUGUGUAUGGGGGGGGGAGAGAAAUAUUGGCGUCAUUUGAAAACUAUUGAAAACCAUUGGUAACAUGAACCCCAACCUACAAAUUCCAGAUUUGUAAGAUCCUAAAAAGUUCUUAUUAUAGGAACCAAUUCGUAGGGACCGAGAUCCCUUCUCCCCCUCCAAUAAGAUAUUUGAGGGGGUGGGGCCCCCAAAGUUGAUGCUGUUUGAGCUCCAUGUGUUGUAUUUUAUUCAAUUCCAACUGAAAUUGAAGUGUGUGAAAAAAUGUACUUGUGUGCAUGGCUCCAUAGGAAUGCAUUUCACAGAAUACUACUACUACUACUACUACUACUACUACUACUACUACUAAUUUUAUUAUUUAUACCCCACCCAUCUGGCUGAGUUUCCCAAGCUACUUUGGGAGGCUUUAUUUAGUGUGUUUUCUAUAGCUUCUUUUGAAAGAUUUGGAUUUGAGCAGUGGCGUAGCGUGGGGGGGUGCAGGGGGGGCCGGCCGCACCGGGCGCAACAUCUGGGGGGGCGCGCUCGCACUCGCAGCUCUCUGCCCCUACCUGGCUCACUCACUCUCUCUCACUGCAGUGCUGGCUGUGCGAAUCCGAUCCGAGCCGCUGGGUCGCCGCCCACUGUGGAGGGGGGGAUGCCAGGCGUGCGGUGCGGAGAGAGAGCGGGGACUAUCUGGGGGAGGGACAGUGCAGCGGCCGCCCAGCGCAGCGCUGAGCGCGGGAGAGAACCACACCAGACCAGACCAGGCAGCAGCAAGAAGAAGCUGGCAGCGGCGGCAGGUUAGGGGUUAGGGGGCGCAAAUUACUUGCCUUGCCCUGGGUGCUGACAACCCACGCUACGCUGCUGGAUUUGAGUUCUUCUUUAGUGCAGCAAAGCUGUGGACUUUGUAGGCAGAAGGCGGGGAUGUUGGCGCAGGGAUGGGCUGCAAGGAUAAUGUGGGAAAUGGAAGAGCCACCAGGUUGGAUCUGGGUCCUGGAGACUUCCCUUGGAACUUUUUAAUCUGCCACUCAACCAGAAGAUGAAGCAGGCAUUUCUCCUGCUCCUUUUCCCUUUGAUGUGAUUCUCUCCCACCCCCUCUUCCUCCACCCUGCCUGUGGUUUGACAUAACCAGAGCCCUGUUCGCUAUAGCUUGUAGAGAUGAGAUGUGGAUGAAAAAAACCGGGGAGCAGGAACACAUGCAGGAGAAGCCGCAAGUGCCUUAUCUCCCAAUUAAGUUAGAGAUUUAGAGGUCCAAGGUUGCAACCUAGCAACCCUAGUAGAAGAUGGAAGCCGUUUUUCUCCUGUUUCCUACAAAUAAAAAACUGGAGUCUAGUUGGUGGAAGACACACGCAGAACAACAGUUUCUUUAUCUGUUCCCUUGUGCACAACCCUUUUUUUUUUGGUAGAUUCACAAUUAGUCUUCCUGUGCUUCAUGAAAUGAGGUGCUCUGCAACUCCCCCCCCCUUUUGUAAGGGAGCAAAUAGCAGUGUUUCCCCCCCAUACAAGUGGCUUUGUUAAGACUGUACUCCAGAUUUAAUGAGCAGUUAUAAUACACCUCUGCCCCCUAAAGUGCAAAAGCCUCUUGACCUUGGAUGACCUACCUGCCCUCAAAAACAGCUGCUCAGCCUGUGUGCUAGAAUCAAAUGGCACUUUCCACAAGCGCAAUGGGUAGAAACGUUUCAUACAUAGUGAUCCAUACAGAUAAGCUGUAGGAGGUUCAGCAGAAAACCCCACGACAGCUUCCUUGGCUGCUAAAGUGGAUGGGCCAAAUGCCACCUCCACUAACAUUAGUAUAGCUUCUGAAUCAAGGGAGUUACCCCUCCUCUCUGGGGGUCAUUAGCCUUGCUUGUAUUUUGCAACCCCCAGUUUCAAAUGUCCAUGUGAAGACAUUGGGCAUUUGGCUUCUUGUUUGUUUGGCUUCUUCUAUAUAUGAUUCAGACAAAGAAAACUAUAGCAGAAUUUGUAAAAAAUUAAAAAUAAAAUUUGGUGGGAUUAAAAAAUUUUUUUUUUUGUUCUCUAGGAUUUCCACUCCCUGCCCCCCUCUCCCCCUUUAGCAGGAGUUGACCAGAGUACAAAUGAUUGAGGUCAGCUCUGGUUACUUUACGAAACGGUGGAUUUGCCCUUUGAGAUGAUGCUGGUACAAAGCGCCAAUUUUUAAAGAUAAUCUAUUCACCACCCUUUGUGCAAACCACCGGGUGGUUUGCAACAAGCAAACAGAUUCUUAAAAAUUUGUAACAUAAUGCAACUCUUAAAACAAAUCACAAACUCCCCCUCCCAAAAAAAGAAAAAGGAAAAGGAAAAAAAUUAAUAGCAGCAGCAGUCAGGUCUCUCCUUCAAAUGCCAAGAAGGAUGCAGCUAGUCACAUAAAAUUAUAAAGAAAUGAGAUCAGAUAUGCCUUAGUAGGGGGGAAGUUCCACAUACAAGGAGCCAUCAUGAUAGGUGUUCUGGGUACUCCAGAACAACCACAGUUUGUUCACUUUUUACAGGAAUCUACUUGGUGUGACCAUCAAACUGUUGUUCUCCUGUGUUUUCCCGUGCUUACUCUGUCUAUUUUGAGAGCUUACAAAAGGUGAUGUUGUGGAAAGAGCAGUGUAGGGUCUGCAAAUGUAGACAUUUCCAUCUUUUUAAAGAGUCAUGGUUUUGAUGUGUGCAGUGACAUUUUGAGUAUAUGAGCAUAUUGCCACGUAUGCACACAUCUUCACUAUUACCUUAUUAGCAGUGUUUAUUUUUUAAAAAACUUUUAAUUUGUGACAAAAAAUGCUUUUUUGCCUUUUGAAAAAGUAAAAUAAAAUCCUGCAAUAGCACUUAAACAAGAAAAUGUUUAGUACACAUAUAAACUUUGAUUUAAAAAAGAAUGUGUGCUCCAAAAUAAUAUGUUUGGGUGUGUAGUUGUUGUUGCUAGAAUUUAUAUACCAUCCUAUACCCAAUUGUCUGUCUCAUGUCCACAUGACUACAGCAUGGCUACUAGGGUUGGAUAGAACUUGGCUGGAUGUACAGACACAAAAAUUGCUAUACCUCCUGACACUUGCCAUUCCACAGACACUAGUCUGGAAGCACCCCCAGAUCUUUCUUCCCUCUACAGGAGACAUUUCCAAAGUCUGCUUCAGUCGGUUUAAUCUGGCCCCUGUAGCAGUUUAUUUCAUGGGUUAAAAUCCUAAAAAACAACUUCAACUCUAAAAAAAGCUCAAUAACCUUGGUUGGCCCUAUGGUCGGCCCUCACAGCCCUUCACUUCAUCAAAUCUGGCCCUCUUAAAAAAGUUUGGACAUCACCGCUCUACAGGAACAAAUGCUAUUACAAGGAUGCACAUGGGUGCUUCAGUUAAAAAUCUGUUCAUGCUUGAAGAAAUGAAGAAACGAAACUUUAAUGAAUGGUUCAGCAGGGGUGGAAUAGUUGCAGACCAGUUAACAUGCUCAUUUUACAAUGCUUAAAAUAUUUAAUACACCAUUAAUAUAUAUUUUCUCCUGGAAAAAUGACCGGGGCAAUAUCUGAAACAAUCUUCAGAAGAGAGAGAACAAAAACCAUGAACUCCAUUAAAGUUUCAUCAUCUGGAAGCAUUUUGAUUUGGGAAAUGAAAGUGUGCUGUCCAUUGUGAGAAGGUGUCUAACCAUUAAUCACACAGUAUCAUCAGACCCCUCUCUCAAAAAAAUCACUUUUAUUCCUUCUGCUAUAUAUCAGGAUCCCAAAGUUGGCCAGACGAGAAAAAUUAUAUCUUCACUUACCAAAGUGAAUAGGGAAUCCUUCUUCCUCUUGGCAAUAUUGUAAUAAUGAUGGCUGGAAGAGGAGUCUAUGAAUGGACUCUACUGGAAAGCAAGAGAUGAUGUAAUAAUUCACUUUUGGAAUGUCUCAGGAUAGUUCUGGGUCAUUUGCACACCCUGUUGUGGUAACCGAGUGAUGGAAAUUCAUAUGUGAACCAGCCCGUAGAAUUUUGGGUGUGAAUUCGGAGUGUGCUGUUUGUGGUAAAAUAUCAACAAACACCGGUAGUCUACCAUCCUUUUUUGAAAUGACAGACAAUUUGGACUUAGUUGAUAUCUGGAGAACAAAGAAUCCCCUGGCCAGAGAGGGAACCUUCUUUUCUGAAGCCAAACUGACAUGGACAAGAAUUGACCAAAUAUGGCUAACUAGAGGAAUGGCACCAAAGACAAGAAAAGUGGAAAUCUGCCCAAAAACCUGCUCCGACCAUAAUGCUGUUAAGAUGGAGAUGAAACUAACACCAAUCGGCUCCUUCAGAUGGAGGAUGAAUGAUGCCUUAUUUAGAGAUCAACAAGUCAUUAAGAAGGCCCAAAAAACCUUGAGAGACUAUUUUGAGAUAAAUAUGAACACUAAUGUUGAAAAAAGAGUAAUCUGGGACGCAAGCAAAGCUGUUAUGAGAGGGUUCUUGAUACAACAGAAUGCAUUAAAGAAGAGAAUCCAAAAUGAGAAGAAGGAUAAAAUAUUGGAGAAAAUAAAGGAAAGUGAAAAGAAAUUGAGAGCAAAACCAAAGUCGCAAGAGAUUUUGAGAGAAAUAAAGUUAUAUCAAGUACAAUACAUGAAAAUGAUGAAUCAGGAGAUAGAAUGGAAAAUUAAACAAAUGAGACAAAAGACAUUUGAGUCGGCUAAUAAAUGUGGGAAAUUCUUGGCUUGGCAAAUGAAAAAAAGACAAAAACUAAAUACUGUUACAAAUUUAGAAGUGGAAGGAAGGAAUAUACAGAACCCAGUUGAGAUUAGAAAUUGCUUCCAGAGGUAUUUUAAACAACUAUAUACACAAGGGCCACAGAAAGAAAUUGAUGUAGACAGAUUUUUGAAAACAAAUGGAUUACAAAAAAUCUCUCAAGAAAAUAAAUUAAUGCUGAACUAUAAAAUAAUUGAACAGGAGGUAGAAGGUGCCAUUCAGAAUAUGCAACUAGGUAAAUCUCCAGGACCGGAUGGACUGACUUCUAGAUACUACAGAUCCUUGAAGGAAUGGCUAGUACAACCUUUAAAGGAAGUCUGUAAUGAAAUAAUGGGUGGGAAAAGGGCACCAGAGUCGUGGAAAGAAGCGUAUAUUACAUUUGUACCGAAAACAGAGACUGAAAAGACUCAGCUUAAGAACUACCGCUCCAUAUCACUGCUUAAUGUGGAUUACAAAAUCUUUGCAGACAUUUUGGCUAAAAGACUAAAAAGAGUCCUAAUGGAAGAGAUACAUAAAGAUCAAGCAGGCUUUCUCCCGGGUAGACAUUUGUCUGACAAUGUGAGAAACAUAAUUAAUAUUUUAGAAAAACUACAAGUGAAUAUAAAUACCAAGGCAGUUUUGAUAUUUGUGGACGCGGAGAAAGCCUUUGACAAUAUUUCUUGGAGUUUCAUGAAGAAGAACCUACAGGGGAUGGGGGUAGGCCAAGGCUUUGAAAACGGUAUAAGUGCAAUUUAUUCAGAACAAAAGGCUAAAUUAAUUGUAAAUAACGUGGUGACGGAGGAAUUUAAGAUAGAAAAAGGGACACGACAAGGUUGCCCAAUCUCCCCAUUGCUCUUUAUAUCGGUCCUGGAGGUCCUGCUGAAUAUGAUUAGAAGGGACCAAUUGGUUAAAGGUAUACAAGUCAGAGCUAAACAGUACAAAUUGAGAGCAUUUGCAGAUGACUUAGUAUUGACAUUGCAGGAGCCUGAAUCUAGUACUAAAAGGGUUUUGGAACUGAUUCAAGAAUUUGGUCAGGUUGCAGGAUUUAAAUUGAAUAAGUUAAAAACAAAGGUCUUAGAGAAAAAUUUGACUGUGAUUGAGAAAGAGAGGUUUCAGAAUGAGAGAGGUUUAACAGUGGUUAAGAAAGUGAAAUACCUGGGGAUUAACAUGACAGCAAAAAAUGGGAAUCUAUUUAAAGACAAUUAUGAAAAAUGCUGGGCUGAAGUGAAAAAAGACUUAGAAAUUUGGUCAAAUUUGAAGCUUUCACUGCUAGGCCGUAUUGCUGCGAUAAAAAUGAAUGUAUUGCCUAGAAUGUUGUUUUUGUUUCAAACAUUGCAAAUUUUGGACAAAGUGGAUUGCUUCAAGAAGUGGCAGAGAGAUAUUUCUAGAUUUGUCUGGCAGGGCAAGAAGCCUAGAAUAAAAUUUAAAAUACUAACGGAUGCAAAGGAAAGAGGUGGAUUUGCCCUGCCAGACCUUAAACUUUAUUAUGAAUCAGCAGCUUUUUGCUGGCUGAAAGAAUGGCUGCUUCUUGAAAACACAGACAUUUUGGACCUAGAAGGUUUUGAUAAUGUAUUUGGAUGGCAUGCAUAUUUGUGGUAUGAUAAGGUCAAAGCACAUAAAGCAUUUAAAAAUCAUAUUGUCAGGAAAGCAUUGUUUAAUGUCUGGAUAAGAUAUAAAGACCUACUGGAAAAUAAAACCCCAAGGUGGCUGUCACCGAUGGAAGCGAAAGCUCUGAAAAAGCUCAAUAUGGAGGCCAAAUGGCCGAAAUAUUGGGAAAUUCUGGAACAAGAGGGAGACAGAUUGAAACUGCAGAGUUUUGAAAAACUAAAAAAUAAAGUGCGAGACUGGCUUCAUUAUUAUCAGAUAAUGGAGGCAUAUAAUUUGGACAAGAAAAUUGGCUUCCAGGUGGAAAAAUCAAAAUUAGAAACAGAACUGUUAGAACCCAAAACGAAUAUUUUGUCAAAGAUGUAUAACUUGCUGUUGAAAUGGAAUACUCAGGAUGAAAUGGUGAAAUCUGCUAUGAUUAAAUGGGCACAGGAUGUUGGACAUAACAUAAUGAUGGCUGACUGGGAACAGUUAUGGACCACAGGUAUGAAGUUUACGGCAUGUAAUGCCUUAAGAGAGAAUAUUAUGAAAAUGAUAUAUAGGUGGUACAUGACACCACUCAAGCUUGCAAAAAUCUAUCAUUUGCCCGAUAAUAAAUGUUGGAAAUGUAAAGAAACUGAAGGUACAUUCUUUCACCUUUGGUGGACGUGCCCAAGGAUUAAGGCUUUCUGGGAGAUGACCUAUAAUGAAAUGAAAAAAGUAUUUAAAUAUCCCUUCCUGAAGAAACCAGAGGCCUUUCUCCUGGGCAUAGUCAGCCAAUUGGUGCCAAAGAAGGACAGAACUUUCUUUAUGUAUGCUACAACAGCAGCAAGAAUACUUAUUGCAAAGUAUUGGAAGACACAAGAUUUACCCACUCUGGAAGAAUGGCAGAUGAAGGUGAUGGACUAUAUGGAACUGGCGGAAAUGACUGGCAGAAUCCGAGACCAGGGAGAAGAGUCGGUGGAAGAAGAUUGGAAGAAAUUUAAAGACUAUUUACAGAAAUAUUGCAAAAUUAAUGAAUGUUAGAAUGAUGUCAGAAUGAAAUUAAGUGGUCUUAGCAGCAAUGUUAUAAAGGUUUAUGCACAAAUGGAUUGUUAACAGAUGAGAAUCUAAAGAUAUAAUAUGUUAAGUUAAAGGAUUAAGAUAAAAACAAAGAGGGAAAGGAAUUGCUGAAUUAACUAAUAGAACUGGAAUACAAAAAAGGGAGGUGUGAGGAAGUCAGGGAAGUAAGGAAAUGAAAUGUAAGUUAUGGAAAGAUCGAUGUGUUUUUCUAUUAAGUUUUUUUUUAAUCUUUUUUCUGUAUUUUGUAUUUUGUAAUUUUUUCUCUUUUAUUUCUUUUCCUUUUUCUUUUCUGUUUAGCUAUGUAAUCUUUUCUUUGAAACUUUAAUAAAUAUCAUUUUUUUAAAAAAAAAUCAACAAACACCAAUAGAUUGUGUGACGUUACCAUAUAUGAAAGAGUGCUGGAGGGGAAAUAGUUAAAUAGGCUGCACAGACAGGACCCAGGGGGGUGGAGUCAGUGGGUCUAUAAAGGAGUUCUGGGAGGAGUUCUGGGGGGUUAGUUCGUUGGGAGUUGUGGGUGGGUGGGUGGUCGGUUUGAGUGGGUUGGCUGGUUGGGAAAGGCAGUUGGUAAUAGAGAGACAGUUAGGGCAGUUGGUCCCUGAGUGUGGGGUGGUAGCAGAGAUAGAGAGAUGAACAUAAGACUAAGAAAGUAAAGAGGAACACUGUUUGGAAUGCUGUAAUAGUUUUGUUUUAAGUCUGAAAUAAAAUACACUCUUCUUUAUGAAUUGAAAAGCUGACUGAGACUGAAGUGAUUUUACCAGGAAGAUGAUAUAUAAUGAAUUGAAAAAGGUAUUUAAAUAUACCUUCUUGAAGAAACCAGAGGCCUUCCUCCUGGGCAUAGUCGGCCAAUUGGUGUUAAAGAGGGACAGAACUUUCUUUAUGUAUGCCACAACAGCAGCAAGAAUUCUUAUUGCAAAGUAUUGGAAGACACAAGAUCUACCCACUCUGGAAGAAUGGCAGAUGAAGGUGAUGGACUAUAUGGAACUGGUGGAAAUGACUGGCAGAAUCCGAGACCAGGGAGAAGAGUCAGUGGAAGAAGAUUGGAAGAAAUUCAAAGAUUAUCUACAGAAAUAUUGUAAAAUUAAUGAAUGUUAGAAUGAUGUUCGAUAAAAACUAAGUGGUUCUUAGCUGAAAUGUUACAAGGGAAGAUGAGAAAAGGGUUUAUUAUGUAAUAUGUAAAAAUCCAAAAGUACAAUAUUUUAAUGAUUAUUGAUUAGGAUAUUUAAAAGAGGGGAGGGAACUGCUGAACAAAAUAUGUGAACUGGAAUACAAAAAAGGGAGGUGGGAGGAGGUCGAGGAAACAAGUAAAUGAAGGAUAAGACAUAGAAAGACUAAUUUGUUUGUUUAACUGUUUUUAUUUUGUAUUCUGUAUUUUUCCAUUUUUCCAUCUUUUUUCUUUUUUUAUCUGCUUUUCUUUUCCUUUUUCGCUCAUUUUUGUAACAUGUUGAAAUUUUAAUAAAUGUCUUUAAAAAAAAAAAUGAAGUGAUUUUACCAGGGAGGACCUGGUUGGUGGCAGCGGAUUAGUGGUGUACGGGUCAAUAGUCCAUGAGACGACCGGGGGCUCUGUACGAACGCCGCAGAUUGCAUGUUCAAUGUUUAUCUGUUAUACGUACUAGCUUUCAUAGACAGAAAUGAAGGAACUGGCACAGACAAUUUAAUAUGGUAUUUUGCUACCCUAAGCUGAAUUCCAGUGUGUCUCAGGGUGGUAAAAUGUUCCAUAACAAAUUCAUGCAUGUUUUGUCAGAGAAAAAGCACUUAUCUGUUUCCAUGGGCCCCCACUUUUUUUUGCUUGAAAAAACUACAUGGGACAUUUUUACUCCAGUGUAUUAACUUUAACUAAUACCCAGCAAAAAGCACCCCAAUUGCAAAAAUCAAUAGAGUUCAUUAACUAAUUUUUGUCUCAGCACUUUUUGUUUAUAGAAGGAAAACUGUAAAUCGUAGGUGGCUGAAGUGUGGGGAUAUUGUUUACUACUAUGCAGGUGGCACUAUUCUAGAAGGACUAUACUGUAAGUCUACUUCUGUGCAAAUUCUGUAAUGAAAAGUGAACCUGGGGUUGAUUUCAACCCUGGUUUUGGUAGGAAGGCUAGAGGAGGAACAGGAAAUUACUUCUUAUAGCAUCAGAACUGAGCUGUGCAUUAUAAAGGACAACUUUUUUAUUAUUAUGCACAUAUCUCCUUUGACUUUAAUUAAAACUCUCUCCAUGCUUGAAGAAGGCAAACAGUUUUCUUACUAGGAAAUAAUUCUCUUCCAGCCCUCUCAGGGCUCCACCGUAGUUUUUGCUGGUAUGCCGUUACUUGAUUAACAUAACAAAUAUAAGAGGAUCCUGUAGAGAGGCAUCUAUUAUGUGACAGGUCCCAUUACCAUAUGCGGUAGAUGACAUCUGUUUUAUGACUGUAAAAUGGGCAUAACGUUCACACUCUAUGAGUAACAAUGUCUCAAUGGAACCUCAGUAAUGAAAAAGUUCCACUAACACAAAUGUAUGGUUUCCAGCUCCGGUGCCAUGGAAAAGUCCACACCAUUGUUCCCUUUCAGACUUGUGUAUAAUAGAAAUGUCUGCCAGGGGCCAUGCCACAUUUUUAAAGGAAUUUUUAAAGCAGUGAUUUCUAAACUGUAUUCAGGGCACACUAGUUAGGGGAACUGAAAAUUGAAACUGCCAUGUUGACUACAAGGGUGGACAUAGGUAUUAUGGCACCCUGUGCCAGGCCAAAAUUUGGUGCCCCACUCAGCCCUCACGCUGCCUUCCCAAAGGUGGGUAAAGAGGCAACCAGCUUUGGGAAGGAUGCAUGAGGGCUCUGGCAGGAUCCUAGCACAUUCCUACUUCCUUCUCAAAGCUGGGAAAGUGCUAAUGAUGUUUUGGGAGGGGAGGACUAUGGGACCCUGUCAGAGUCUCACGCCUCCUUCCCAAAGUCCAGCGCCUUGCUUACCUGGCUUUGAGAUGGCAAGUUCUUGGCUCAGUGUCUAAAUCUGCCCCUGUUGAGUAUGUCUGCCACUAUAUCUGUAGGAGCAGAUAAGCCACAUGCAGCAACCACUGUCCUAUGUUAGGGGAGGGAAGAGAUGUAACCUCUAAGAAGGAUGUUCUGUAGGCUUCCUUAUGCAACCUGUUCUAUGGCUGUUGCCCAGAAAGUGGAGGUUGUCUCUAGACCAUGACUGACUGGAAGGCUGAAGGCAAUGAGCUGGGCUAUCCCAGAAUUGUGAGAAGGACGUCUACCUAUUAUUCUUAGAGAAGAUAAAGAAGCUAACUAAGUUUUGCAUUGUGUCGAGUAUGCCUUGAAUAUUUUUUCCCUGGGCAUUUAAAGGUUGAGGAACAUCUACCUUAAAGGGAGAGAGACCCUGUUAGGGUUUGGCCUGGAAACUCUGCAGGGUCUUAUUAACUUUCAUGGGUCUCAUCAUACACCAACAUCCUCUGUAAAACAUCCUCUGUAAAAAUCAGUUCCCAGCUGAUAUAAACGGCAAGUACGAAAUUUCAUGAUACCUACUUAACUGAAGCUGAACGAGAUGUCGCUCUUAUAAUGGUAUUCAGACCACCUGGAAUAACACCUUGAUUACUUCCCAAAGGUAGAAAGUUGCACUCUUUCCAAUUUUAUAUUCCUUGAAUAUCAUAAUUGCCUAUAAUUAGCAAAUUGCUUACUUUAUUCCAGUCAGUUUUGAAAUGUCAUUGGGCAGAAACCAUCUAGAGAAACCAUCCUUGUGAAACCUGAGACACCUGUCUUUGUUUAUUUUCUUCCCCUCUCCUUACUAAUAGAAAGUGCCAACUCUCCUUAACCGUAUUCUUAAAUAAAUAAAAAUGUUUGUCUCUGAGCAGUGAAGCAACCUGAGCACUUGCUGGUAUUUUAAAGGUCAGGAAGAAACAGUGUUGGAUCUUCUUUUGAAAGAUCUUUGAAUGUUGACAGUGCUAAAACUCCCACUACGCACCCAGCAUCUCUCAAGGUGCAACAGCGCUGAGAACCAAGCUGUAAAGAAACAAAAAGGCAACGCUGUUCAUAGAAACAAAGUGAUUUCUUAAGUCUGCUGCUUCUUGGAUUUCUCUGCUGUCAACGGCUCAUCUGGUUUGUGUGUGGAUAUAGCAAUUAGUGGAAACUUUUAUGACAAACUGCGUAGAGUUAGGGCACACUCCUGACAUUACAUUUGCACAGAUAUAAAUGUAGCUCAUUUAUUUGUCCUUGUUUGAAGCAAGGACCCCAGGAGCCCUGUGUCUGUGUUGUCUUUACUCAAUGGCAUGCCACCAUCUUGUGCAAUGGGACUUACCAUAUAUACUCAUGUAUAAGCCGACUUUUUCAGCACAUUUUUUAUGCUGAAAAAGCCCCCCCCCCGGCUUGUACUCGAGUGAGGGUCCCACCCCUUUUGGGCUGCUUGUUCUUCCUCCACCGCUGCCGCCACCAGACUCUGGUAGGCAGGGGGACAGGAGGGGCUGGGGGGGAGAGAGAAGCCCCCUCUGCCGUGUGCACAUGCGCGCGCACACACACGCACUCCGGCCCACCAGGAGGUUUGUGGUGUGGUGAACCGGCUUAUACUCGAGUCAAUAAAUUUUUCCGGUUUUUUGUGGUAAAAUUAGGUGCCUUGGCUUAUAUUCGGGUCGGCUUAUACUCAAGUAUAUACGGUAAUUUCCAAACAAUAGGAUUGCUUUCUCUCCAGAAAGUCUUGGACAAUUAGAGAAGUGAGAGGCUGCAUACUUCCUUUCCAGUAUUUAUUUCUUUGGUCUUCGUUCUCAUUUCCCCCCCGCUUGGACUACUGCAGUGCGCUCUACGUGGGGCUACCUUUGAAGGUGACCCGGAAACUGCAAUUAAUCCAGAAUGUGGCAGCUAGACUGGUGCCUGGGAGUGGCCGCCGGGACCACAUAACACCGGCCCUGAGAGAUCUGCAUUGGCUCCCAGUACAUUUCCAAGCACAAUUCAAAGUGUUGGUCCUGACCUUUAAAGUCCUAAACGGCCUUGGUCCUGUAUACCUGAAGGAGUGUCUCCACCCCCAUCGUUCAGCCCAGACACUGAGAUCCAGCGCUGAGGGCCUUCUGGCGGUUCCCUCAUUGUGAGAAGUGAGGUUACAGGGAACCAGACAGAGGGCCUUCUCGGUGGUGGCGCCCGCACCGGAAGUUUCCUUAUUUGCUGUUUGAUUCUCUCCAUCCUUUUUAAUUUUUUUAGAAAAGAGAGGAAGAAGAGAGGCAAAGAGGUGAAGAGCAGAUACGGCAACAGGAGGAACGCAGAGCUCAAGAGCUGUACCUGAGCCUCAAGCAAGCCCAGCAGUACAGCCCGCAGAAUGAAAAGGAAGACCAUGAAUGGGAAGAACAACGUGAGUAAAUUUUAACCGGCAGAGGGUUUUAAAUGAUGCCGAGAUCUUGGUUUAGCCUGAGAAAACGGCAGUGUGAUGCCGUAUGAUUUGUGAGCCGGGCCUUGAAUGGAAAGCAUUGUGAUCCGGAAGAACUGGUAGGAUUAGAAAGGACAAAAACACGGUGCCUUUCUAAAUGGCUCAACAGGAAGAAAGAGCUUUAAUAGCUUAGAUCAGGGAUGGGGAACCUGUGGCCCUACAAACGCUGAUAACUGCAUUUCCCACCACCUUGACCUUAACACCAUUGGUCAUGCUAGCUGAAGAUGAUGGGAAUCUGGAGUCAGACAACAAGAGGAGUGGGGGGUUGGAGAAGCAACACCUCUCCUGUUGAUCUUACAGGAAUUUUAACACAAACGCUUUGCUCCAGUUUUGAGCUUUCAGUGUUGUUUUUGCUGGACUGAUGUGAUUUUCUGCGUAUUUUCCAUUUUCCUUGGUGAGUUCUUGUUUAUGAAUCUUGUGCUAGCUUAUUGCUACUUACUGGGUCUCAAAGAAUACAAAACAAAUUAGUUGGCCCAAUAAAAUGCAUAACCACCUUAUCUCAUUUCAUUUUCAUUUUUGGCUUUAUGAAGAAUGCUAAUAAAAAGCACCAGAAAAAAGCAAUAUGAAAGUGAAUUUUAUCUGCAUCAUCAUUGUAUUCCCCACUUUAGUCCUGGAAGAGAAAUAUAUUGGUGUGUUGAGAAUCCUAGUCAAGGACAGUGAAACUACAGUGGUGCCCCGCAAGACGAAUGCCUCGCAAGACGGAAAAACCGCUAGACGAAAGGGUUUUCCGUUUUGAAGUUGCUUCGCAGGACGAAUUCCCCUAUGGGCUUGCUUCGCAAGACGAAAAUAACUUGCGAGUCUUGAGAUUUUUUUCCGCUUUUCCCCCCCUUUAUCUAAUCUGCUAAGCCUUUAAUAGCCUUUUAGCAGCUAAUCCCCUAAGCCUUUAAGCCUUUAAUAGCCGCUAAACCGCUAAUAGCGCUAAUAGCGCUAAUCCGUCAAUGGGCUUGCUUCGCAAGACGAAAAAACCGCUAGACGAAGACUCUCGUGGAACGGAUUAAUUUCGUCUUGCGAGGCACCACUGUAGUAGUAAUAAGUGGAAUUUACUGGUUUUAAACCUCAGACUCUAGGCUAAUUAUUUUUUUAAAAACCAAAAAACCAGAAGAUGAGCAAACUUUUGCUGGGGCUGUACCACUUCAGACUACAGGUACGGUUCACAUGGUUGAGAGACCAUGCAAAAAGAUAUUAAUCCUGCACUUUAUUCUUAGUAUUUCUGAGUUGUCUGUAUCUAAGGUCCCAUCUGCACUACACAUUUAAAGAAGUAUCACCCCACUUUGUACAGUGGCUUCUCUUGAGGCAGGCUUCCUCAAACUCGGCCUUCCAAAUGUUUUUGGCCUACAACUCCUAUGAUCCUUAGCUAGCAGGACCAGUGGUCAGGGAUGAUGGGGAUUGCAGUCCCAAAACAUCUGGAGGGCCGAGUUUGAGGAAGCCUGUUGAGGAAACCUAGGAACCGUAGUUUCUUAAGGGGGAUGAGAGUUGUUAAGAGAUUCCUAUUCCACUCACUGAGCUAUAAAUCCCAGAGUGGUUUAAUAAUUCCGCCUAUCUCCACAGUAGUGUGGUGUUGAGGAAUAGGGCCAGCCUGCUGCCAAAGCAGUCCCUGUGCUGUGUCUUCCCACCAGAGGGAGAUGUAACAGGCCUUUCCCUCUGGCUGGAAAGAUUCCAGGUGAGCCUGCCUGCCAGAUUGGCCAAUGGAUUGGUUGCCUGAUUGACCCCAGGAAUAAAGGUGGGCCCACUGCAUACCUUUCUUGGGUCUCCCACCGUCCCUCCUGAUUGUUGUGCUUCGAACACCCACUUCAGUGGGUAGGUUGGAUCUGAUCUUGCUAUAGAUGAAGUCAGUUGCCAUAUUCAGGGCACCAGGGAGGAAUUUCACUACCUCUGGCGAGGGAGGAGUAAGGAUGCAUGCUUGAUUAUUUUUAUGUGCUUAAUAAGUUCAAACUGGCAUUCCCAAUAUAUAAUGUUGCAUCCCGAGGCCCCCAAGCCCUUUCCCAUUAAAUAACUUCAAAUGGACACAUAAUUUUAGUUUAAGUAUUUGGGCAAAAUUUAGGCCACAGCUUUAUUGAUUACAAAACAAAUUGAGCGGUAUUGGCCUAGGCAUUGGUCAGGAACUGACUCCUGCCUCUCUGACUGGCAGUCUGAAAGAGUAAACACCAAAUGAGGGAGCAACAACGGUGAAGAUCAAUUGAAGCUCACCCUGGGGUUCCUGUGGUCCUGGCAUGGCCCUCAAGCGGACUUUGGACGAGAUCCAGGACACCCAGAUUCCUUUAACCUAUUUCUGGAGGGGCAGGUGAUGGCCACACCUCCCCUCCCGCUCAUUUCUAUAAACCAAUGCCUAACUGCCAAACCUUACAAAGUUCUGACGAUUGCUAAGGGGGUAGGCGAAAACCAAGUGGCUAAAGCCAAUCUGCCAAAUGGAAAAAUUCCUACCCAGCCCCUGCUCCAAAGCAGGCGACCCAAUCCAAAGCAAGGCCAAAACAGCAGCACCUAAAAUAGGGAGGGAGGGAGGGAGGGUGUUCAGCAGCGUGAAGCAAGUGCCCCACCCCCAUCGUGCUGCUGCAUUUAUAGGUCCCCAGGAUCAUGCCACUCACCCCAUUGGCCCAAACAGCCAAGCGCGAUCCAGGGGCCCAACAGAUAAGGCUUGGGCCACGCCUAGCAACAACACAUCCCGUGGGGGUGGCUGAAGGGUCCCAAGCACAACCACGACCCUCGAUUUACGAGGAUCCCAUUUGUCGUCCUUCUGAUUCCCUUUGUGUCGUAUUUGUUUAGAUUGAAAACUUUUGGGCACGGGCUUGUAAUUUGUUUUAAUUUUCUGCUGUGAUCUGGUUAAAUGUUAAGCACUUUACAAAGUAACAACCAAAGUAACGCUGCCUUGCGUUGAGUGCCGUUGUGGGUCUCAGUUGUGUUAUAGCAGGGGCCACAUUAUCUAUGAAUACAACCUUAUUCAUAGAAUUUGGAAUAAUUUAUUGAAUGUCAAUUACCUAAGGACCAUGACCUGCCAUUCAUAUGAGAUCAGGUCACUUUGAACCAAAUUAAUUUUGCAUGUGACAAAUGAUAUUCCCAUUAACUAUGAUUGUACCUAGCUUCUAAUCAAUGGGGAUGGGGGGUGGGAUACUGAUUAUUUCAGGAAUAAUUCUAAGCCCUGUUGCUGAAAAGGAGAUACUGCCUCUUGAAGCAGACUUGGAAGGAACCUUAGUAUUGGGAUUGCCUGAUUUCUGUCAUUGGGGUUACACAGAAUAAUAGGGUUGGAAGGGACCACAAGGGUCAAUUAGGCCAACCCCCUGCAAUUCAAAAAUCUUUUGCCCAACGUGGGGCUCAAACCUGUGACCCUGAGAUAAGGAGUCUCAUGCUCUGCCAACUGAGCUAUAUCUGGGUGUCACGUGAUUUCUGCCCUUUUAUAAGUGAUCCUGUGUGGAUAUAUGGGGGAGUGGGGAGACAGGAACUUGGUAACUGUAAAAUAAAAAUAUAUCUUCAAUAAUAGUAAAAAGCCUUAUCUCAUUACUUGAGAGAAGUGGUAACUUUAUCACCACUGAAAGGGGAGGUCUAGACCUAAAUGAGAGACCACUGACCCAUUUCUCCCUCCUAAGAAAGAAGGAUGGCCUUCUUGGAGGCUGCUCCCAGAUCGUGGAACUCCCUUCCAUGGGAAGCUAAGCUGGUAUCGCUCUGGUUUGCUUUCAAUAGCAGGCAAAGACUGUUUUGUUCUGACAGGCAUUGGCAACUAACUGGCAGAGUCUUCUGAGGGUGGGUGUUGUAUUUUUGUUUGUGUGUAUGUUUUUGUGUUUUGUAGUACAGUGGUACCUUGGUUCUCAAACGCCUUGGUACUAAGACAACUUGGAACCCAAACACUGAAAAUCCGGAAGUAAGUGUUCCGGGUUGCGAACUUUUUUUGGAAGCCGAACGUGCUCUGUUUUGAGUGUUAUGCUUCCAGUUUGAGUGUGAUACUUCCAUUUUGAGUGUUAUGCUGAGGUUUGCCUGAUUUUACUAUUUAUUUUGGGGUUUUGUGGCUCUUUUGUUUUGUUUUUGUGACUGUGUGGAACCCAGUUCAGCUACUGAUUGAUUGAUUGUGUGACUCCAGUACAUUGUUUAUUGCUUUCAUUUUAUGGAUCAAUGGUCUUGUUAGAUAGUAAAAUUCAUGUUAAAUUGCUGUUUUAGGGGUUGUUUUUAAAACUCUGGAACAGAUUAAUCCAUUUUGCAUUACUUUCUGUGGUAAAGCACGGCUUGGUUUUGGAAUGCUUUGGUUUUGGAAUGGACUUCUGGAAUGGAGUAAGUUUGAGAACCAAGGUGCCACUGUAGAAUUUUAUUAGAGGUUUUUAACAUAUUAGGAAAUCAAAUCCAAACUCUCUUAUACAAAGAUAAUAAAAGGAUCAAAAGAAAAGAGUAAUAUAGAAAAAAGAAAAUACGAAAUACAAUAUUCAUGAUCCUCAUAAAACACAGUUAUAUCUAUCUAUAGUUCUCUAUUACCAUUUUAUAUCAAUCUUCCAUCCAUGUUUUCAAUGCUGGUUUUACUUGGGUCACACUUGUUUUCUUUUUAAUAUAUCUGUUUAUUGUGUUUUAACUUAUGCUGUGAGGAGUCUUGCCCCAUUACUGAAAUAACACCUCUGGUCCUUGCUUGUAUCUCAGGCGUGUGCCUUCAUAUGAUCCAAGACUGUAUGGACUAAUCAUGCCCUGUUGUUACCCCUCAACUGUAUGGCAGUGCCAACCUGGCUUCUGUCCACCAGCAUCAGAGGCCAGGAAGAUGCAGCGAUGUCAGUGUUUGCGUCGUUUUGCUAUUAUGUGCUGACUGCGGGAGCCAAAUUAUCCAUUAGGAGCAGCGCCAGGUCCCAUCAUGUCUUGCCACCACCAAGUCAGCGGCUGUGCUCAGCAGUGCCAGGGGUCGGGGGGGUCGAAGAGGCGCAUUGCUAGCGCAGCUGCUGUGGAGGGUGAACGUUGCAAUGAUAUUGAUGACACUACUAAUUUAUUUAGUAGAUGGAAUUUCCAACAGAAUGGGGAUUCAUCUCAUCAUCCCACCGCUAUUUAUUGCCAAGUCAAUAGGCGAAGCGUUACUAAUUUUAGUGUUCGGUUUAAUUCACUGCUGUGGUUCCUUUCGUCGAGCCAAACAAAGAACAACACCAUUCUUCUAUAGGUAAUUGAAAUAUAUAGCCUGUUAGUGCUAAAAAAAACAAACUAUGUUACAUGGGCAUUUCUCAAAUGUGGACACCAGUGCUUCAUUUCAUUGCUGGGUCCAAGCAAGGUCUGGCAUGAUAACAUUCACCCAGCCAGAUUCCUCUGGUUCUCACAAGUAAGACAUGGUGGUGAUGGCUUCCCUCUUGACCCCAGUAGGGAGCUUAUAGAUGAGAUCCAAGCCCACAGUCCUGAGGGCGAGAUGGCCCCCUGGCCACAAAUGGCUGCCUUAUGCUUCUUUGGAGAAAAGCAAAACAUUGCACUUGCGAGCACGCUGGUGUGAUCAGGGCAACACCUGACUUUGGCUCUCACUUGUUCUCCUGGAGAGAUGUGUCUGUUCGUAGAUCGCACAGAAAUGCACUGUGGUGUGCCAUUUCUUCCCUCUGCACACAUGGCACCUGUCAUAAUGAUGGGCAUUUUGCCAGUGCAUGGAUAAUAGGCAUGCACUACUUGAAUUUUCAUUGAUGCGAUCUCAGCUUGCGUGUUUUCCUGUUUUCCAAGAAUUAUCCCCCCCUUCAACUGAAGAACAGAAACAUACCAUGCAAUGUUUGCAGUCAAAUACCAUUUCUAUCUUGAAUAUUUAUUGCGAGUUGUUCCCAAAUUAGCUACAGACCAAGGACUAUUAACAAGCUAGCAGCUGGAGCAAAUCAUUAAAAAAAUGUGAUGCAUAUUCAUGCGACAUUCUUAUAAUAUACAUCCAAGCCUAGCCCUGUGACUCACUGCUCUUCAGAAAAGCAAAGGAGGCCAUAAAAUAUGGAGAUCUCCUAAUCUGUCCCAAAUGAUGCGACUUGCUCAAGUUCAUUCCCAACACAGUAGGAAUUCGUUCACAUCUUUAUCAAAGAACUUGCGGUUAGAAAUCCUAUCAGAGCAGCCAAUAUGUUUUGCUGUUAGGAUUAUUCUGCACUUGUUUUUUUUGUGCCAGUAAUGCAUUCUCCAUUUUGGACCCUAGCCCCAAUUUCUGUCUACAUUUUUUUUCCAAUGAAAUUUUGCCUCAUAUACUCAUUUAUUGCAUUCAUACACUGCUUUUCUGCCACUGCACCCAAGGUGGUUUAUAAUUAUAAAAUACCAAAGCAAAUAUUUGGGAUAAAAUAUACAGCAACAGAAUCCUCUCAGGAUGACUGAUGGUCCCUUCAGGACCUGGUAGCAACAUUCAGAGAAGUGCCCGUUUCAUAGCAGAGCUGCAAUUUGGUUUGUGCGUUAGUUCAAGACAUGUGAAUUAGGCAGGUUCAUAUUGAAUUGAAAACAGAUCCCCCAUUCCCCCCAAUAGGAAAGAUGCAUCCUGGUUGCUAGGGGAAAAGGAAGGACAAACUAUGGUGAUCCCAAACACUAUAAAAUAAGACAGAAGCAGGAAAAAUGUACUAAAGGGGAGGCAAAGAUGCAGCACUUUAGCACCUCAGGCAGUGAUGUAGCAUGUGUUGCUGGUGCCCAGGGCAGGCAAGCUGCCGACAUCUGCAAAGCGCCCCCCCACCAGAGCCAAGUGGGGGGGGUCUGUCUGUCCUGGGAAGGCCCCAGCCAGCUGCUGUGGUCCUUGGUGGGUGAAUCCCUCCAACGCCCACAGAGAGGAGCUCUGGGCUGGGCUUGCCUGCCUUCCUCUGUCCAUGCCCACUCACUGUGAAUCUGGGCUGCUCAGCUGCUUUCACCACAGUGGGAUGGGGAUCCCUGCUGAAACCGGCACUUGCAUGGGGGCACCUGGUUGUGUCACCUCAGAAUUUUGUGUCUGGGGCCAUGGCCCCCUUGGCCCCACAUGCUAUGCUAUUGACCUCAGGGAUUCCUACUGCCUGGCAUUAAAACAACUCACUUGUGAAUCACAGUUUCUGACUUUACUCAUUGGCUGAAAACACAGGCUAGUUCAUUUCACAGAAAUCAUUUAGAAAGGGGCAUGCACAUUUUGGUUCCAUAACUUUAUUUUUAGGAGGGCUAGAGGCUUACAUUUUUGAAAAUGGAAGCACAGAUUCUGGAGCACCUGCCCAUGGGAGCCAAUGAAAGUCUUUAUAGUGCCCACGUGCACUGUGUUGGCAACUCCUGCUCUAAACCCACAGUUAUAUUAAAAAGUCUCUGUACAGAAAAAAGCAAGCAAGCUGGUAAGGCGAGGUGAGCACGUCAUUGUGGCUUAGCCAAACAAUAUAAAGUUUGACCCUUGGUGCCUUAUUUGUGGAAUAUUAUGUGUUAUUUUUCUAUUAGGUAUAGAAGGUCUUCCAGCCUCACCUUGAUGUGUUGGGAUUCGAUGGCUUUCCAUGUUGCUGACAUGUUACCUUUCAACUUAGAACUGCAUGUUCUGGCUUGCUGAAAAAGCAAAGACACUCUGAUGAGUCUCUCCUUCCUCAUCCCUACAGUACGUCGCUCAAAAGCUGCGGAUGAGGAAAGGAGCCAUAAAGCACGCCGGGCCCGGGAUGAGUACCGGCGGCAAUCCUUGCGGGCAAUCCAGAAAGGAAAAGUGGCGGGUCUCAGUAACCUGUUCCAGGCAGCUGGUCUGCAUAUUGAGCCAGAAGCAAAGCUGAAUGACGCCUGUCCCAUUCCAGCAUUCACCAUGACGGUCUCAACCAGGUUUGUUUGUAUUAAUAAGACGACCCAGGCCUAACUGACAUGUUAUGACUCCUAUAUGGAGGCUGUUGACUCCUAUAUGGAGGCCUUUUCUGGUUUCCCAAUGGGAAGAGGCAGCGGAGGAAGCAAGAUUCUUGACAACAUUGCUCUGGAAUGCAUUCAGAAUUAAAUGGCAAACCAACAAUUUUAAAUAUCAGUGCAUUUUAAGGUAGUGGUUACUUUUUGCAGAGAGUUGAUCAUGUCCAUAUGUUACAGCAUAAACAAUCAAUCUUGGGACACCUUAAAAACUAACUAAUGUAUUAUGGCAUAAGGUUAUGUGGAUUCCUUUUAGAUGCCUCUUAAUUAUACCAAUGUCAUCAACAAACUGGCACCUGGUUUAUUUUUAUUUAUUUUUAAGCAGAGGGAUCUGCUUAACAUUAAGAAGUAACAAGUUCUUCAUGUUGGCACAUUGUGUUACCUCCAGCUAUGACAAUGUCAACAAUAGUCACUGCUUCAAUUUUUUUAAGCAGGGGAAUUUACUUAACAGCAAGGAGCUAUAAAUCCUGUACAUUCUUCAGACUGGUGCACGGCUUGACCUCCAACUAAGGCCUUAUCAUUUCUGCUUCUCACAUUCCAGGCAGAGAGACUUUUGUAUGCUUAAAGAAAGACAACAAUGCCUGCUUAAACCACAAUCUAGAGUUCCUUGAGUUUGCUUCCACUCCAUAGCUGCCGUGUCUGCCAUACAUACAGUAGUUCACAUACCGCAUCACCAAGCAAGCUGAGUAUUAGGAGUGGACCACAGGCAAACGUAGCUUUGCCAAUACAGGCUGUAAAGCACCUGGGUUUUAUGGACAGAGUCCCUAUCUGAGGGCCCUUGUACAGUUCAGUACUUUUGCACCGUUUUCCUUUAAAACUAAAAAAAUCAGAAAUCUUCGUAAUCAAGAAUGCAGCAAAUGAAGCAAGUCAGGUUGUGGUUGAGAAUUUCUUUACAAAAUCCAUUUCAACUUAGUUGUGAGUUUUCUUUUGGCCAAAUUAAUGCCCCCUCUGAUUGUAUUUUUAUUGAUCCCUUGCCUGUCUGGUAAGUUCUGUGGGUUUCCAGCAGUGAAAAACAAUCCAGCAUAGCAGAUGGAGUUAGGCAAAGUUUUAUCAGUGGCUCCUCUUGGGUUUACACGGCACCAUAUGAUAUUAUUAAUUAGUCUUGGUGUUAUGAACAAGCGAGUGGAAACCCGAACAUGCUGUUAGUUUUUUUUUAUAAUGUGCAACGGCAUACACCAAAAGUUCCACUAAGUAAGUGCAAGUCUCUUUGCGUCGAUUUGUAUUUUCAUUUUUAAUACCGAGACUCUCAAUUGUCAGUCUUGGCUCCUGUGAAGUCUGGCAGCUCAGCAGGGCAAAAGGAACCCUAGUCCCUUCCUGCUUGGCAUUUUGCGUUCCGCUUUGACAAGCAAUCCCUUUGUCUUGCUGUGUUUUGAUAUAGAAUUGUGCCUCUAAUGGUUGCUGGCAUUCCCAGCUUGAUUAGGGAAUAAAAAAAUGUAGCCUCCGAAAGGCAGUGAAUUCUCUAUGUUUUGCUGGUGAGUUGCUUCUUGUAGCGAUACUGUGGUUAUUUUUGUUAUUCCAAGCCACUUAAGAUGAAGGAGGCUCUUCCAAAAUAAAGUCAUAAGAACAUUAAGAAAAGCAAUAAUUGUGAAGGGCUAUUAAAUAUUAUUCAGCUUUGAGUUCUAAGCCUUUUAAGUUCUAAAGUGCAACUGUUUAGUGUGGAAUUCAGCAAUAAUUUAGAUGCGAUUGCUUUCUUAAUACUCAAGUGAGACCAAGAAGAUCCUUACAAGGCUAUGCCAAUUAUUCCGUACUUACCCAAAGCUGUUUAUCCAUCUCUUAAGUGAUAUUACUGUAUGAUCAAAGAGUCAGGUUGCCUUGCUAUCUUCAUCCUUGUGGAGAGCUAGAAAGUUGAUGCUCACAGGAAAAUACACUUAGAUCUUUAGAUCAUCUUAGUGGAAUUUGAGGAUUGCAGCGCAAUAUCUCCUGUAUCAUUGCAGUAGCCUUAUUUGUGGAUUCAGAAGAAUGUGAGAAGGUUUGGGGAGGGGGAGCAGGCACAUGCAUGCUGUCCCUGCCCUUAUGCCCCCACGUGCUUUGGGUGUGCCCACUCCACCCACCUCAACUUCCCCAUAUUGCAUGGGAAGGUAUAGAAGGGGCUUGACAGCAUGUUGAACUGAACAUGCUUACAAGCACCUUUGCUACCAGGAGCCCUGGUAAUUCAGGAUUUCCCAUCACAGGAAGGCUUGUGAGCAUGUUCAGUCAAAUGGAUGAAUAUGUUUACAUGGGAAUGGUUCCACACUAUCAUUUCUGUGAAGGCAUCUCAAUGUGUGGAUCAGCUUUCCCCACAUGCCUUACCAUUCUGUCUUGGGCUCUCUGAAUCGCCUUGUAUUUGACAACUUGCUUGGUCACCACAGGUGACAAGGGAUUCUAUGCAGGUGGCUGAGCAAUGUUCCAACCCUCCAUGUAAAUGCAGUGGGCUGGUUAAGGAGGGUUGGAAUAACAACAACAAUUUAUUACUUGUACCCCACCCAUCCGACUAGGUUGCCCUAGGCACUCUGGGCAGCUUUAGCCAAUGAUCCAAUGCUGACUUUGGAAGAAUGAGAGAACACACCCUAGAGCAGCAGUAGGGAACCAAAACCUUGGGCUGGGCUGGGCUGGGCUGGGCUGGACAAAUGUGGUCAACCAGGCAUCUUUAUCUGGCCCCAAGGACUCCCAUCAAUCACACUCAUAACUGACUGCUAAAUUGUUUUCCCCUGGCUGGAAUGUUUCAUUGAAUUGUCAGGAUGCCUGUAGCUUAUACAUGUACAGACCAGUUUUUUUCAUGGUUGGACUUGCAUCUAUUGUCCCACCCACGCUAGCAUCCAGGCCCAAGAAGGUAAUGCAGCUCUCAGACUGAAAAUGUUCCUUGUCGCUGCUGUAGAGGCAUGAAUGCAGACAAAUGGUGCAAACAGUGCCCUCCUACAUCAGGAGCUCUGGAUGGAGAAGAUGGGCAAAAGAUAAGGUUCUGUUCCACCUCCAGGAUGAAAGCCAAUAAAACAAACUAAGUCUGGUUUUUCCAUAGACUCAGGUUUCUUAUCACUUUUCAGGAACUGGGAGAAAAGCCUCAAAACCAUUUUAGUGUGCUGCUUCAUUGAACCCUGAAAAUUACUCUUUGCUUUGUCUCUUCACCUUCUGGAACCCUGGUUGGGUGGCUACUAUGGACUUUUGGGUGGCAGCCCCCUGGUUCUGAAAUAGCUUUUGCAAAAAGACUUGCCUGGUGCCUUCUUUAUGCACCCCCCAUGUUUAAGUAAUCAAACCUCAUGUUUAAUUAGCCUGAAGAGUACUAUAGAAAGUGGGAAAUAGCAUUUUCCAAACCAUAAUUGCCUCAUUGACUGGUUAGAAAAGAAAUCCCUUUUAUUCCAUCAUGUGCAAUUUCAUUUCGGCACAGCAAUCUCUGUGUGACUUUAACCUCCUUCUUUUCUUUUCAUUUAAUACAGUAAAGCCUGGGAACGGCCUCUGAGGCCUUUCUCCAGAGAAGUUAUUAUUCAGUGGUUCAAAGAAGAGCAGCUUCCGCGCCGUGCUGGAUUCGAGAGGAACGCUAAUACUGUGGCGCCUUGGUUUCAUGGUAAAACUGUUAUUUGUUGGCGUUCUUAAGGCUGAAGUGCUUUUCUGGGAAGCUUAUAGUGGCUGGGGUGGGAUGCUCGAGAGGUUUGUUUAUUUCCUGGAGGAAGCUAUAGCACAUGAGACGUGCACAGCCUGAGCCCCAAAACACAGAUGCCUUUUUACAGAUAAAAGAAGGGAACAGUUACAUCUCUCUCAAAAUAGUAUUUUGUUAACCUUGUUGAUGUUUAUUAGCUGGUGCAGUGCAGUGGUCAAAAUAGGCAUGGGAUAAGUGCAUCAGUGGAGCCGGUCCAGUGCUUCCACUGUUGUGUCCACACUGUUCCACCACUUUUCCCUGCUGGUAAGCCCAGCAAUAUGGCUGACAGGAGGCUAGGUGUUCUGUGGUGUCUUCUCCAUAGGCAUUCCGUGUACCACUUCAGAAUGUGCAAACACGUAUGAAUUAAUGCUGUCCUGUACAGGCAACUCCCCAUGUACGUGUGUUUGAGGAACAUGUGCACAUGCAUGCGCACACUGCUCCUAACCUGGAAGUGGCAUGAAAGGGUGCAAAAUGGCGCAAAAAUAGCAUCUAGAAAUCCCAUGAGCCUUUGCAAGUAUAAGCACCGACUUUGAGGCCUGUGCAAAGUUGGAGUUUGAACAAGGAGGGUUGAAGGAAGGGAUUGUCAUGGAGUUUAGUUUUUUUAAAGGAUUUUUCAAGGGUUUCCAGGGGUAUGAGGGUGUUUGCAGGCUUUUUCAAUGGCGUUUCCAAAAUAUGCGAUUUCACUUAAACGUGCAGUGCUUUGGAAUAUGACGCUUGCAUAAAUGGGGAGUUGCCCGUACUGUACUGCACGUAGAAAACUAGCACGUUAGGGAGAAAGCUAGGCUAAAUCCUUUCUCCAUGACAUCUAAAGUUCCGUGUGCAGGGACUAUUUAUAUAAAGGAAAUUUCAGGCAUGUGGACUUUUACCUGCAGUCUUAGGUAGUACAGCCCAGUGAGCAACGGGUUGACCUCUGAGCUUGGAAGCUGACAGCUUUCUGGUUCUUAAUCUCACUUUAGCUAUAAGCUCUCUAGGUGAUCUCGGGCUUGCCAUUUUCUGGCAUUGUCUUAGUCCUCUGGUCUGCUCAUAAUAAUGAUAAUGAUACCACUGGCCUGCCUUACAAGGCUGUUGUAUUGCUAAGGUGUUAAAGGUUAAAUAUUCAAUAGUCACAAAGUGCUAAGAAUGACUGUCAUUAUAUGAUUGUUCCAUUGCUUUUCUUUCUCCCUAAUAUUGUAGCUCGCAGUGCCGCGACUCUUGCAUUUUUGUUGCUGUCUUGAUUAAUUACUGCAUUGGUUCCAGUGACAAAGGUCCAUGCAAGCCAGCCUUUUGGUGGAAGGAAACAUAACCUGCCUCAAACUGAACUGAAGAAAUCUGAGGAAAAAAAAAAUAUUUUAAUGAAUCAAAAAUGCUUUCAGAAUGCUAUUAAUUCUGGUCCUAAAAAUCUAGCCUAAAACGUUUAGUCUUAUUUAGAACUGUGCCAAAUAUUUAUCAGCUUCACUUUUCAAGCAGUAUCAAACAAUUUUGAUAUGGUAGAAAUUUUCUAUUAAAAAAAUACUUUGGUUGUGCAAAUAAUUACCCUUUUCAGUGAUAUCUUUGCAGCUUGGUGGUUGUUGCUUUGAUUGCCUUCUUUGCAUGCUAGGCAGGGCCAUCCCUACCAUUAGGCAUGAGGCAACUGCCUCAGGUGGCAGAUGCAGUGUGGGAAGGAGCAGCAGCAUUCACUUUUACCUCUGCCCCGCUUGUCCUAAGUCCCCUAUUCUGGUCUGCUGCCUCAGAUGUGGUAGAGGAUGCUACACCUGUCAGCAGUCUCAAAGUGAAGAUUUAGCUGCCAGUCUGGUGGGCUUGUGUGUGUGCAAUGGGGAAAGGGGUAUCAUCUUGUCUUGGGCUGGUCAGAGGCUGCUUCUUCCUCCCUUUCUGUAUGAAUUAUUUUGGUAAUCCCACCCAUCCAAGGAUCACAAUGUAAACAGAGAAGUGUCUAUUCUGUGUGGCCAGUCAGAUUUGCCUAUCUGAUGUCGUCAUUGAUAGCAAGUGAUUGUGCAAGGAAAAGUAAGAACACCAAUAAGCAAGUAACAGCAACAAAAGAUGAGUAGUUUUAGCUUUCCUGUGGUUUUAUUGGAUUCGAGGACAGAUCUGUGCAGGCGGUGUAGGGUCAGGCCUACUGGCAGGCAGAAAGCAUUUACAACAAGGCCUAGGUGAAAUCCCUUUUCUCAUGAAACUGCUGAGUGGUCUGAGAAGAUCUGUAGAGCACUUGACUCAAAAUAUCAGCUGCUUCUGAUGACCACUUGAGCUGCUCAGCCACCAUCAACUGCACACCACUUUUUUGCCUCUGUCUCAGCAAAGCGCGAGAAAUUCCUUAAUACAAGGACUGAAUCUGGCCGCUGCUGCGUUCUGGCUGAAAUGAAGCCCUUUGGAACCAAGCCUACGUUGGUGAGGAAAGUGUAGUUGAAUAGUACUCUUUGAGUAUCUUUGCCUCUUCCCACCCCCCGCCCUGCAGAAAAGCAAGAUUAAAGUAUAUAUAAUGUAUGAACUAUUCAAUCAAUAGGUUGUUGUAUUAGAAAUAAUGGUAAACCUGCUCACACUCACAUGCAAAGUGCUUUGUGAGGUAAUGCUGCAUUCGUUGAAUUUUAUUUUAUUUAUUCGUUGCAUUUAUAGGCAGCUCAGUUGGUUAGAGUGUGAAACUGACAAUGCCAAGGUAGUGGGUCCGAUCCCCAUUUGGGACACCUGCAUGUUCCUGUGUUGCAGGGAGAUGGACUAGAUGACCCUCGGGGUCCCUCCCAAUUCUACAAUUCUAUGAUUCUGACUUUUUCUCCAAAGGAGCUCAAGAUGGUGCGAAUGGCAAAGCUCUGUUCACUGUGGGGAUGGAAAUUGUGGUUUGGGCAUGCCUGUAAACCUUGAUUACAAGGGGGAAGAUAUUAUUGCAGGGCCAAUGGGAAUCAGUAGGAUUGUUCCAGUUGACCUGGAGGGGCUUUGAAUGGAAGCUGACUGAACUGGUGAACAGCAGGAAAUACUUGAAUCAAAAGCCCCUUUGUGCGGUGUCACAAAUCGCUGACAUAUCUUUGAUAAAAUAAAAUAGAUGAAAAUUCACCAUGUAUCUGGCUUGUGAAAAAGAAAAGAAAAAUAGAAGAGGUCUGAGUGUUUACAAGAUGCCAAAGAAAGUCAAUUUCUAUGUGAUUUAAAUUCAAGCUACCUUAGUCAUUACACAGAAUGAAUAGUACAGAUAAAAGGGCUGUAUUGUUAUGAGAAAAUGAAUGGAGGCAGAACAAGCUUCCUAAACUUGAAAUAAUAUUUAGCGGGGUUGGCUAAAACACACAAUUUUUAAAAAAUUGGGAGGGGAUUGUCUGACAUAAGGAUCCCCCCCUUUCUUUCCAUAAGCCCUAUCAAGGUAUAGAGGUCCUACUCACUGAAAUAGAUUUGCACAGGAGAAGUUGUUAGUGGGUUAUACCUUAAAUGCCCAGUGUCAUGAGUGAGAUGCUGCAGUUGUCCAAGGACACAUUUCGAGUACUGGUGGAGUGGACCCAACGGCAGUCUUUUAACUUAAAGUCUCUCUCAGGUUUGUUGUGAGGAUACCGUGGGAUAACUUCCUAUGGGUCCUCCUCUGCUGCUUGGAGAACAAAGAGGAAAAUGAUUUUCUAGAUCCAUCUCAGUCGGGGUUUAGACCUAGUUUUGGCACAGAAAGUGCUUUGGUCACCUUGUAUGAUGACCUCUGUUGGGGGAGAGAUGGGUGAAAUGUGUCACUGUUAAUCCUCCUUGACCUCUCAGCAACUUUUGAUACCAUCAACCAUGGUAUCCUUCUGGAGCCACUGUCCAGGUGGGUGGCACCACUUUGUGGUGGUUCUGCUCUUACUUGGAUGGUCAUUACCAGAGGGUGAUGCUUGGGGGGAGUGAGAGCUUUUUGGCCCCAGAUAAGACUGAGGAACUCUUAGUGGGAGGUUCCCUAGACUCGAUGGAUGGGAGGUUGCUGUUCUUGAUGGAGUUACACUCCCUCUGAAGGAGCGGCUACACAGCUUGGGGGUACUUCUGAAUCUGUUGCUAUCACUUAGGUGCCAUGGGCUGCCUUCUAUCACUUUUCACUAGUGGACCAACUACAUCCCUGUCUGGAAGGCCUAACUUCUGCCUUCAGUGCUCUGGUAGCCUCUACGCUAGAUUGCUGCAAUGUGUUAUAUGUGAAGCUGCCUCUGAAGUUAGUUCAGAAACUUCAGCUGGUGUAGAAUUCAGUGGCCAAGCUGCUUACCGGGGCAAGGUGCUUUGAGUAUAUACUGGCCCAACUGCACUGGCUGCCAAUUAGUUUCCUGGCCCAGUUCAAAGUGUUGGUUUUGACCUGUAAAGCCUCAGAUGGUUCAGGACUGCAGUACGUCAAGGACCGCCUCUCUCCAUAUGAAUCCAGACCCUGCAAGCAUCAUCAGGGCCUUCUUUGUGUGCCUCCUCCAUGAGAGGUCUAGAGGGUGGCAACAUGAGAACAGGCCUUUGCUGCAGUGGCUCCCUAUUUGUGGAACGCUCUCCCUAAGGAGGCCCGCCUGGCGCCUUCAUUACAUAUCUAUAGGCGCUAGAAGAAAAUGUUUCUCUUCUCCCAAGCCUUUGGCUAAUAAAACAAGCUGGCCUUUUAAUCUCUCUCUCUCUCUCUCUCUCUCGGGAUAUUGUUAUUGUUUGUUACUAAGUUAUGUAUUUUUGUGUCUUUAUAUUGUAAUUUGUCCUGUGAUCCUUGAAUGAAGGUCAGCUUAGAAAUUUAAUUAAUAAACAAUGGGCAGGGGAUCACCUAAGAAUGAUAAGUAAGUCAUUCCGUUCAGAGGAAGAGUGAAAUAUAAGAGGAAUCAACUAAAGCUCAGUCUAGCCUUCUUCAGGCAUUACUCAAGUGUACAACCUAACCAUGAGCAGGGGGAACAGAUGCGAGUGAACUAAGUUCCUAUCUCCAUCUUUGUGAGUUGUAAGACAAAUGUUUGUAGGACAGAGCCUCCUGUACCUAUGGAGAUUUAGAAUCCUGGAAUAAUAUUACACGUUAGACAUUCUAGAACAGUUGGGGGUAUUAUUUCCUUAAGGACCAUUGUGUUGCAACAUCAUGAAGCUGAAGCAGAACAAGGGCAAUGCUUCCUUGCACUCACUGGUUUUGCCUCCAGUCGUGUGAGAGCAGAAUGCUAGACUUGAUGGGCCAUUGCUUUGAUCUAGCAGGACUCUUCUUACAUUCUGGAGCUGCUGAGUUAAAAAUAUAUAUAUAGAGAGAAAUGGGACCCAGCAGAAACAGGGAAUGUAUUUGCUGCCACAGUAAAUGGGAUGAGAAUGUUUCUGGUGCCAAUCAGGGGGUCGGGAGUGGGAGAAGAAAAAUGAGGCAAUCUGCAGAGGGCAUGAGGAAAUCAAGCAGUGCUUGGGGGCUGAGGGCUUACUGGAAAAACUGCAGUGGCUGUUUCUUUUCUUGCUUUUCUCUGGCUGUUUUAAGGUGGCCACAUGGGCCACCGUGUUCACCACAGAUGUCUCUGAAAUUAUGUUUUGUCACAACUUAGUGCCUUUCUGAAUGAGGGAUCUGGGGGAUCUGGCUGUGUUAUGUAAUUUUGUUUCUCAGCAUCCCAGAUGCGGCAUUGCAAAAUCAUGGACAAAUCACAUCAGCUGUGUCAGACAAUUGGAUUAAACAUCAGUGUGGGGAAAUGAGGCUGACGACUCGAUGGUGAGGGCAUGGAGGAAACAAACCUGACAUUAACAGCCGCAUAACUGAAACUGCGCAAAUGUAUUUUCAGUGUGUGCCAUGAAGAAAAAGCGAGGCACUUUUGGACACUUAGGAAAAUGUAAGUGAAAUGAAGUAAACAGGUUCAGCUACACCGUAGCUGCAGUACUCUUGAGGUGAACGAUUAGACAAAAAUAAGGAAGCAUUUGGUCGAGGGUUCCAGUGUUCAUUUGUAAUCAGUGCCUCGGUGGUUGUAGAAUACUUGCAUUAAUGUUUGGUGGCAUACAAGACUGUCUCCAGGUGAUUAUGGCUGUUUUUCAAGGUCAGUCAGUCUUCAGCAGUACCAAGGGGGGAAAAGUUGAUUGCCUUGUUGACUCCAAUUCACCUCCCCUGGGAAGCCACCGUGGUGGUUAUUUCCCUCCUUUGUUCUCACAAAUAAUUUGAUCCUUUGUACAACAUGUCACCUCACUUUAGUUUUUAAUAAUUGUUGAGAAGGCUGCCCGUCCUUUUGAAGGCCUUGUGAUUGGCAUUCUAGGGCCAUUGUAGUUGAGAAGUGUCUGCACCAAGACGUUAUUAGCAAACACGAUAAAUGUUUUAGAGCCGUGGCCUCCUGGAGGAAGAAAGAAGAGUAUCUAAGGGAGGUAACGUGAUCUGGGGCAUAUGGCAAGGAGAAAGGAAGCGAAAAAGGCCAGCACUGCUGUUGCUCUGAAACCAGAGAGCCAGAGGGCUGAAUAAUUCAUGCCGACGGUCUAAUUGUCAAUGUGGAAAUAGGCCUUGCUAACCCUCCACAAUGCACCGAACAUCUUUCCUUUGUGUUUAACUGGGAGUCAAGUGCUUAUGCACCAAGGCUGUAGAUGAUGGAUGGAAAAAAGAUUGCUUUAUUGGAGAGCUGCUACUGAUUCAAAAGAGGGGGGAAAUGUGAUUACAUCAGGUGCUAGCACAGAUGUGGAAACAGACUUGCUUGCUGAAGCAUGAUGAAGGCUUAAGAAAUAGAAGCAGCCCCCUGUACCUUGGAUACGAGUUGCCCUGGGCAUGACAAUGCUCAGUAUUAAUGUAAAAUGUUAAUCUAAUCUUGAGGCUUAAGCAAUGAAAGACCAUCCAUGUCACUAAUUAAGGAUGUGCACCAAUGCCAGGGCAUGUGGAUUUGCAGGUGUUUUUGCUUUUGAUUCCUGUUUUGUUCUCGUCUGACUGUUGGUGAAUCCUAGCAACUGAUAAUUAACAUGUCCAAGAACUAUGUACAGAAAUGGAAGGCAGCAAUAGCCAGUCAUGGACUACUCUAUUGUAGGCUAGUUAAGUGUGUGUGUGUGUGUGUUUUGGAGGGGUGUUUUGAGACAUUUCUGAGUCUGAUGAGUGGAGCAUGAUAGCAAAAGUCAGGCCAGGUCAGAAUCCCACACGUAUACUUUUGCAGGACCACUUUGUUGUUGUUGUUGUUUAGUCAUUUAGUCGUGCCCGACUCUUCGUGACCCCAUGGACCAGAGCACGCAGGCACUCCUGUCUUCCACUGCCUCCCGCAGCUUGGUCAAGCUCAUGUUUGUAGCUUCGAGAACACUGUCCAACCACCUCGUCCUCUGUCGUCCCCUUCUCCUUGUGCCCUCCAUCUUUCCCAACAUCAGGGUCUUUUCCAGGGAGUCUUCUCUUCUCAUGAGGUGGCCAAAGUAUUGGAGCCUCAGCUUCACGAUCUGUCCUUCCAGUCACUUAUCUCCCCCCAAAAGGGUAUGUGUAGAAUAUUGGUGACUUUCAAGGGGUGGGAUGUUGGUAUAUCUUUCAAGAAGAGGUGGCUGAGUUUUUAACAACAGAAAGCUCCACUCACCAGUCCAGUGGUGACACAGAUAACUACACGCACUGGCACUAUCCUCAGCGCUGCCACUGACAUGAAUCCAUAUGGAAUGGUACUGGCAUAAUUAAAGAUGAUGUAAGUAAGUUCAGGGGCACAAAUCUGGGGCUCUGCUUACCACCACUGCUGCUUGACCAUGAGGGUUGUUCAGAAAAGCUUCUUUCCUUUCAUUUUAAGCUCCAUCGCUUGAUUAUGACUUCUCUUGCACGCGAAGACAGUUUUCAGUGGAUUGAGUGGCCAAACCAAUAGUGAGUCCAAAGGUCAAGAAGGUGCUUUCUGCACCUGCUGUAGAGGGAGAUGUGGGGUGGGGCAGAUGGGGCUCAUCAACCUGGAAAGGUAGCCCAUCUAGGAGAAGGAAAACUCUGGUCCUAAAUGUCUGCUGCCUUGUAGGGUAUCCUUAGGAGAAGAAAAGUCUAAAGAGUAAACCCUACAAAAAUCAGGAGUGGACUCCCUAAGAUGGUUGGAUGGUGCCUUUUGGCAACACCUGCAGCCACACUGGUGCCAAUGUAUUGCUCUGCUUUCCUUUGGACCCAAAGGCCAAGAAGGGGGUCUUGUCGUUUGGGCAGCCCACGACCUCCAUAAAACUGCCCAGGCUUGUGCCCCGGGGAAGUCACUUCAGUGCUGCUAACACAGUGUUUUGGCUUCACCCCUGGAGGCACACUCCCUUGUCUCUUGAGACAGAUGGAUGCCAACAACAGCUUGAUUAUCCAAUGCUUUCAUGUCAUCAAGAUUGCUGUAUGAUGCUUACUAUAAUUUAUAGUUAUGCUGGGACAGCUUUCAAUACCUUUUCCCCACAUACCCUAGCAGGGCAAACCUAUAUCUCUGGGAACUUAUGUCUCUGAACUGCGGCUCUCAGCAUCCCUUACUAUUGGUCAUGCUGGCUGGGGCUGAUGACAGCUGGACUCCAACAUCAGGAGGGCUGCAGCUCCCUCAUUCCUGCUAUGCAUGUGUACUUAGAAAAUCGCAUUGAGUGCUACAGUUUCAGCCUAAAGAACACUUCCUUCUUUAGAUUAAUUUCAUGUUCAAUACUAUUUAUUUAUUUUAUGAAUCACUUCCUGUGAAAUAUUCUGAAGUGAAUUAACAAUAAAGCAUUUAUAAAUUCAUUUUCUGGCCAAUGUAGAUAAAGGCAAAUUCCAUUUAAGAGCUAUUUUAAAAUAACAUUAAAUGGGUUAGUAGAUGACUAUCUGAUAAUUAAUCCAAUGUUUUGACUCUCACUCAUAUUAAAUAUUUCUUACAUAGAUUUUGGCUCAGGCUCAAUGUUUGCAUAAAACUACUAAUGGAAUUGGACACAAUGCUCGUUGAAAAUAGAUUCCACAGCACACAUUUUAAGUCUAACAUGUGAUCAGAACUUGGAAAAAUGACUUGGCUUUCUGCAUCUCACUCUCCUGCCUCGGGGAAUGUCCCUUAUAGAGGCGUGCAAAAGAACUGAUCCCAAAUCAGGAACCAGGUGGAUCCACUUUGGGUAGAUUUGGGUCUUGUCUGAGCUGAAGUGGGAUCUCUCCAAAGCACCACAAAUUGAAAUAAGGAUUUUUAAAGUCCUUUGGGGUGCUUUGGAAGUUUGCAUAUACCGUAACUCUUUUAUAUGUGUCAUUAUAUUGCGAAUUGUUUUGUGAUGCUUCAUGGGAAGCCAUUCAUAAAAGAAAUAAAAAAAUUGAAGAGAAAUACUGCAAAUAUAAUGGUAAAAGUACUGACGCUACAGGUAACUUUUUUGCAGACGACCUUCCUACUGACCUACCUCCAUAAGACUACAUCCUUAUCGAUUUCAGCCUCUAGAUGGAAGUUGCUGAAGCUGUCAAUCUGAAGUUUCUUUUGGAACCACAAUAUUUUUGAGGCUUGACAAGGCAAAAUUAUGCUCAUGAACGGGCUCUCAAUGGGGUUGCUUGCACUCUGCAAUCAUGCCAAGGGAAAGCACGUGAUUACAGAGAAAUAUGUAGAGAGAUCAGACUGCAAAACGUUGUCACUCAGGAAGCAGUGGGAGACAAUACUUAACCUACUGACAUUAGAAUGGAGAAAUAGCAGAAGGAUUAUUAGAAAAUAAAAAGCAGGCUUUGGGGGGUAGGUUUCCAUUAGCUGUUUUGUACACAUAUAAAAAAUGUGAGUUUAUUUAUGUGGACCAAAGGGGUCAGGUAAGAAAACGUAAGCCUGUGGUGAAUAUAAAUUAAGGCACUUUCUUUGUAGCCUCUCUCAGACACUCGAGAAAGACUUUAGCUCCAUUUCCAUCCUUAGCAGUUAUAUGGCUUGCAUGUUUACCUACAGUAAAAGCUUAUACGACACAAGCUAUCUAUUAUUAUUAUUAUUAUUAUUAUUAUUAUUAUUAUUUAAAACCCACAUACAUUCCCAGGUGCAUACAGUUCUGAAGGAUGUAGAUUAUGCAGAUGCAGGGAAUUUCAGGCCCCACCCCUACCCACCACCACCAGGCAGAGGAACAACAAUGGGAUGUGCAGAGACAAAUUCCAGAGCACUGAUAUGCCCCCUCCCCCCCAUCCUGUAAAAGUAGUCCAGAAGAAUCCCAUGGUAUCAGAAGCUGCUGAGAGGUACAGGAGAAACAACAGGGUCACAGAUCCCUUGUCUUCGAGCAUAGGUUGUCUUCCAGAGUAACUGAGAGAGUUUCAGUGCCAAAAGUCUGGCCAAACUUUUCAGCUGGCACUUUUGUGGGCUGGUGCUCCUCCCUGCCCACUGUGAUAUGUUGAUGUAGGUGUUGGAAAAACGCCCUGGGGUGCCUGCAAGCCCCCAAAACUCUGAGCAUCCCCCAGUACACGCAGCUCUGGAAAAGGCAUUUCCCCUCGUCUGCAGUGCGCUCAGCGACAUAUACCAGCUGGUAUAUGCACACUAAUCUUCUGGCAUAACGCAGCAAGAAGAGUGAGACAUCGUAGAUCUGCUCUACUAUUUAUUUACACACUAUGUGCAGACAAAAGCAUGAUGGCGUCCAUUCUCUCCAGCUCUGAGAGAACAAACAGAACAAGUAAAAGUGAAAGUACAUUACGGCGGAAGAAAUAAGAGUGUCUUCCGUUUCCCACACUCUCCCCAGACAGGCAUGUGAUUUACAACAAUCUCAUCUGCAGCAUCAGAGGAGUGAAAUUGCUAACAGGAGGUCCCCUUUGGAUGGUGGGGUUCAUCUUGCUGCCUGUGGAAGGGGAUUCUACUGCUCACACAAUUGGCCAGUUGUGAGCAGGCAAUUGUCUAUUGACUAACAGACUAUUGUAUUUUAAUAUUCUGUUGAAAGUCGCCCAGAGCAGCUGGGGAAACCCAGCCAGAUGGGCGGGGUAUAAAUAAUAAAAUUUAUUAUUAUUAUUAUUAUUAGCCAAUUGCGAGCAGGCAAGGGGGCAGGCUGCUCCCGGGGGGCAGACCAAACUGGGCCUGUGGGCUUUGCUUGGGUCCACGACCUGGGAAUAUAAGGGACCUGUAGCCUACUUUCCUGGGGGGAAACAAGGUGAAUCAGGGGAAGUGGGUCCUGGGAUUUGAAAGAAUAUAUUCCUUUGCUAUCAGCUUUCCUUCUCCCAGCAGUACCGUGCCUAGUUACCACUUCCUUAGUGUUAAAAAGACAAACCUUUAUUCUAGCACCCAUUAAAUAAAAUCAAUAUAUAAAUGCAUCAGAAGCAACUAGACAAAUAUUAAGUUCACUUUGUUAAUUAGAAAGUUCUCACUUGAGCUUAAGCAAUUUAGAAGAGGGGGGAGGGAACCGUUCAAAUUCCCUGGAGCUAUUUAAUCUUUAAUUGAAAUGUGGGUUUCUAAGGAAAAAAAUUAUUUCCAACUUGUGUGCUUUUAAUGUGCCUGUUUGGGCAGGGGAGGGGACCCCUCUGUGAAGGGUAUAACAUUCACUUUGUGGUAGAUUUUGGACUUGUUUGAUUGACACAAAGCAACUGAUCCAAAAAGAGAUACCAUGUAUUGUAUGUGGCAAAUAUGAAUUCAUAUAUUGCAAAGAAUUAGUAGAAGUGCACAGAUAUUUGGUUAGGUUUGGCGACAGUUCCCUGUUGAUUGUACUUUCUACACUGUGGCUACCGUAAAACCGAGACUUAAGGCAUUGCUUCUUAGGAUGGCUUUAAAGAGAAUUGUGAUUUUAAUUUGUUCUGGUUUCAAAGUCCUCUUAUCCCUUGGCUUUGUAGUUAAGUAUAGACUGUAAUUUACAAUGCGUCGUAAAUAUAUAUUUUAGUAAUGCUGCUCAAUAAACUGCAAAGAAUGAUAUCCGCCGCCCCCCCACAGCUGGGCAGCAUACAAAAUUAAUACCCUAUUUUAAACAACAGUUUUCUUUUGCAGCAGUGUCACUGAAAUUAAAUAAUUCAGAUUAAGUGGUUCACGGGCACUAGACGAGGUGCUUUGAAUCUGAGCUACGAUCAGAAAUCUGUUGGAAGACAUUAGGAAACCAGUUCCGAUUCGGAUCCAUUGUUGGAAAAGGCUGGUUCCUUGGCCAUCAGGGAUGAUGGCAAUCUGAGAAGCAGGUGGGCAGGGAAGUGGAGACUGGCAGCCUGGGAGCAACUCUGAGAAACGAGUUGGUUACUAAUCUCUUGGUUACUGCAGCAGCCUCGGAGGGCUUCCAGACCGUUGCAAUUUGGGAAGGGGGGGUGAGAGUCAAUCACAUUCGGGCAAAUUCAGGUUGCACAAUUGAAGCUGAUUUGGUGCUCUUGUGCAAAAACAUGCUCCCCCCCCUCUGCUUUAUGCAAUAAGGAAAAUGGUGGGGAAAUGUACCAGAUAGUGUGGGAUAGUAAUGGCUUGACACAAGGCUAUCUAACCUUCAUCUGAGGUCCUUUCUCCAGCUCUCUCCUCUGAGAGGAGGCAUGGAGGCUGAUGACAAGGGGAGGUGGCCUUCUCAGUUGUGGCUUCCCAUCUGGCUCUCCCCAGCGAGGAUCACCUGGUGUUUUCAGUGACAUCUUUUCAGUGCUGGUAAAGUCUUACCUGUUCCCCUCAGGCCUUUGAUGGACUGAGAUGGUUCUGUUUUAUCAUGCUGCCAAAGCUUCUUAUGGCAUUUUACAUGUUGUAUGAAAAAGGAGGAUUUUAGCUUAGGCCUCUUCACAUGUAUUCUGCUGUGGCACCAUUCCAAAGGAGCUGCGCUAUAUGUUUUUCCUGAAUACAGUGGUGCAUCGCAAGAUGAAAUUAAUCCGUUCUGCAAGUCUCUUCGUCUUGCGGUUUUUUCAUCUUGCGAAGCACGGCUAUUAGCGGCUUAGCGGCUUAGCGGCUAUUAACGGCUUAGCGGCUUUAAGAAAAAGGAAACAAACUCGCAAGAACUCGCAAGACGUUUCGUCUUGCGAAGCAAGCCCAUAGGGAAAUUCGUCUUGCGGAACGACUCAAAAAACGCAAAACCCUUUCGUCUAGCGAGUUUUUCGUCUUGCGAGGCAUUCGUCUUGCGGGGCACCACUGUAUCUGAGAUGGCUCUUUAUGUCCUGUUUUUAUUUUAAAGGAUUCCCAGUAUUUGGGCUCAUUUGCCAUCUCUCUGACACACAGGCUGAGCCUAGCUUUAACUGGCUUCUACAGCAAACAGUUAUUUUCACAUUAGCAACAAAUUGCAAUUAGGGCAGGCGAGACACAGUUCAAUAUGAGUUGCCACCAAAAGGAAAGCAGUGAAGGGUGAGAGAGAGAGAGAGAGAGAUCAGCAUCUCUAGUAAAUUAGUAACUUCUCAAUGACAGUAAUACAAUGUUUGGUCUUCUUUCAGGCUGCCCAAUUAACCUUUUUGACUAUUCAAUAUGCAAAAGCCGGACCAAUCAUUUUACUCGUCCAUCAUUAAAUAAUUGAAAUCAAGUCAAAGAUGGUGUAUCAAUGAAGAACUGAAGUUGUUGACAAAACAUUUAUGCUCUGUUGAUGGUGAAUUUGAGACAGAGAUGAAAUGAAGCCAAUCAGAUCAAUAAUAGCCCUUCAAUACUUGUCGAUUAUUGAUUGUGGUUAUUGGGUUAAGACCAACAAAAGGAAAGAUUGCUUCACGUAAAGUGUUUGUAACAUAUGGAAUUAUUACAUUCAAGAACUGUUAAUGGCCUCUUGCUUCAGAGGCUUUUGAAAAGCAAUAAAAUUUAUGCAAUGCUUUUUUCUGGGGGGGGUCGCAGGGGUAUACAUACCCCUAAACAUUUUGUAAAUCUAAGUUUGGCCUCAUUGAGGGGCAGUAUUUCAAUAUGAGUAGGAAAAUGACAGUGCCCCUAAUUUAUUUUUUUAGGGGGAAAAACACUGAAUUUAUUUAUGGCAGAUCUAGGUCCAAGAGAUGGGAUCUUUUCCCCCCUUUUAGGACUUCUCAUUUAUCCUAACUUUCAAAACAUUUCAACAUGAGAAUCAGUUCAAUCAAAAGGUAUUUGGUGCAGAUUAAAACAGAAUGCUGAGCAGACAUCUAAACAGAGUCUUAUUAAUUCAGAAUUGCACAACCUACUAGUAACUACUGGAAAAGGGUCAAAACUCAGAGAGCAAAAUUGGUGAGACCCCUUGGCGAUUCUCUCAAAUUCCACUGAAGGCCUUGUAGACAAAAAGACCAAUGAGUCAAUAUGCAAUGACUCAGCCUAUGUCACAAAAUUCAUAGUUCUUUGAGUUAAUUCAUCAUGGUGCAGCACUGCUGAGCAAGAAUGCAACCCUGCAGUGUUAGGAGACAGCUGCUGUGACAUACAUUCGUAAUACUUUAAUGUGUCCCAGAGGAUCCCCCCCCCCCGAAGUGUACUGCGCUCAGCAGGGUUUCCUUGAUGAAACUUCUCAGAGUUUUUGAGAGUUAAGGCUGUGGUUUGUAUACGUUUCGUUCACGGCUGAGGAGACUGUCAUUCAUCACAGUGCACGGUAAUAUUUUGAGGCGCUUGGUGAUAACGAGAGGACCAAUUGCAUUUGUAUAUAGUUUAACCUGAUGGGUGAUGUUUAUAAUCCAGGCCUGCAGCGUUCAUAUGCAGAGAACUACUGAAAACAAGCCCCAAGGGUUGUGGGGGUGGCGAUACAUGGACACACUAUUUCAGAUUUCCAAUUGUCUUACAAUGUCUCUUUAGGUUUUAUCUAUUAAUAGUUACUUGUUUAAUUAUUUUCUUUACUAUGAAUUGUAUCCCAAAGUGGCACAAAGAGAAGGCGGCUUGUGAAAACAGCCUUUCUUUUCCUUUACUCCUACAGUCUCCUGUACUCACACUCACACCCACACCCCAGAACCCUCUCCAGACAGUAAUCCCUAUCCAAGAGAGGGAGGUGUAUCAUAUAAAGCUCCAUUGUAAGAGGGGAAUUGCCCAAAACUGGGUGGAGGGAUCUUCUUUCUGGUUCAAAAUCCUUUGCUCAAUUUUUUUUGGGGGGGAUUUCUCCUUCCUACUGCAGUCCUGUACCACACAACUCCCAUUGCUGUGCAUGUGUCUCUCUAUAGGGGGGUAGUCGAAGAAGCAACAUUUAUGAUUUAAUUAUGUCUGUCCUGAAUUUCCCACCAUCAUGCAACCCUGAUAGUAGCUUUGCAGAUCUUGAACUGCAGCGCUCUAGUGUUUAUAUUCCCACUUGUGGCAGAGCAGUCCUAAACAUGAACAUCAGAAGGGAGUCCCCGUGCAGUCAGUUGAACACUUUCCUGGGAGCAGGUCUGACUGUCUGCUAAGAUGAGCUUUCCAAUAUACCACUUUGUGAUGCAGUCUUAGGUACCACACGCAGAACACACAAUUCAUAGAAUCAUAGAGAUGUAAGUGUUUGCUAAUACCGGGGGCUGAUGUUGCGUUCCUCUUUUGUACCCGCAAAAUGUAUCUUCCAACAUUCCACCAAUGAAACUAGGGACGCUCCCUUGCAUGAGAUCAUGGGGUGGGGUGGGGGCUAGCAAAUGCCAAAUCAGGGGAAAUACAAUCCAGAUCCAAGAAGAUCUACUAGAUCAGGAUUCCUCAACCUUAGCCCUCCAGAUGUUUUGAGACUACAAUCCCCAUCAUCUCUGACCACUGGUCCUGCUUGCUAGGGAUCAUAGGAGUUGUAGGCCAAAAACAUCUGGAGGGCCAAGGUUGAGGAAGCCUAGACUAGAUCUACUCCAUGCCUUGGAGGAAACAACUGCAGCAUGUCCACACACUUAGGGUUGAAGAGCAGGGAUACUAAAGCAGCUGGCAACGCCCAGUUUAGAAACAAUAAAUGCUACCUAAGAAAUCAAGCAUUUCCUCACAUUAAUCUGGUGCCUCUUUUGGAUUCUGAUUGAAGCACCCAUCAGUUAGGCUGAAACUAUCAGAACUGAGCCAGCAUCAAUCCAUCCACAACCCUGCUCUGACCUACUCCCAUCUCUUGGCUCCUCCGCCCCAGGGAGAUUCCAUCUGCAUCCAGACAUAGUCAGUUUCAACCCCACCCACGACUGUGUCUUUUACACAAAUCCAGCCAUUCUUCUCUUGCAGAUUUUCACCCUGCCUGCUGCUGCUCCCCACCAGCUUACCUCUUCUUAUGCAUCCCUAGUUCCCACAGGUACAUUAAGGAGACAUGAAGAACAUUUGUCCACCCACAAAGGAGACAAGUUUGCAGUAUGGCAGCUGAUCUAUCAAUAAAGGCAGCCAAAGUCCAGCUCAGUACAGGAACCUCUGUAAAUGUAGUUGGACAAACAGACCAGUGAUGUCAUAAUGACCAUAUUGGCCAAUCAGGAGGCAUUUUCAUUUUCUUCUAGCUAUUGACUAUGUAACUGAUGUAGUUAUAACAGACUGGCAAUGAAGUUCUAGAUUUAGAAAAACUUUCUAAAGACUUCUCUUCAGACCAAGCUCAUUAAUUUUGCCUGCACAAGAAGUAAGAAAGUGUGUUGCAGUUGAGACACCCAAUUUUAUCUAUAACAGGUAGAGUGAGCCCUCAGAAACAGCAAACCAUUAAUAUAAUUAUAAUCAAGUAGAGUUGUGUAAAGGCUGGAUUGCGGUAGCAGAUGCAAUGCACAGAGCAUCAGAAACAAGGAGAUACAGAGUUCUGCUUUUCCUAGAGCCGAGAUGGGGAACUUGUGGCCUUCCAGAUGUGUUGGACUCCAGGUUCCAUCAGCAUGGCAUGGGGUUAUGGGAGCUGUAGUCCAACAGCAUAAGAAGGUCCAUAGGUUCUCCCUCUCUGAGCUAGAGUUUAGGUAUGUUUACAUUACAGAUUUUUCUGCAUCCAGUGCACACCCACUGCUAGUUUUUGAAGCCUCAUUUAGCCACAGCCCAUAUCGAUCCUGUAGUUUCUUGACAAAUACCGCUUUUUGACACAUUUCCCCUCAAACCAGCUUCAAUUCAAAAUGGAUGUGGAGUAAUUGGUAAUGUGAACAUUGGAGACAGCUGCCACACGUGUGCAUAUGACAGCUUCUCUCUCUGUGUGUGUUGCAGUGGGUGGGAAACCAAACAGUUCAUGUGUCAAGUGAAGACAUCCCUGACCCCUCUCUGAUGUGAACAACAGUGUGUAAAUGUGACUUGAAACGCUGCUGGUGUGAAUAUACCCUAUAUGACAAUCAAGGUAUGGAGCAGCUGCUUUUAGGUUAUGUGCAGAUUAGCACAGCAAAAUCUACUGCUUUUGCUCCAAAUGUAUGAGCAUCUGAAGGAAAGCUGAGGAAGCAAAAAGACUGCCUUUCCUCUUCACAAACUAAUUAGCUGGAACAAAGGCUUUCACAGCUUCCCACAAAGCAUAAUAAAGGCAGCACCACAAAUUACCUAUCUUUCUUUGCAAGCAUGCACAACACAAUAUGCACAAUGGGCCACAUGUUUUAGGUUAAUAACUGGUUUCACACUUAGGAAAGAGUUGUGAAGUGAACACCAUCUUGCUUGCUUGCUUCUGCAUAUUGUAUUACAUGGGCCAAAUGAUGUUUGCUUAGAACUGAGAUGUCUUUAACUUGCUUGGCUGUCAAAGGCUUUGAAUCUCUCUCUCUCUCUCUCUCUCUCUCUCUCUCUCUCUCUCUCUCUAAAUGGUCUGUUCUAUAUGAGUGAAGGGACGCGGGUGGCACUGUGGGUUAAACCACAGAGCCUAAGACUUGCCAGUGUGGUGUAGUGGUUAAGAGCGGUAGUCUCGUAAUCUGGAGAACCGGGUUCGCGUCUCCGCUCCUCCACAUGCAGCAGCUGGGUGACCUUGGGCCAAUCACACUUCUUUGAAGUCUCUCAGCCCCACUCACCUCACAGAGUGUUUGUUGUGGGGGAGGAAGGGAAAGGAGAAUGUUAGCCGCUUUGAGACUCCUUAAAGGGAGUGAAAGGCGGGAUAUCAAAUCCAAACUACUAUUCUUCUUCUUCUUCUUCUUCUUCUUCUUCUUCUUCUUCUUGCCGAUCAGAAGGUCGGCGGUUUGAAUCCCCGUGAUGGGGUGAGCUCCCGUUGCUCGGUCCCUGCUCCUGCCAACCUAGCAGUUCGAAAGCACAACAGAGUGCAAGUAGAUAAAUAGGUACCGCUCUGGCGGGAAGGUAAACGGCAUUUCCGUGCACUGCUCUGGUUCACCAGAAGCAGCUUGGCCAUGCUGGCCACAUGACCCGGAAGCUGUCUGUGGAUAAACGCUGGCUCCCUUGGCCAAUAUAGCAAGAUGAGCGCCGCAACCUCAGAGUCGGUCACGACUGGACCUAAUGGUCAGGGGUCCCUUUACCUUUUUAUAUGAGUGAAACUGAGGGCUUGCCAUGGCACUCUCCUUCCUGUUUACUGCUGAGUUGGAGCAAAUGUCAACCAGGAGAAAACCUGAAUGGCAUUUGCUCUGAUUUAGCACUAAAGUGUGGGUUUUCCAGGGGAAAGCAGCGUGGCAAAGGCAAAAGAGCUCAGACCUGUGCUUUCUAGGUGCAGAGCAAGUGGAGCUGUGGACAAGCCCUGAGACAAUAUUGAACAAAUCCUGAUUGAAAUUUGGUAGGGCCAUGAGGGGCCAAAUAACAUUGCCUCAUGGCUAGAUUAUGUUCACAGGCUACCAGCCAGAGAUCAUUCCCCGCCCCCUUUUCUUUUUACAUAGAUGACAUUUAUAUUCACAAACCUCUUUUGCUGAUAGACCCCCCCCCCCCGAGGCUGUCAUGGACUGGUUGGAUGCAGAAGAAUGGUGGGGGGAACUAGUUGGGGAGCCAUCAAGAGAAGAAAGCUCAGACCCCAGUGACUGGUGGUGAGAUGAUGAUGAGUGGUCAGAGGGAGAAGACUGGGAGGAGGGAGGAGGUGUGAGAAGCUGAAGGGGUACCAUGGCUUAGUGAGCUGGGAGAGUCUGUGGCAGGGAGAAGUCAAGAAUCGGAAGGUGAAGCUGGCAAGUGGGAGGAGGGAGGCCAAGAGGCAGAGGUGACUCAGGCUGUUGAAGAGUUAGGGUCCCCCUUUCUUUCUGUGACUAGUUCCCUUCCUCUGUCUCCCAGAACCAGAAGAGAUAUGAAAAGGGUGGAGUAUAUUUAAAGUAUACUGUAGUUCCUGUUUUCAUAAAUCCCCCGUGGAUUAUGCCCAGUGUUUUAGGAGACAUAUGCCUCCAUCAUGGAAAAUGCAUUUGUAUUCCAGCUCAUAAGAUUACACUGAACUUGCGCUCCAUUAUUCCAGUGAAAUUUAAUUUUGACACAAAUUAUGAGCAAUUUUUCUGCAAUGAGGGAACAUCCAAAAUUAUCAUGACAACCAUUUGUUAAAGUUUUAAAAUGACUGUAUAAGAUGUAGGCAAAUGUCAUCUUCUUGCUUCUUUCUUUUUGAAUUUUGCAACGACUUCCAUUUUUCUUUUUCCUUUUCCAGACCAUUUUCUCCUGGUAACAGUGCAGAUCCAAAUAGAUAGGCAGCUUCCUAUGAAUGCUGAUGAAAUGCAUAGGUGCUUAAGAAAGAGCUGAAUAAAUGAGAUUAGGUUUUUGGUGUGUUAGUAAUUAGAUUUUUUUUCCUGGAAUGAUGAAAGGGUAGCAGCGCUUUAUGAUACUACUGGAACAAGGCCACCAUUUCAUCAUAUUUAUAUUGCGGUAACGUCUAGUGGCUGCACUUUUGAUCAGAGUCCCAUUUCAUUUGGAACUCUGCAUGCAAAUGAGUUCAUGUCUUUAGUUUACAAUUUGGAGGUGGUCUUGAAAUAUAUAGGACAUAUCAAAUGCAGCGAUACCCUAAUAUGAGGUGGCUGCUUCAGUAGCAGGACUCUUUUUCAGCCAGAACUUACUGGAACUCAAUUCUGGCACCUCUCAGCUGGGUGCCAUUGCCAUUAUAAGAGAUCAAGGGAGGCAUUCAUGGUGAGUUCUGGCACCUCUUUUUCUAGAAAAAUAGCACUGGUAGGGAGAGUUAAGAGGUCAGGGCAAAAGGUGGGCAGUGGAGCUGAGCAGAGACAGAAGUGUUUUGAGAGGGCAGAAUGGGGAGACCCAUUAGCAAGGCAAGACAGCAGUCAUCAUCAGAAGCAAUAAGAGAACUGAAACAGAGGGAGCGUAGUGUAGUGAUUUAAUAUUUUGUUGGGAGCUGUCCAGAGUGGCUGGGGGCAACCCAGUCAGAUGGGUAGCAGUUGCUGCUGCUACUGCUUCUGCUUCUGCUGCUGCUGUUAGAUUGUUAGACAGAGCUGGGAGACAAAGGUUCAAAUCCCCACUCAGCCAUGAGAAAUGUAGUAGCACUAGUACUAGUAGUACAAACAACAAUAACUGCAAAAAGGAGCAGGUAAAUAUAUUCAUGGUAGAUAAAUUCAGAAGUGUAAAAAAAAAAAAAAGAGUGCUGUGUUUCCUGUUUUUCUUAUCUGGAUUGUGAAAUAAAUUAUGGCUCUGAGAUCAUGAAAUCUUUUUGUGCAAACUGAAAUGAAAGACAGAGGAGGGAAGAAAUGAGAGGAAGCAACAGCACAGUUCAAAGAAGCAUUCAUUUGUGGCUCUGCGUUACAAGCAGUGUGCUGUGAGGAGUAAUACUGUGGCCCACCUUUCUUGUGUGGCACGGAGCUUGUUAGUGAACGUGGGGGAAAUAUUUUGACAGCAAUCUGAAAAAGGUUUACAGUACUUGAGAGCUUGAAUUCAGGAAGAGGCAGGGGGAGACAAUGAGAGUUUUAACCACGACUCACAGCAGUGGGUGUAGCACAUCUAAUUUGCAAGGAAAGCUGCUAGGGAAUUCAUUCCUGAGCUGCGGAAUUCAUUUCAGAGAGAUUCUGGUGUUCAAUUCGUCCUGAUACUUCAAUAUUAUUUGGGCAGAUAAUUCUGUAGAGGUUUCUGUUUCAGAAAUCUUGAGCAACAAAGCAUGGGCAGAGCCACAGCGCUCUUUCAACAGGUAGGUAAAAGGUUAAGUCCAGCACACUCCUGGAUGGUUGUCUAGUCAAAGGCGACUAUGGGGUUGCAGUGCUCAUCUUGCUUUUGAGGCCGAAGGAGCUCGCGUUUGUCCACGUACUGCUUUCUGGAUCAUGUGGCCAGCAUAACUAAACUGCUUAUCGUGCAAUGGAACACCAUGAUGGAAAACAGAGUGCACAGAAACCUCGUUUAUCUUCCUGCUACAGUGGUACCUAUUUAUCUACCUGCACUGGCAUGCUUUUGAACUGCUAGGUUGGCAGGAGCUGGGACAGAGUAACAGGAGCUCACUGUCUUGGGGAUUCAAACCGCCAACUUUCCGAUCAGCAAGCCCAAGCGGUUCAGUGAUUUAGACCACAGCGCCACCCGUGUCCCUUUCAACAAAUACCAGUCAACUGAGGGCAGAGCUAGGGUGUGAUGCUUGGUGCAAGACUGCUACCAAAAAUGGCGGCUCAUUUUGUUUAUUCAACAAAAUUUAUAUACCAUUUACAAGAGCAAGCAGUUUACACCAGUCUGAAACAGUAAUUAAAAACAAGUUCCAUAUGAAGAAGAAAUCAAGUAAAAAAACCAGUAAAUAUAAAACACUUUUACUUCCAAAGCCCACACAUCUAGUUUACAUGCUGAAAUUACAUGUCUGGGUAGACUUUCUGGAACAACCCAGUUUGAAGGAAAUGCCCAAAAUAAUAGUUACAGUGGUACCUCGGGUUAAGAACUUAAUUCGUUCCGGAGGCCUGUUCUUAACCUGAAACUGUUCUUAACCUGAGGUACCACUUUAACUAAUGGGGCCUCCUGCUACCGCUGUGCCGCAGCACCAUGAUUUCUGUUCUCACCCUGAAGCAAAGUUCUUAACUUGAGGUACUAUUUCUGGGUUAGCGGAGUCUGUAACCUGAGGUACCACUGUAGUAUAAGGAGCUCCUCUCCCCCCGCAAGCCAAUAACAUUUAAUCUGAUUUUCAGUGUUAUUUCUGUUGCUUUUCACUGUCUUUUCACUGCCCCCCAUGAAGCACAAUGGAAACAACAUGAGGUUGGGUUGCAGCCCCAUUGAAUUGUCAUAUAUUGUGAGCCCACUGGAGAAUGUGUGCAGCCAAUGAAGAAGCUUAUAUUUUGAAAUCAGAUCCUAAGACAGAAAAUGGGAAACCUGUGUCCCAAACCACAACUCCCACCACCCUUGACCAUUGCCAUGCUGGCUGGGGGUGAUGGGUGUCCAAUACCAAGAGGGCCACAGGUUGCCUUUCCCUUUCUUACGAUGUGGGAUUUUGGGUGCUCCUUUUUGGUCUUCUUUCCAAGCUCUUUGUUACAACAGGAUUUCCCAGGAAAUAGACUUGGAGGUGGAGAAGUGUGGUUCGUCACAAAGCACAGGAAGUAGGCAGCACAGGCGUUACCCUAUCCAGACCUACUUUGGAAAGAGUAUUUCCCUUACAGCUUCCACCCCCUGCAGCCAUACAAUUUCCAUUCUGAAUUUUCAGUAAGCCAGCUUUCCUUACCUUUGAUGUACUAUGACACUCCCCAUCUUGCUCAACCUCUUUCCAGGUCCCUUUCCUAAGAUAUCCCUCUGUGGCGGCCCCACAACCACCCCAGUUGCAUUAAAUGGAUGGAAAGCAGCUUUGAAGUGAGGGACAGGGCUCCAAUCAAGACCCAUAUAACUAGAUGAUGCACUAAAUAUGUAAAAUAGGGACGCAGAUGGUGCUGUGGUCUAAACCACUGAGCCCCUUGGGCUUGCUGAUUGGAAGGUUAGUGGUUCGAAUCUGCGCGAUGGUGGUGAGCUCCCUUUGCUCUGCCCCAGCUCCUGCCAACCUAGCAGUUUGAAAGCAUGCCAGUGCAAGUAGAUAAAUAGGUACUGUUGUGGCAGGAAGGUAAAGGGCGUUUCUGUGCACUCUGGUUUCCGUCACAGUGUUACGCUGCGCCAGAAGCAGUUUUGUCAUGUUGGCCACAUGACCUGGAAAGCUGUCUGUGGACAAACGCAACUCCCUCGGCCUGAAAGCGAGAUGAGCGCCACAACCCCACGGUCACCUUUGAUUGGACUUAACCAUCCAAGGGUCCUUUACUUUUUUUACCUUUUGUAUCUAAAGUAUCUAAUUUUAUUCCUGUUAAUAAUUGCUCUGGAUGCAUGGGUGGUCAUAAGUGGGGCUGUGGGGAGGUUGAGUUAACCCUUUCUCCCUGUUGUAGUCCUGACAAAGAUCUCACCCCUGAAGCUGCUCUUCUCUUUGAUGGAAAGCUCUAUUGGCAGCAAUGACGACUUCUCUUCUGGGGCAAAUAGGAUCUUCAGAAGGGGUGAUUUUUGGUGGGACAACAGCAGGUGGGGGGGGCAAAGAGGGAGGAAUUAACCCUGUGUGGUGUGGUCUCAGAUCUAUUCCUCACCCCCUGCCUCAAAGCUGUUAAUCUAAAAGGGAAUCAAGAAACAUUCAAUGCAGCCAUGGCAUUUAAUAUAUUGUCUCGUAUGUCCUGUACUUGAGCCUUUCAACUUGUAUUGUGCAGGAGGAAUUAAAUUACUGCUAAAUCUCCAAGGAACUGCCCACACCUAGGGUGAUUCACAUUUUGAGCCCCAUUGAAGUUAUCCUUGAAAUAUAGCAGCUUUUUCCCUGGGAAUCACUCUCUAAUUUAUAUAUUCUCACACCUGGGAAGAUUUGUUUUCUUUUACCUUUUAUUCAUGUCAGUUAAAUCCUUAUUGCUUGUUCCCAGCUGCAAAAUUGUUCUUUUGCUACCAGCAGUACAAGCACGUCUGGUGCGAUUUCUUGCGAGCGAGUCUGUGAAUUCAGCCUGCGAUACCAGCAGAUGGCGAAUCCCUCCAGCAGUUUAGUUUCUAGGUCCAGCUGUCUUUUGAUUCACUUUGCACUGCGUUUCAAUAUAUAUUAAAUAAUGCUCCGAGUUAAACAAUGGAAGAACUGUAAUAUUUGCAAUCAUAGCCAUUCACAGUGCGCUACACCUGGAUCAGGGAGACCUGGGUUCAAGUUGUCUCAUCCAAGGUGCUCAGAGCUGCACAAUUGCGGGGAGGGCAGUUUUUGCUGGGUUGUACCAUUCCAGCGGACAAGCGAAGGGAGGCAUGUUUAAAAUCUUCAGCACAUUAAAAACUGUGAUGCUACACAUCUGCAUGUACAAAACAAAUCCUUGCACGGACAAGGAUGAAUGGAAACUCUCUUUGCUGGUAUGUUAGUUCUGUAUGCUUAGGAAGGUUUUCGUUGCACAUUCGACCAUAUAACCCCCCCUCUAACAAUCUGAAAUUGCCAAGUUUGUUCUGACACGCUCAGGGAUAUCUCCCAAAGUGCUGGUGCUUCUCUUAACCAUAUCCUGUGAGCCAGUAACUCAAAGACUACAGAGCUCUCCAGAGCCUUAAAAACCAGCCUAUUGAACAUAGUAUUUUUAGUGUUCAGGACUUCAGCAAAGAAUAAACAAAAUUUCAUAGGUGGAAGGCAGCAUUAGAAAGCACACCAAGAUGGAGAUAUAUUUUGGCCACGAGUGAGCAAAUAAAACUACAAAUCCUUUCUGCUCAGCUUUUGCUAUGAAUGCAGUCUGGCUGUCCCCCCCGCCCCGACCAGUUGCAUACCUGGUCUUCUGUGUACCUUUUUCAAAACCAAAGAAAAGAGGGAAACGGUGGGAAUAAUGGAAGGGGAGAGGUCAGUGCUAUGGAUUUCUGCAGAUAACAUAAUAUCUCAAAUCACACUAAUAAAGGCAUCAAUGAUUCAAAACAGGGCGCCUCAGGAGGACGAGAUGGGAUGCCAGACCACUUGACUUGAAUUCAGACUGUUUCAACUGGUUUUCUACAGAUGUUGUUUAUUUUCCAAUAACUGUCCCGAAGUGAGGGGCUUCUGUAAGCCCCCACCCUUCUCUGUUUGCUUUCUUGUUGUCAUGAGAACAGUACAGUAUAUUUUUUUAAAGCAGAAAGGAUGAGGGCUUCCAUUUCUCUAAUUAACACACACUUGGCAAAUGACUGGUUAGAUGCAAACUAAAACAAAGAGGUGUGGGAGAGCUGAAAAGAGAAGGUACAGCUCUUGACGAUAUCAGAAAACUAAACACAGAAAUAACAAGAAAGCUUCCUGAGAAUUCUUUCCAGCUUUUUGGGGGGGAGAGAACUAAAACAAAUAUGAGUGUUGCCCUAAGCUAGCUAAAAUGUUAUACCCAUGAAAUAACACCCGUGCCUCAGAACAAAGGUAUGCUCUGGCAGGAGAAAAGGUAAUGUGGAAGCCUGCUAUGUUUUCCUUCCAGUGGUGGGUUUGGGGAGGAGGUGAACAGCUUGUUGAAAAUGACCGCAUUUGGUGGUGUGUGUCUGCUAAUGAUGGCCAGUGAAAUCCUGGAUGGCGGUCAGCUCAGUAUUUCUGUUGUAUAUGCAGGGUCCAACCUGCUGUCCAGCUGGAAUGGAUUGCUCAGAUUGCGUCAAUCUCAGUGGGCAGCCUCAGAAGAGUGAUGCUGCAAAGAUUAUAAAAUCAGAGAGCUGGUGUGUGCAAGGUCUUGGAUUUGAGCAGGAAUAGGGCCAGCUUCAAACUCUAUUCAGCCAUAAAUCUCACAAAAUGAUUUUGGUUUGGUCACUGUCCAUCCACCUAACCCUGCUCUUAGAAUUGUUGUGGCAAUAAAUUGGGAAACACCUGGGUUCCUUGGAGAAAGGGCAAGACGGAGGUAUAACAAGUAAAAUGCACCUUAAGUUAGAAAACAUUGGCAUAGUUGCAUUGUCCUUGCCACCCUUUCAUCUCCUUAGCUAUGUGGGUUUUUGGGGGGAUGGGGAGUUGUCAAGGACAUCACGAUGGUACAUCUCAUAUGACAACACCCUGGACAUUCAUAAACAAAAUCAUGUGGAUCAACGCAGCCUUUGGGAUGAUACAGCAGGUUGAGCGAAUGAAGCCAAAGGCAAUGGGAGUAGAGAAAAGGGGAAAAGAUGCAAUAGCCAGAUGAACUAGGGGACACCAAACAGUGUCAAAACAGCACGUGUUUGGUGACGUGAGAAUUUUUUCUGUAAUUUGCCUGUAACACGCAUGCUACUUUUGAAUUGAAUAUUGAAACCGGAGAAUAUUUGUCACAGCUCUGACAUUAAAUAUGUGGAAUACAUGUGCAUAGAUUUGCACAUUGCAUCCUCUCCAGCUUUAGAGGGAAUAUACAUAUUUAAAAGGGAGGUGCACAGCAGGGAAGUCUACUUCAAAACCUGAGGAUCAGCUUUAAUAUUUCUCUUUACAAUAUAGUCUUCUUCUGCUUGCCACUCUGUAUGUAUUCAUGCACACUCUGAGCUGGCUGCUUCCCUACAGGUCCAGCUGUGCUUUCUGGAUUGCAGUUAUCCUUGAGUGAGCAUUGCUUAGCUCUGUCUACCCUAGGCACAGGGAACCCUUUCCAAUUCAUGGACCACAUUCCCUUGUGGACAACUUUCUGGGGGUCACAUGCCAGUGGUGAUGGGCGGGGGGCAGAAGCAGAACUGGGUGGCACAAUGGAUGUAAAUUUUACCUUGUACAACAAGCUAAUUUAUACAUACACUCACAUACAUACACUGCUGGUUUGGAGGCAGGAUUCUAGCUAACUGCAGGCUAGAAUGCAGUAGCUAUAUUUUGUACAGCCAGCCAGCUGUUAAAUUGCGUGAUACGGGGAACGGUAGAAAGGAGCCAAACAAGAUAGCCACUGGGGCCAGUUCAGCCCUCUCUAAUAUCUGUGAUUCCAAGAGCUGUUUGACAUUUGCCCUGUAUGGGCAGCGGUGCAUGCUGCUUUAACACAAUUUGCCUGGUGGACGAGUAAAGGCUCCCUGAUGAGAGCAUCACCAUUAGAGAAUCACAAUGUUGUCAACUAGAAAGCCAACCACUUCGAAAACCCCAGCAGCUCUCUGUGAACUGAUGGCAUUACUCUUGCCAGUGCAAUCCUCUUUACCGAGGACAAACAUGCCUGAUCUGUCUGUGUGGUGUUUAAACUGAGGUGGUAACCAUCAGUAAAAGGAGAUACUAUAUAAGCACUGCCAGCCCUUUCAUUUGCAUAUUCAGAGAAGGCCAGAAAGGCAGAGACGUGAAACCUUACCUAUGCAAACAGAGCUCUUAUUUCCAGUAUGAUUCUCUUUGGCACAUGGCACAUUGUAUUAGAAUCUAAUGAUGCCUCUUCAGACAAUCUGUGUCACAUGGGGGUUCUAUCUAUCAGCCUGUGUCCCCCUGCCUUCUUUGCAAAUGUGUAACCAGAGUUAUACAGAUCUAGGUACUUCUUGUGCAAUUCUGGAAUGUUUAACAAUUGACUGCUUUGGUGGCUCUUCAUCUCUUUAUUGUUAUCUAUUUAUUUUUAAAAUUUCUAUACCACUUUAUAUUUUUAAUAAAAACCUCAAAGCGGUUUACAGCAUAUUAAAUCAAUAAAACAAUAGCCAGGCGAUGUUCCUCUAGCCUCAUGAGGAGUCUCUUGAGUAGGGCUGAUGAGUCUGGGCCCUGUCCUCUAGGCCAGGUGGAAAGGGCCUUGCAGGGAGCGGCCUUCACAACUCACAUCCGGGCAAUGUAAUUGUCUAUUUACAUGCCAUGACGAAGACUGGCUGUUGUCUUUCCUUCCUGAAGAAAAAAAAGCCCAAUUUGAAGUGCUUCAUACCACAGUGCUGUAAUUUACAUAUGUACUUUCCCAGAGGCUCCAAAAUGUUUGCCUGAUACUGUAGAUUCAUCAUUUGGACAUUUAAAAAUUCCUCAAUCUCACAAUGCUCUUCCACAAUUUAUAUUACACCUCCAGAUGUUGUUGAAUGCCAACAAUAGCCCCACCACAGCAUGGUCUGUGGGAAGGGAUGGUGGAAACUGUAGUUCAACAACAUCUGGAGGUUACAGGUUUCCCAUCCCUCUCUUAAAAACUAUGCCAUUUGAUGCAUUUUAAGAUUUUAUAUGAAACAGUCUGCUUCACCUGACGUCUAAAUGCCUUUAUUUAAUGGACUAUGCAUAUGUUUCCAGACCUCUAGGGCAGGCUUCCUCAAACUCAGCCCUCCAGAUGUUUUGAUACUACAAUUCCCAUCAUCCCUGCCCACUGGUUCUGCUAGCUAGGGAACAUUGUAGGAGUUGUAGGCCAAAAACAUCUGGAGGGCCGAGGUUGAGGAAGCCUGCUCUAGGGAAUACUAGUUGCUUGAUACAGUUUUUUUGCUCUGUUUUGGGCAGGAAUUAUUAGUCGCCAGGAGGCAGAAGAGCUGCUGAUGAACAAGUCUGAGGGAGCAUUCCUAGUGCGGGUCAGUGAGAAAAUCUGGGGAUAUGCCCUGUCCUAUCGCCAUCAGAGUGGAUUCAAACAUUUCCUGGUGGAUGCUUCCGGAGACUUCUACAGCUUCUUAGGGGUGGAUCCCAACCGACAUGCCACACUCACAGACCUUAUCGAUUUCCACAAGGUAUUACUUGCUAUGUGCACAGAAUAUGAAAAACUGAACUUGAUUGAUGAAUAUUUCAAAAGGAAGAAGCAGUGUGAGCCCGGGUCUUAUACAGAAUUAGUCUUUACAGACAGGGCUGGCUCCAGGUUUGGGGAGUGAAGGCUAGCUCUAGGCAUGGUGACUGUGGUGGAGCAUUCUCUGAAGCACCAGAUGGCUGAGUCUAGUUACCAUUUUCAUUUCCCAUAAUGCCUCAAUGGUGUUGUGGCAAGGGCAUUGUGGGAAAUCAAUAUAGCAGUUGGAUUCAACUGUCCAGAGCUGGUCCAAGUGCUGAACCUCCCCCUCCCCGAAAACACACACACACACACACACACACACACACACACACUUGACUGCAGGUUCUACAUAUUAGGGAGAAAUGCAUAUAAAUGCCUAUGAAAGGGAAAAUAAAAUUCAAAAACAACCAUUCUAGUAGGGGAAAUUGUUUGUAAAAAUGUGUAUAUUUUGGGUAAGUGUGCACUAAACUGUUGACAAAUGCAGUGCAGCCCAACCCAUGCAGCUCCUAUCACUUGGGAGCAUGUGAAAUAGGGGAACAAGCUUAAUCCUCUCACAGUCUCCAUAUACAUACUAAAUCAGACUAUUGGCUCAUUCUCAGCUGCUCCCCAAUUCCUCUCAUCAAGGUUUUGCACGGCCCUGCUACCUGCGUGCCUUUUUAACUGGAGCUGUCGGGGCCUGAGUCAGAGGCUUUGUGAAUGCAAAGCACAUCGUCAGGCAGUGUAGAUAGAGCUAUUUUUCAUUCUGAUGUAAUGCUUCUGGGAGAAAGAAGAUGGGGAACUGGUAGUAUACAUGAUAUAGCAAGGGACCUGUGUAUUUUGUGCAAAAAUGGGGAGGGGAAGAGCCCAUCCUUAUUAAAGUUCUGUGCCAAGGCAAUCCGAGUCCCAUAUCAGGAAAAGCUCAGUUCAUCAAAAUAGAUGAUGCAAGUUUAUUGAUUUUGUGUGAUUUCUUUAUUUCCCCAUAAUUUAUUAUAUGGCAUUCUUUCCCUCUUCAUCAGCAAGCAGGGGCAAGGAUUAUGAGUGCCCUUACCCUGCACCCAAAGGUUGGUAGUCUCAGUUAGACACCCUCCUUUGAUUUCUGAGAACCCAACAAGAUAGGUGCUUGUUUGUUUGUUUUUAAAAAGACUAACCAACCAGUCAAGAGUUUGAGAGCGUGUCCCCCCAUUCAGAACAAGUCUUCCCUAUGUGCCAGCUAUUUGAAAUGGAAAGAAAGCUGACACAGGCACCAUUGGAAACUUUGCUUCCAUUGCAAAUAGCAGGCUUCUGGUUUGUGAUUCCAGUUUGUACCAUGGCAGAUGUAAACGGUUAAAGCUCUCUUUCCCCCUAUACAGUGUUACCUCAGGUUACAGACGCUUCAGGUUACAGACUCAAAUGCUAUGGGUCCCCCUUGUAAAGGAAAAGGCUGCCUCAGCACACAGUUAAAAUGAGUUGUGAUUUCCUUAUAUUCCUCUGUCCUCCUGUUGGAAGGCUUGGGAAUUCUGACAUCACAAUGGUAACCUGGGCGAUACUGCAUACAGUGGUACCUCAGGUUACAGAUGAUUCAGGUUACAGAUGCUUCAGGUUACAGACUCCGCUAACCCAGAAAUAGUACCUCAGGUUAAGAACUUUGCUUCAGGAUGAGAACAGAAAUUGCGCCGCCGCCGCAUGGUGGCAGCAGGAGGCCCCAUUAGCUAAAGUGGUACCUCAGGUUAAGAACAGUUUCAGGUUAAGAAUGGACCUCCUGAACAAAUUAAGUUCUUAACCAGAGGUACCACUGUACCUGUUUUUGCGGUGGAAGGGAUUGGUCACCUGCACUAGCAAUUGGUUUUGAUAUUUGUUUGUUUUUGUUUUUAAAAAACUUGCAAUGCAUAUGUAAUGACAUCACUGUCAGCUUGGCCCUAAAAUUUCAGCUGGUGUUGCCCACAUACUUUCAAGCUUAUGUUUGCAGCCACAAAAGCUAGAACAAAGAUGGGAAGGCUGGGACCCUUCUGCUAUUGUCAGCUCCAUUCAGCCUGGGCAUUGCCCGGGUAUGAUGGGAGUUGUAGUCCAACAACAUCUGAAGGGUCAUGGGUCUAGAAUCUUGCACUAAAAAGACCAUAAAAUAAAAUAAAAUAAAAUAAAAUAGACAGCUGAGAUAGUCGAGAAGCUGAAUUGUGGACUCAGUCUCACUUUCUGCAAGCUUCCAGAUAGGGAUGCACAAAUCUACCCAUUUUGGUUUAUCUUAGUUUCUCAUUUUUCCAAUCUGAAUUUUAAGUUCUCCACAUUUCUGUUGGUUUGCGAUUUUUUGAAAAUUGACCAGUGUGAAUUUCUCCAAAUGUAUACAUCUUUGUAUGCAAUCUUACACAAUUCAUGUUUUUGCAAAGCAGUUUACCUUAAAUUAAUGCAUUUUGGGAUGCCAUUUUCACUAAUAUAUUCAUUUCUAUGCACAAUUUACCGUAGUAUACAAUUUUUUUUCCUCCAUCUUGGCUGGCGAACUGAAUUGCAAAAUUCAGAGAAGUGUGAAUUUCAAAAGAGAACAGUCGUUCAGUUUGAGCAUUGCUUCGAAAAGUGCAUAUUAGGUGGGCUAACCUUAAAAUGGGAACUGAAUUGCCUUUCUCUCCCACUGCUCCUUGCAGAAUCACAGCAUGCACACAACCCUGGGCAUAGUUACAGAACCAGCGACAAAAAGUCCUACAAACUUCAGAUAUAGGGACUGCGACAAGUUCAGUAUCCACCUUCUUUCCCUAGAGUCAAGCUUGCACGAAAACUUUUGUAUUUCUCUUCCUCCCAGCUUGCUCAUCAUAGGCAAUAAGAGCACAAGAAAAGCCCAUCCAUCUAGGGAGGAAGCACAGGGACACCUGUCAAAAGCAAAACGUCCAUUAGCCUCUGACAUUCAAAAUAAAAUAGAUUGGGAUGUCCCCCGAUGAGAAAAAUCAAUGGCUGCAGCUAUGACAAGCUUGUUAGAGGACUUGCUUGGCCCCUGAAGUGAGCAGGCAAGUCUCGCUUAAUUGUCUGUGGUCAAAUGGGAAAGAGAUUUAACAGCGCCGUCUUGGGAUGUUGCCCCUUCCUUAUCUCCCCAGCCACUAACUCCGGUGCCUUUUUCAUCUGAGUGCACUCUUAACAAUAAAUACAGGAAAAAAAGUCAGAGCCAGCUGUGGUAAUGGCAGAAAAAUGCAAUGGUAUACAGGCACCAGCCAGUCUACCUGCUAUUAUUAAAUCGUAUAUAUAUAUAGAGAGAGAGAGAGAGAGAGAGAGAGUGUUUAUAAAGACCCCAAAGUCAAGUUCAUGUACAUUUAAACACAAUGCAGAAAAUGCUACAGGUAGCCCUCCUGAACCAAUGAUGUGCAGGUUUGUAGAUACAGUGGUACCUCGGGUUACAGACACUUCAGGUUACAGACUCCGCUAACCCAGAAAUAGUACCUCGGUUUAAGAACUUUGCUUCAGGAUGAGAACAGAAAUCGUGUGGCGGCGGUACAGUGGCAGUGUGAGGCCCCAUUAGCUAAAGUGGUACCUCAGGUUAAGAACAGUUUCAGAUUAAGAACGGACCUCCAGAACGAAUUAAGUUCUUAACCCGAGGUACCACUGUACAUUGGUUUUGUAUGUGGAUAUCCUUCAGAUGUGUGCUAAAAGCACUUUGCAGAAGCAGGGUUGUGGCUGCGUACACACACUUAAAGCACAUUCACCCACCACCUAGAAUCCAGGGAACUAUGGUUUGUUAGGAGUGCUGGGAACUGUCACACUAUGAGAGGUAUACUACAUUUCAUGGGAUUCUUUGGGGGAAAGAUGUUCUUGAAAUGUAUGGUGUGUACGCAGCCGUUGCCAGAACUGAGAGACUCCAGUACUUUGCCUGCCUCAGAUCUACAAUCCAGAGUUCCGUGGGGAGAGGGAAUGGCUCUUAAACCAGUUUGUCAGUGGUGCAAAUGCAUGCCCUCAGUGCCUUAUGUCAGUUUUAGAUAUGUAAAGAGCAAAAGAUUGUGUUUCUGGCAACCCACCACCACGACAGCACUGGGGUAGGAGAAGGAAUGCUGCCCUUUAGUCUCCCUCAGCAGCUGGAAGAGCACUUUAUUUCCUGAUUUCAUUGCUGAGUGCCACAGCAUUAAGAACAGGAGAUUAAUCUGUGGGGACUAGCAAGCCACUUUCUGUGGCUUGUCCAGCCAGAGGUGGCCUGUGAACUAGCCAGGCCUGUCACAGAGACAUAUCGUCACCAUGGAGCCAAGCAAGGGAUCCAUAUUACACCAGGCAGCUGUGAUCAUUGUGCCAGGGUCAAGAGUGGCUUUUCCGGGCCAUACAAUUACAUAUGCAGUGUAUUCGUGUAACUUUACUCCAGUUAUCCAGAAACUACACUAGAGAAGAAGGAACUCUUUUACAAGACCCUUGGCAUCCUGACAUAGGAUUGCCUCAUUCUCCAUGAAAGUCAGUUUUGCUACUGAUUUAAAUGGUUUUCCAGGGCCAGAUUUAGGUUUGAUUAGGCCCUAAGCUGCUGAAGGUAAUGGGGCCCUUUUUAUGUCCAGCUGUCCUUUGUCAACAACAAAUUGUCAAUUUUUUUUGUGUUGAAUAUAUGCUAUAUGGUAAUUUGUGGACCUAAUAGGUAUCUAAAGCCAUUUGCACAUAACAAAAUAUUUAUUUUAUCAAAGUACAUCCAGUUUUUUCCCCUUUAAAUUUUUUUAGGGGCCUCCAAGAGAGUGGGGCCCUAAGCUAUAGCUUGUUUAGCUUAUAUGUAUUUUUUUAUAUAAGAUAUUUAUUAAGAUUUUUCAAGAAAUUACAAAAUAGAAAAGAAAUAAGAAAAAUACCAAAGGAAAAAAGAUACAAAAAUAAAAAAAAUAAAAAUAGUUAAAAAACAAUUCAGUCAUCACAUAUUUUUCAUUUACUUAUUUCCCGGACCUCCUCGCGCCUUCCUUCUCUGUAUUCCAGUUCAAAUUGUUAUUUCAGCAGAUCCCUCCCCUCUUUCAACUCCUUUCCCUAAUUCAUAAUAUUCUGUCAUCACAUUACCUUAGUCUAUUUUCAUCUUAUCAUAUAUAUAUAUAGAGAGAGAGAGAGAGAGAGAGAGAAAACCUUAAAGUUUAGAACUUAAAUCUUAAUUUUUACCAACUUCUCCUAACCAUAACAUUCUUACCUAAUUCUUUAGACAUUUUCAUAAGAGCCAAAUAAUUUCAUUUCAACAUUUUCCUAAUAUUCAUCAAUUUUAUAAAACAGUCCUAAUGAUAAAAAUAAAAAAGUAAACAAUCUAAUCUUCAUCCAGCGUCCCUUCCUCCUGGUCCCGGGUUUUGUCAGUCCUUUUUAUCCUAUUAAUCUAGCACAUUAACCUGGUAAUCUUAUAUCCAAGGCCCUCAAGUCUCUUCCAUGUCCCUUCCACUGCUCUUCUUCAUAUUUUCCUUUUAUUCCUGGGAACUCCAGCUUGGUGAUGUUUUUGACCCUUUUCAACAAAAAAGUCCCUUUUCCAUAGUCCAGUCUAGACUCAGUGUAGUAUUUAAAAACAUGUUCCAGAUUCCCUUCAAAGUUAAGAGCCCCCACUGCUCCAAACAUCUGACGGCCCCUUUCCAGACUCGAAAAGUCCAAAUCCUUCCGAAUCUGGUCUUUUCCAAGUUCAUUUGUCAAAUCCAAAAAUUUAUAUUUCUGCUGGGCUGCAGCUCCUUCCGUCUCUGGCGCCCAAGAUUCAGCAAAAUCCUCUUCUCUCAAUUGUUCUGUCAUGGCACGCUCCUGUUUCAGUUCCUGGGUGGGCUCCAUAUAGUUUCCCACUACCUGUUCAAAGGUUCUGGCCGCAUUAGUCAUCAAAUCCGUCUUCUGGCUUAACUGAUCCAAUAGGGCAUUUAUUUUGCAGAAAGCACCCAACAGUGCUUCUGCAGACAUUGUCCUGCAAGGUCACAAACCCUUUCCUACGGUUGUAAUCAGUGACAGCUGCAAGUUCCCAGGGAUUAGUUGCAAUUUCACAAUUCCCCUCUAGGGGGAAAAACUUCUGGUUGUUCUUUCUCUUAAAAACAAUAGCAACAAAGUCUCUUUUUUAAGAUAUUUUGUCCAUAUUUGUUCUUUUAAAAUGCGAAAGGAGGCAAUGGAGUCACUAUGUUUCUCUUCUUUUAACUAUCUGUCAAAAACAUUUGUUUCUGGUCAAUGAGCUUCAAACGUCAAUUCUGACACCCCGCUCCAGGAUCAGGACGGGGGGAAAUUACUUUGCUUUAAAUUCACUUCUGCAGGUUUAAACGGCUCAGAAAAGAGAUCCCCCUUCUUCUCCUGCUACCGAAGGGGGGUUCAGCGAUUUUAAAUGGUGAAAGUCAAUCAUUUGAAAGUGAUUCUUAAGGCUCUAUUUUGCUUUGUCUUUGCUUUGUUCUGGCUACAGGGAAACGGAAGGCUGACUUCCUGUUUAACCUUUCCGUUUCAGUACCAAAUUAAGGUGAAUUUUUAAGUCCAAAUUCCUUUCUAUUUCGCCAGUUCUUAUUUAAAGUUCAAAUAUUCAAUGUUCCAGUACUCACGGUUGGUUAUUUUAGAUGCCUAAUUGUCCCAGGAAAAAGGCAGCGCUCUCCGGCAACGGCUAUGUGGCUUCGCUCCUCAGAAAAAGCGAUUGACUCACAGCACCGCGCCACUUCCUCCUCUUCACUUCGGAGCCCGUUUGUGGGUUCCUUUGUGGGUUGGGGGGGGCGCUGAGGGUGCCCGCCGAGUCCCACGGUCACAGGCUUCAUCCGCCUGUGAUUUCCAGAAGGGUCCCCGCUUUGCCGCAGCGGAAAAGACCCGUUUCAUGCGGAGCUGGUCCCUCCAGUUCAGAGGGAGUCCGCCAUUGCCGGUGGCGCCACCCCGGAAGUCUGUUUAGCUUAUAUGUAAAUCCGGCACUGGGUUUUUCUGAUCUCCGACUUUGGUUGUGUGUGCAUGCACAAUAUAUAUUUGAACAAAACAAACUAUACCCCCCCUCCUGUGCACACACACAGACGCACAGAGACAAAACCUUUUCAGUUCUCUUGAAGCAUCUUAAUGUACCAGACAUGGCAAAAAGUGAAUCUUCAAUGAGUAAUGGCCUGUAAGCCAGGGCUGUCGAAAAUAAAUUCAUUUUAGAAAUGUUUCAGAUGAUUGCUGUUUAUGUAUAAGCAUCAGAUGAUCUAGAUACAAGUGAUUCAAUUGCAAACAGGCAGCAGGCAAGAGAACAUGCAUUUAAAAGGAGGUGGGGCUGGCAGAGGGUGGGGAGGAAGAAACUCAUAUCCAAGGCAAAGAUGAAUAGGAAUGGGUGAAUAAUGCAUCCUUCGACUUCUGCAUGAUUAGACAGUGCCACAUCCUAGAUGGAGAAAGAUAAUAGCUGCUAUUUCCAGACUGAAAACAAACAGUGGUAAGUAUGUACAUGAGCACCAGCGAGUCUCUUCUCAUUGAGCUGAGCUGAGCUGAAAUGAUUAAUCAUCCUAGCCGUGGUCCCCCCUGCAUCCCAUGUUUAUUUGUUUAGCAUGGAGGUAAUGAGGUUUUCACGUGAACCUUAGGAGCUGUGCUACAUGAUUAGCAGGCCGUUAAUGACACAGCCCUUGCUUAACUGCAGCACCUCAAACUGCAGGUGAGGGAUUAAAUGCUCGAAUGGUCCCUCAUCUCAAAAAUGACAACAACAUAAAACUUGCCAGUUAAGCUUUCUCCCCAACAUGCUAGCUCUGCGUGUGUAGGGAGAGCUUUUUUUAUCAUCUAUUUUAAUAUCGGAGUGCAUUUGAACACCCAGUUGCUAUGUCAGAAAUAGUUCGCUGCAGUUAUAGAUACAUUAUAUCAGUCUGCUAAUCAUGUGGCUGUGAGUCUGUGCAUUCCCUCUUUCCUCUUUAGAAAAAAAUCCCUUGCUGAGCUGUUAGAAGGCAGAACAGGAUGAUUAAUCACGAAGAUCUCCCUCUUCCCCCCACCCCAGAUAUUAAACACCAUGCUAAUAUUUCUCCUGUCAACUGGUAUAAUAUGAACCAUCAAAAGAAUUAAAACACCUUACAGCAUGAACCUAGAUGUGCUUAUGGGACUUCAUAAGUGCAGUAUAUAGUAAGCCAUAUAGUCAUUUCAACAUGAUUAUUUUUCACACUGAUGAUGCAAUUUAUUUUCUCUUUCUAGGAAGAAAUAAUCACAUCCUCUGGCGGAGAGUUGCUGCUGGAGCCUUGCAGACAAACAAAGAACCCACCUGAUUAUAGCCCUUUAUUUGAAUGACUGUGGAGACUAUAGCAAAUAUUUCUGGAGCACAGAAAUAAUUAGUGAAAUGACUCCACCUUGAGAUAUAAGAUAGCAGCUUAUCACCAGCUAAUGAAUGGCAAAUGUUAACCAAGAAAAAGUCUUAUGUAGGCAAUCCAAUUUUUAAUUCGCAGCCAUUAUUUAUCUUAUUAGCCAUUUAAAACUGGAAGCACGAGAAAGCAAUUCCUCUACAAUUGUACUUCAGAAUAGGGUUAAACCACCAGUGAUGAUAAAAAAUCACCCCCCACAAAAAUUUCCCUAAUAGCUGUAGCAAAAGAGAUGGUUGGUACUGGAACUUAUUUAGCAUAUAGUGAGUUGUGGAAUUCUCAAAAUGGUAGGAUUCAGGAGCUAGAUGUAUGCGACUGAAAAAGAUGCAGAUUAAUGGUAUGGCUAUGUAGAGAUAGGUCUUUUCUAGUCUUCAAACUAUGCAUGAUGUUAGCAGCCCCAUUUGCUUAAACCUCGUCUUCCCCAGGUAUGCAUAAAGUGGGGGUCUGGUUUUUAUUUUUACCUCAGUAAGGAGAGCAAAACCAUCCUUGCACCCACCACUUUCCUUCCCAUAACCUUUCUUCCAGCCAAGCUCAAUUCUGGCAUCACAGCUUGGUUGAAGAGAAAAGUAUUGGGGGUGGAGUCAAAGGUAAGCUAUGGGGAAGGGGUUAAGUACCCCCAAUCAUAGGGGCAGCUCCUGGCUGAAACCAACGUGGCAGUGGCUGUUACAUGUGCCUUGAGCCUAUACAGAGAGUGGAAAGGGAGACCAGCGUUUAUACAUUUCACAGUCCUUUAGCAGGGGUGUUACAGCCAUUAGACCCUCCUCCCCUUUCCCAGAAUGGCUUCCUCACACUGCUUGCCUACCAUCCCAUUAUAAAGAGGGAUUUCCCUUUCAACAGGCCUUGACUUGUAUGCAGGAUUGAAUUGUCAAGUGUAAAAGUGUACAUAUUGCCACCUGGCAAAUAUUGGAGGAUAAAACAUACCGACUUCUAAGUUGCACUCAUUACCAACUUUUUAUAAGGAGCAAUAAACACUUGUGAAACAUCGGCAUGUUAUGGAUAUUUUUGCUUUUGCUUUUAUUUAGCUAGGAAAAUCUCUUCCUUCUGUCCCUCUUUGUUUUCAAUAACAAGCCUAUAUGGGCAACUGUACUCAUGCAUUUUUAUACUUUGUACCAAGCCUCAGUUAUGAUGACAAAUAACAUUAUGACUGUGUGA